CCCCCAUUAUCUCACACAGCCCCCCAUUCUAUCACACAGCCCCCCAUUAUCUCACACAGCCCCCCAUUCUCUCACACCCAGUGCGGAGGUCGCACUCCAUUAAUGGGGGUCUGGCUCCCCCGUGGGGUGUCCUAACCCCCGCCGGACACGGCCUCUCCGGGAGCGGCUCCGUCCAUCACUCCGGCUGUGGCUCCUGGGGGCCAGGCGGGCGGCCCCGAGUGUCCGAGGCUCCCAGCUUCAGCACCACCGGCUCCGGACAGCGCUCCAUGGAGCUCCCCAUCAGCUUCCUGACAGACAGCAGCCGGCCUGCAGCCUCCCCGGAGCGGGCACCGCGGGCACACCGGGGGGAGCUGGAGCUGGAGGAGGAGCUGGUGCUGCUGGCCACCGAGGCCGAGGAGGACCCCGGGGAGGGCGAGGGCCCCGGGGAGGAACCCGGGCUGCUGUCAGUCAUCAGGAAGAAGGAGAAGGACCUGGUGCUGGCGGCCAGGCUGGGGAAAGCCCUGCUGGAGAGAAACCAGGACAUGAGCCGGCAAUACGAGGACAUGCAGCGGGAGCUGACCGAGAAACUGGAGGUGAGACUGCUGCAACCUCUGCCAUCAGCUGCUCUGGGAUACUACUCCUAGCAUGCUCAGCCAGCGUGGGAGUUGUGGUCCCAUGCAGCUGGACUGCCGGAGGAUGCUGAUCUUUUAUUUGCCUGCAUGCUUACUGGAAAGGGGGCUCACAAACCAUGUGCAGUCUAAUACCUACAUAGUGUAACAUACUGAUAGACACAUACCACACUGACAGUGCAACAUACUGAUAGACACACAUAGCCACUGCUACCCCUAGUGUAACAUACUGAUAGACACAUACCACACUGACAGUGUAACAUACUGAUAGACACACAUAGCCACUGCUACCCCUAGUGUAACAUACUGAUAGACACAUACCACACUGACAGUGUAACAUACUGAUAGACACACAUAGCCACUGCUACCCCUAGUGUAACAUACUGAUAGACACAUACCACACUGACAGUGUAACAUACUGAUAGACACACAUAACCACUGCUACCCCUAGUGUAACAUACUGAUAGACACAUACCACACUGACAGUGUAACAUACUGAUAGACACAUACCACACUGACAGUGUAACAUACUGAUAGACACACAUAGCUACCCCUAGUGUAACAUACUGAUAGACACAUACCACACUGACAGUGUAACAUACUGAUAGACACAUACCACACUGACAGUGUAACAUACUGAUAGACACACAUAGCCACUGCUACCCCUAGUGUAACAUACUGAUAGACACAUACCACACUGACAGUGUAACAUACUGAUAGACACAUACCACACUGACAGUGCAACAUACUGAUAGACACACAUAGCCACUGCUACCCCUAGUGUAACAUACUGAUAGACACAUACCACACUGACAGUGUAACAUACUGAUAGACACACAUAGCCACUGCUACCCCUAGUGUAACUUACUGAUAGACACACAUAGCCACUGAUGCCCCUAGUGUAACAUACUGACAGACAGACACAUACCACACUGAUAGCUCUAGUGUAACAUACUGAUAUACAGACACAUACCACACUGAUACUUGUGCUGUAGCAGACUGAUAGAGAGGCACAUACCCCAUUGAUACCCCUCCUGUAGCAGACUGAUUGUAAGGUUUAUACUUCAUUGAUAUCCCUCCUGUAGCAGACUGAUUGUAAGGUUUAUACUUCAUUGAUAAGUCCUGUGUAGCAGUCUGAUAGACAGGCAGGUCUCAUUGAUCUCAGCCAGGGGUAGGUACCCUUUUGCACUCCAGAUGUGGCUAUAUUUUCCCUAAUGCUUUGCCAGCAUUAUGUGAGAUGUAGUCCAUGACAUCUGGAGGUUGCCUACCCUGAUCUGGGGUAUCUAAUGUAUCACCCACGCAUGUUUUUACCCAAGCCUGUGGCUAUGCAGGCCCUUUUAGUCUUAUUGAAUAAGAAUAUUGUCUACCCAUCUAAAUGACCCUUUUUUGAGAUUUUUCACUAAACAGUGAAUGAGUAAAAUUUUUACAACCGACAAAAAUUUAGGUCCUAUAAUAACUGAUUUGGAAAAUAAAAAUACCUGCUGAUAUUAAAACAUUUUUCCAACUCAACCGUUUUUGUCUAAAUUUUGUAGUUGUCAUCUGACAACACCUCAGUAUUGAAUCUGUGAUAAAUAAUAAAUAGGUCUAUGUAAGCAUAAUAUGCCCUGAUUGUGUCAAUACUCAUGUAGUUGUUUUACUUUACAGUGCAGUAUCUUGCCUUAACAUCUGCACCAUAUUUAUAUUACAUACAUGGAAACAUUCAUUUUGCUAGUAGAGAAAACAUCUUUCAGAGGUCUUUUAUGCAUGCUUUUGUCUAUAUGAAUUACUGUAAUUUAGGUUUGCAGGCUUUCAAAGACUUUCAUAUUUGUAAUGUAGUCUCUUUUUCCUAUGCAAGACAGGACUUGCAAUGAAUGUAUAAUAGUCUAGUCUUCUUUCUAAGAUAGUAGAAAUGGAAAAAUAAUUCAUAUAUGAUUAAGGAGAUUACAAAUAUGGUGGCAAAAAUGUAUCACACUGUACAUUAUGGGACUAGGAGCAUCAUAUUUUAUAUCUUAAAACAAAUUCCAUUAAUAUACUGCAAUGGUUUGGCUACAGGACUGAAAGGAAUAUUCCAAACACCAUAACCAAUACAGUGACCUGUAGUAGGUAUAGUGACCGGGCUGCACUCCUUCCCCCCAUUUUAGAAAGGUUUGACUUCUUACCUGGGGUCUGCCAGACACUGCUCCCUGCGUCCACUACAGCCUCCUCUUUAGCCAGAUACUCGUUGUUUGGCAGUGCAUGGUUUAGCUCAGUACUUGAGAAAUCCCAGAUCACCAUGGCGACUAGGAAUUUUGUCCUGGCGCCUGAGUGUUUGUCACCCUUGGCUCCUUUUUGGCCCCCCCUAGGGGGGCAGCUGUGAGCAAUGGAGGCGGGAAGCGAGGUAGCUGCCAUUUUCCUGCUUUUCUUGCUCUGUUCCCUUGUGCCCUCUGUUGUGAUGAUGGUAAUAUGACGUCACUCCAGCCUCGGCAUCACUAAAGGGCACUCAAGGGAGCAGAGUGAGAAGAGCAGGAAGAUGACAGCAGUCAUAUUGGACCCCAGUAAAAGGAUCCACUCCAGCUCUCCAAAAGGUAGGGAGUCUGAGUGGUCGUAAUUUGAAUUAAAACAAUUUGUAAGUGUAUCUGAGACAGAGUGUGUCUGUCAGCGGAUGUAUGUCUGGCAGUGAAUGUGUCUUUUUAGGUGUCCGGCCCCCUCCGAUUGCAUGGGAAAGGUGUUUUUACUCACCUUUUCACCCAUGCAAUGCCGGUGUCACGAUGGCUGGCACGCCACUAUGGCUGAUAUAAUCCAUCUUGAUGAUCUUGUGAUGCUAUUGGGCAUGUGCCAAUCAAGCUGCACCAAUCAGCAUCUCCUCAUUGAGAUGAAUUUGAAUCAAUGUAUUUCUAUGGUGAACAUUCAGCAUCUCCAAGCAAUACAUGGAGACGCUAAACGUAGGUGCUGCACACUGUGCAGCAUUGGACUAGGAAGCACCUCCAGUGGCUGUCAGAGUGAAUGCUAAAGCAAAGUAAACUGCUUAUAUUGAAAAGCCUGCAAGGACAGUUUAUAGACACCAGAAAUUGAACCACUACAGUAAGCUGUAGUGGUUCUGAUGACUAUAGUGUCCCUUUAAGAAUUGUAUUUUUGUAGUUGAAAAUGAAGCUUGCUAGUUUAAAAAAAAACAAAAAAAAACCUAUCUCCUGACCUUUUUAGCUGGCUCCUAGAUUCAAAGCAAAUUUAUCAAGCUCUGGCUUAGCUCAGAGAGAUCUUUUAGCCAAUGAGCUAUCCCUGCUUUAAAGUCUUCCAACUCUGCUGAAGGCUGAGCGAAGGUUGGAAGAGCCACUCUGGAACCCCAGGUAAGAAGUCAAGCCAUUUGCAGAACUUUGACUACUUACUUUGUGGAGGGAGACCACUUCACUCUUAGCACACUGUAGUGUUUAUGGUGUCUGAAGUGUUCCUUUAAAUUUUUCAAAUUGAUUCAUCACAAAACAUUUGCAACCUUUUAAUUGUAACUAUACAAAAUAUACUUUCAAUUAGAUUAGAUUACUUUCUAAAAACUUUCACAUUUAAGAGUGAUAGCGAUAUAGAUUAUUAUUUUCUAAAAAAUAAAAAACUGUGUGGUCACCCCAAAGAUUAUUUUACGUUCUCAAAUAUUAUUUUCAGUUUUAUGUCAUAUUAAAUGUGAUAUAUUUAUUGGAAUACAAUAACAUUUCCUACUUUUACUUAAAAACUACUAAACAAAUAUUUUUGAAUUUGCACUGCACAGUGUUAUUCACGAAACCAGAAAUUGCCAGAAUGCACAUUUAGACAUUUAAAAAAAAUUCAAUUCAGAUAUUCGAAAAUGAAAGGGAAAUUUACUGUGUAAUAUGUCAGGAUGAAUGUACCACCUAGUAAAAGUUUUGUAUAAUUUGUUUUUGGAUAACAGUGUUGACAGUGAUUUUCAGUGGAUUCUUCAAACUCGUAUCACACGCUUUCUCUCUCUCUCUCUCUCUCUCUCUCUCUCUCUCUCUCUCUCUCUCUCUCUCUCUCUCUCUCUCUCUCUCUCUCUCUCUCUCUCUCUCUUUCUCUCUCGUGCAUGAGCAUACAGGAGAGUAUCACACUCUCAAAAACAUUCUAACAAUUUUGGCAAAUUAAUUAAAAAGGGAGUUCAUUUUUAAAUUGAUUGAUGCAUUUUUACACCUAAAAUAUUCAUGAGUAGGUAAAUCAUGCAACUUUGAAUUUGCAACAGGAUGUUUCACAUAGUGAGAUCCAUGUGAAACCUCUAGUAUCCCACAUAUGUUUGGAAAUCUUUUGCAAAAGCAGGAAUGCCAACUACUGAAAGCAUUCAUGAACCUAACUAUGUGGGGCAGCUAUGCAGUGAGUUUGUGCCAAUGAGUGGGACAAUGUGGGAUUUGUCUAAAUAUACAAGGAACAAAUAGCCACUGUUAACAGUUUUUUCUCAUAACAGAUUUUAUAUUUACUGCAAUGUAACUCAAAAUGAAGAGCCAUAUAAUUGAAUUUCUUAUCUUGUUUUUGUUCUAAACAGUGAGUUGUGUCUGUUGACAGCUUGCACAACUUAGGAUAAAAUAGGCAAUUUGGAAAACAUCCACUUUACACAGAGUUAAAAUAGGAACAGAAUAUAAGAAAAUGUUGAUCAUACCAGGCUUCUAAUUAGUAAUGCUGCAUUUCUCUAGACAGCCAGACAGACAGAUAAACACGUAAAUCAAUACCACUAAAACAGAAUAUGUGGUUAUAUUCUGGUAUACCAUAUUAAAUUCUCAGUAGUGCAGUACACAUGCUUUUAACCAUAUUAUAAUUUGCAAAAAAAACAACAUUUUUUUUAAAACAUUGGCUGUAUUGUUAUCUAGUUAGAUAGAAAACACUAGGAGUGUUAUUAGACAAAGCAGUAUUACUUGUAAAGGAUGUAAAGGAGAGGUAAUUGGAGAGAUCCUGUUGAAAUAAACUUAUUUAGAGUGUCUUCUGUAGUAAAAAUAUGAUUUGUCAAUUUUUAAAAGGCAAUUAACCCAGCAGAAGAACAUAUUUCGUUUUUAUGGCAUUUUAUUUACUUAAUACAAUUAUAAUAUCUAUCCUCACAGAUAGGCCAAAAAAAAAAAAAAACCUUGAAUUUUCAUACUGGUCUUCCAAAUGGUCUUCCAAAUGCGAAUACGGAUGUAGGUGGUAUAUGCAAAAUAUAACAAAAUAUACUAGUAAAAUAAUAGGGUACAAAAAGUCCUCAAUUGUGUCCCACUUGACGCGUUUCGGCUCUCCAGAGGCUUUAUCAAAAGUCACUUUUAUAUUUUAUACAAUAAAUAGUUACUUUUUAUGCAACACUUUCUUUUUAUAUCCAGUUCUACAUCCUGAUUGCUACCUGGUUCUACUACAUCCCUAGGUGGGGAUAAUACCACCCAUGCUGAAACAACUAGAGCAGGGAUUUGCUCUACAGAUUGUAAGUAAAUUACCUUCUUACAUCUAAACUGACAGUACAUACUACACUAUCAGAGCUUCUCUUUGCUCUUUAUUUUUUGCAUAUACCACCUACAUCCGUAUUCGCAUUUGGAAGACCAGCACAAUUUAUACCAGCCUAUAUCCUUAGACGGGGAUUAUACCGUCCAGGCGCUACAAAGCCAUGAGGAAAACACCCUCUAGGAAUUCUAUGAUUUACAUAUCAGGACAUAAUAACAAUUGUCGGUUCCUCAGCAGGUCUUAAAAUUAGGUAAAUACAAUCUCAGAUGAACAACAACACAUGACACAUAAUUUAAUUGCCAAAAUGGAGAAGCCAUGUGUGAAAAACUAAGAACACCUUAAGAUUCAGUAGCUUGUAGAACCACAUUUAGCUGCAAUAACUUGAAGUAAUCGUUUUCAUUAUGAGUUUAAUAGUCUUAUAUUGUUAUGGAGGAAUUAUUGACCUCUCUUCAGUUCAUUGCGGUUUGCUGGCAUUUGUUCAUGCACAGCUCUCUUAAGGUCCUGCUACAGCAUAUCAAUCGGGUUGAGGUAUGGACUUUGAGCCAUUGCAACACCUUGAUUCUUUUCUUUUUCAGCCAUUCUGUUGUAGAUUUGCCGUGUGUUUGGGAUCAUUAUCCUAUUUCAUGACAAAAUUUAGGCCAAGUUUUAGCUGUUGGACAGAUGGCCUCACAUUUGACUCUAGAAUAUUUUGGUAUACAGAGGCGUUUAUAGUCGACUCAAUGACUGCAAAAUUCCCGGAUCCUUUGGAUGCAAAACAAGCCCAAAUCAUCACCCCUUCACUACCGUGCUUGACAGUUGGGAUUGGUGUUUGUGCUGAUAUGCUGUGUUUGGUUUUCACCAAACAUGGCACUGAGCAUUAUGGCCAAACAUUUACAUUUUGGUUUCGUUUGUCCAAAGCACAUUAUUCCAGAAGUCUUGUUGUUUGUUAAGAUGCAGCUUUGCAAACCUAAGCUGUGCCAGUGGCGGAUCCAGUGCCUGAUCUCAGGAGGGGCACUUGUAGAUUGUUUAAAGAAAUAAUCCAGACACAACAACCACCACAGCUCGGUGUAGUUAGUGGUUAUGGUGUCAAUAGUGCCGGGACCCCCUCCCAGAGUAAGUAGUCAAACCGUUUAAGAACAGUUUGACAACUUACCUGAGGUCUGCUGGGAAAUGGGACUGUAGUAGGGCAUAGGAGCAGUGGUGUGUGUGAGUGGUGCAAUGUGUAAGGGGUGCAGUGUGUGUGUGUGUGUGUGUGUGUGAGGGGGACAGUGUGUGAGCAGUGUGUGUGUGUGAAGGUUGUAGUGUGUGAGUGAGGGCGGCAGUGUAUGUCAGGGAUGCAGUGUAUGUGUGGGACAGUAUGUGUGUGUAACAGUUGCAGUGUGUGUGUUAGUUUUUUAGUGUAUGUGUGGGCAAUGUGUGUGUAUGGGGCGGCAGAGUAUGGGGGCAGUGUGUGUGUAUGGGGAACAGUGUGUGUGUAUGGGGGUAGUGUAUGUGUGUGUGUGUGUGUGUAUGGGAGGCAGUGUGUGUGUAUGGGGGACCAGUAUGUGUGUAAUGUGGGAGCAGUAUGUGUGGGGAGCAGUAUGUGUGUGUAUGGGGGGGCAGUGUGUGUAUGGGGCAGUGUGUGUGUAUGGGGAGGCAGUGUGUGUGUAUGUGUAUGGGGGCAGAGUGUGUGUAUGGGGGCAGUGUGUGGGGCAAUGUGUGUGUAUGGGGGGCAGUGUGUGGGGCAGUGAAUGUGUAUGGGGGCAGUGUGUGUAUGGGGGCAGUAUGGGGACACAAUAUGGGGGCAAUGUGUGUGUAUGGGGGCAGUGGUGGCAUGUGUGUAUGGGGGGCACUGUGUGUGUAUGGGGGGCAGUAUGGGGGCAAUGUGUGUGUAUGGGAUGCAGUGUGUGUGUAUGGGGGGCAGUAUGUGUGUAUGGGGGGCAAUGUGUGUGUAUGGGGGGCAGUGUGUGUGUGAUAAGGGUAGGGGGGCUUUUUUUUUAUAAUACAUAUAUAUAUUCUUAGUCCCUGGUGGUCCCAGUGGGGAGAGUGAACUCUAGCUCGCGGCAGCGCUCCAUGCUCGCGAGAGGAGGACCCGGAGGAGCUGCUGGCUGAGCUCCCAGGUCCUCUCUCACUCCCUACCCCCGCCGGCUGCCAGCACAGUGUCUGCAGACCGGGGAGGGAGAUCUCUGACCUGCGUGUGCUGGCUGGGGAGAGGGAGACCUCGGUUUUCCUGUUGCCCCCCCCGGAUCCGCCACUGAGCUGUGCUGCCAUGUUUUGUUUAUAGAGAAGAGGCUUUCUCCUGGCAACCCUGUCUUGAUUGGUUGAGCAUUACUCACUAUUACGAUUCCUUUGUGAACGAUCGUUUCCAAGUCAGUAUCACUUGGUGAUUCAGAACCACAAAUUGCCAUCAGACCAAGCAUUAAAUAUGAUUUUGUUGCUUGGACUCUGUCUCACCAACGAAUAUACUAUAUUUUGACACCAGAGUACAUACUUUAUUUUAUAUUUUUUGUUGUUUUUAUUAUUCAUUUUUCUCAUUCACUACACUUUGUGGAGCACAAGAUUUCUAAUCUCAUUAUUGUUUUUAUGUAUACAUAAAAAAUUUAGUGAUCCACUAACUGACCUAAGUACUCAUAUAUUACAUAUUUACUCUUUUUCUCUUAAUACAUAUCAAAUAAAGGUUAAGUUUUAUACCGUUAUUUUAUGGUCAGGGCAUUCAGUCAGUCUAGUUCAACCCUGUCACGAACUUUAACAUUUACCAUGCUAACUGAGACUUUAGUGCAAUUUCUGUGAGCAUUGCCCGGUCUGACUGUGGGUUGAAUUUGCUGGGCGUCCACUGCUGGGAAGAUUGCUACCUGUCUUGAAUGUUUUCCACUUUUGAAUAAUCUUUAUCACUGUAGGAUGAUGGACUUUAAUUUGUUUGGAAAUGGCCUUAUAACCCUUCUCAGUUUGAUGGACAGCAAUAAUUGCCUAUCUAAGAUCAUUGCUGAUGUCUUUCCUCCUUGCAUUGUGUUAACACACACCUGAAUGCUCCAGACCAGCAAACUCCUAAAACUUUGACUUUUAUAAAGGUGACCACACUUGCUGAUGAUCAAUUAAUCAAGGGUAUUUGAGCUACUAGGCUUCUUAAUUCAUAUGGAGGCAGUAAUGGUGUACUUAGUUUUUCACAUAUGGCUUCCCAAUUUUUACUUUAUUUUUGUUAAAUAAAUCAUGACAUGGUGUAUUGUUAUGUGUUGUUCAUCUGAGACUGUAUUUACCUAACUUUCUAAGGAACAGGUGUUUGUUAUUAUGUCCUGAUAUGUAAAACCAUAGAAUUCAAAGAGGGUGUACUUUCCCCCCCCCCCAAUGACUAUAUAUAUAUAUAUAUAUAUAUAUAUAUAUAUUUAUUAGUAGAACAUAGAGUGGCAGUUAUUUUUGGGGAGUUACAGAGCUACGUUGCAUAAACAUUUUUAUUUUUUUAUGGAUUUACCAGCAUCUGGAACAAGAAAAACAUGAAUUGAAACGAAGAUUUGAAAAUCGUGAAGGUGAAUGGGAAGGGCGAGUGUCUGAACUGGAGAGCGAUGUCAAACAACUGCAGGAAGAAUUGGAAAAGCAGCAGGUCCACCUUAGAGAAGCCGAUCGGGAGAAAUCAUCUGCUGUACAGGAACUGUCUGAACAAAACCAAAGACUCCUGGAACAGCUCACUAAGGUUAGAAUGUGGCUAAAGAUCCCUUAACACACUAAGCAAACAAUAGACACAGUGUUGGCAAUAGCCUGCCCUCUAGCAGCUAGCUAUUGGUUUAUUUUUUAGAUCUGAGCAGGGACCAACUGAAGGGCAAGCUAUUGAGGUUUCUAUGAGCCUUUGCUUGUUCUCAGAGUUCUGAUAUACUCUGUUUGUUUGUGUUUUUUACCUGAAUUUUCUUAAAUUCCACUAUAUGGUUAAAUAUUUAAAACUCACUUUGAAUUUCUGACAAAUCACAGUGACUCAGGUAUAUGUAUAACAAGUUGUUGCAGCUGAUCCAUAUAGUCAAUGUUUUUCUCUUUUUGGUUGUGUUUUUCUUUUUGUCUAAACAUAUAUACAAAAGUAUGUUAAUGCAAUAAUGAAAUUGAUACAGUUACAACUUUGGUACACCUACUUUUAAAAUAGUUUUGCUGAUGGCGUUAAAAACUCGGUAUCAAUGUUUGCUGUUGACACAAAUUUAUGUACAGUAAAGAAUUCAAAACAUCUCUACAGAGGGAUUUAAACUGGCUGAUAGGUUUUACAUAGAUCAGAGAUGGCAUCAGCAGUCCUCAAGGGCUAGAAAUGUACUGUGUUUAAAGGGACACUAUAGUCACCUGAACAAAACAACUUUAGCUUAAUGAAGCAGUUUUGGUUUAUAGAACAUGCCCCUGCACCCUCACUGUUCAAUCCUCUGCCAUUUAGGAGUUAAAUCCCUUUGUUUAUGAACCCUAGUCACACCUCCCUGCAUGUGACUUGCACAGCCUUCCAUAAACACUUCCUGUAAAGAGAGCCCUAUUUAGGCUUUCUUUAUUGCAAGUUCUGUUUAAUUAAGAUUUUCUUAUCCCCUGCUAUGUUAAUAGCUUGCUAGACCCUGCAAGAGCCUCCUGUAUGUGAUUAAAGUUCAAUUUAGAGAUUGAGAUACAAUUAUUUAAGGUAAAUUACAUCUGUUUGAAAGUGAAACCAGUUUUUUUUUCCAUGCAGGCUCUGUCAAUCAUAGCCAGGGAGGUGUGGCUAGGGCUGCAUAAACAGAAACAAAGUGAUUUAACUCCUAAAUGACAGUGAAUUGAGCAGUGAAAUUGCAGGGGAAUGAUCUAUACACUAAAACUGCUUUAUUUAGCUAAAGUAAUUUAGGUGACUAUAGUGUUUCUUUAAUGAUCAUAUUUAGCAUACAACUCAUUGAUCCACAAAGUUGAUCAACUCAGGGAUCCACAAACAGCACUCUACAUGUUUAAUCAGUUGCUGUCCUCAAUGGUUGUAUGUUUGCAUUUAUUCUUAGAAAUUUUAACUUUAAAUAUGGCUGAUUAUGGCAUCAAUUUAAUAUUGUAGGAUAAGCUUUUCAAAUUAUUUCAUGUUUUAAAAAAAAACAAACACAUUUAAAACCUGUAUUUCUAACCCUAUGGUGUUAAAAUCACUAUCUAUCCCUCCUUGCCCUCUGAAAUAUAGUAAAAUCUUACCCUAUUUCCAGUGCUGGCUGCGCCCCCGAACUACCUACUUGACCGAUAUCAUCAGAAGUGAUGAUCUCAGCCAAUCACAAUACUUUUAUAGGAAAGCAGUAGAUUGGCUGAGGUUGGCAAGGAGGUGGAGCAAAGACGUAGACAAAUGCCACGCUGGCCAAUCAGCAUUUCCUCUUAGAGAUGCAUUGAAUCUCUAUGAGGAAACAUCAGUGUCUCCAUGCAGAGUGUGGAGACGCUGAACGUCAGUGCUGCACUGUGCUGCUCUGCCCCAGGAAGUACCUCCAGUGGCCAUCUGAGGAGUGGCCACUGGAGGUGUCCCUAGGCUGUAAUGUAAAUACUGCUUUUUCUCUGAAAAGACCGUUUUUACAACAAAAAGCCUGCAGGGACUGACUAUACUCACCAGAACAACUACAUUAUCUGUAGUUGUUUUGGUGACUAUAGUGUCUCUUUAAAGAAUUUUAAAUGUUUAUCUAAAAAUCUGAAAUUAUUUGAAAACCUUAUCCAACAAUAUUCAAUCGAGACCUAUGUUUGGGUUGUUACAUACAAAGGUCACUGUGUACUUGGGGUUGCAUGUAAAUAUGUCCUUUCUCAUUCCAACACCAGUGUCAUGUUAGUAUACCCUUGUGUUUGUUUGUAAGCAGGCCCGGACUGGCCAUCGGGCACACCGGGCAAAUGCCCGGUGGGCCGCGGUGGCCAUGGGCCGAGGCCGGCAGGGGAGAUCCCAGGAUCUCCCCUGCCGGUCUAUGCAGGGCCGGCACUAUCCGAGCGCCGGCCCCGCUGUUUUCCAUGGAGGGCCGGUGGGGAGAUCAAAGAUCUCCCUCACCGGCCCACAUGCUCUCAAACGUGGCCACCGGCGGGGAGAGAGGGAGGGAGACAGCCGCCAGGAAAGAGGACCCGGCGGAGCUCUAACUUGCAGCUCCGCCGGGUUUCUCUCGCGAGAUCCGGACCGUUGCUAUGGCAACCGGCCGGGUCUCGCGAGAGUGAACUCUAGCCCCAAAGGGCUAGAGUUCACUUACCACGAGGACCACCAGGGAUGGCUGGCAGGAGCACGACCCCCCCCCCCUUCCAGACUACUACAGGUAAGAAUAGAGGGGGGUUAAUAUAAUGUAUUUAUUAUUAUUAUUAUUAUUUAUUAUUGUUAUUUAUUAUGUAUUUAUUAUUAUUAUUAUUAUUUUUAUUAUGUAUUUAUUAUUUAUUAUUAUGUAUUUAUUAUUAUUAUUAAUUAUUAUUAUGUAUUUAUUAUUUAUUAUGUAUUUUUAUUAUUAUUAAUUAUUAUUAUGUAUUUAUUAUUAUGUAAUUAUUAUUUAUUAUGUAUUUAUUAUUAUUAUGUAUUUAUUAUUAUGUAUUUAUUAUUUAUUAUGUAUUUAUUAUUAUUAUUAUAUUUUUUUAGUAAAACAUUAAUAGUGCCAUUUACCUGCCUCCCCAAUACAAAAUCCUUGCAAACACACACAUCACCCUCACCCAGCACCCUAACAUUGACACAGCACCCCAACACACACACACAGCACCCUAACACCAGCACCCUAACAUUGACACAGCACCCCAACACACACACAGCACCCUAACACUCACAGCACCCUAACACCAGCACCCUAACAUUGACACAGCACCCUAACAUUGACACAGCACCCUAACACACACACAGCACCAUAGCACUCACACAGCACCCUAACACCAGCACCCUAACACCAGCACCCUAAUAUUGACACAGCACCCCAACACACACACAGCACCCUAACACCAGCACCCUAACAUUGACACAGCACCCUAACACUCACACAGCACCCUAACCCCAGCAACCUAACAUUGACACAGCACCCUAACACCAGCACCCUAACAUUGACACAGCACCCUAACACUCACACAGCACCCUAACACCAGCACCCUAACAUUGACACAGCACCCUAACACCAGCACCCUAACAUUGACACAGCACCCUAACAUUGACACAGCACCCUAACACCAGCACCUUAACACUCACACAGCACCCUAACACCAGCACCCUAACAUUGACACAGCACCCUAACACACACACAGCACCCUAACCCUAACACCAGCACCCUAACAUUGACACAGCACCCUAACACAUACAGCAACCUAGCACACACACACACAUCACCCCAACACAUACACAGCAACCCAACACGUACACAGCAACCCAACACACACACAGCAACCCAACACACACACAGCAACCCAACACAUACACAGCAACUCAACACACACACAGCACCCCAACACACAUCACCCUCAAAUACACAGAACCCUCGCUCAGUGCCCUAACACACAGCGCCCUCACACACCGCACCCUCACACACACAUACUGCACCCCCCACACACACCACCCUCCCACACACACACUAUACUCCUCACAAAUGCACACUACACCCCUCACACACACAGCACCCCCCAAACACACUGCACCACUCACACACUCACUAGAUCUCAUAUACGCACUCCUGAGUCCUUCAAACACACACUAGAUCCCCUACACACAGUCGCUGUACCACUUACACACACACUACAUUUCUGACAUACACACUCAGGAUCCCCUAUGAACACACUAGAUACCCUUUAAGCAAAGUGAGUAUUAAAAUACAGUGAGUAUUCCAUUUUAGCAAACCCCUGAGACAAGUUUCAAGCAAACACAAUGCAAGCAUGUUAUUAAAUUUGCUUGCGCUGUGCAGAUCAAAUACAGGGCCCUUUUCUCAUGCCCUGGAAGAGCAUUGAACCAACAUGCUCACUUUGAGAUGGGGCGUGCUUGUCAUUGGGGAUGACAAAACACACCCUAUCUGACCCCGCCCCCUUUUCAGUGGGCCGCUGUAAUUAAAAAUGCCCGGGCCGAAUUUUUUCCCCAGUCCGGCCCUGUUUGUAAGGUAGACACAAACUUCAAAGUGUAUAUACAUGUGUUCGGUCGUUCAUUGAGUGGCUUCAGAACCUUUCCUUUUUGCUGUUAAAGUGGCACUGUCAUCCCAAUAGCUUCCUCUUCUCUCCCUCUCUCAAAAUCUGUUCUUCUUUUCUUCACGUCUGCUCUAGUUUUCUUUAAAACAUAAGACAAAGUAGGGACUACUUUGUCUUAUGGAGGUUUCCUACGCUUGACCAGCUUUGACCCACUUCUCACGGUCCAAUGAAUUUCCCCACAAUUCUCACCUGAUCUCGCGAUGCUUCCUUUCACUAUUCCCCAGCAACCUGUCAUACAACAGUGGCUGCUCACUGUUGUAAAAAAGACCCCCUCAUGCCUCUAAUAAAGUGUUCCUUAGUGGGGCACCUAUAACAAUUAACGGGGGGCGUAUUUUCACACACCCCCACGAGCCACUAAACUAAAUGGGGGACUUAGUGUCUCCCCCCAGCCCCCACCCAUGAGCGGCGGGUGGGGGCCCUAAGAUAAAAGAGGGGAAGGAGACCUAUUGUCCCGUCCUCCCCUCGGCCCCCACCCAUGAACAGCGGGUGGGGAACCUAAAUGGCAAUGGGAGAGGACCUAUUGACCUCCCCCCGACCCCCAUCUGAGGCCUUCCCGUGCCCUACAAUUGACUCAGAGUGCUCUGAUUGGAAUUUUCCCACGCUGUGUAAAUUGACUAAUUACAACACUAUGAUUGGUUUGCUUUGAAUCCAACCAAUCAGAGUGUUCUGAGUCACUUUACACGGUGUGGGAACUUUAUUUACCUAUCAGAGCACUCUUGUUGGUUGGCUUAAACCCACCAAUCAGAGCCCUUUGAGUGAAAUUGCAGGGCGUGGGAAGGCUUUAUAAGCCCUGCGGAGCUCAGUCUGCACGGUGCCCUCGCUGGGUGAAUAUGGAUAAUUUUUUUUAGCGUCAACAUAUUUUUUUUUCACCACUUUUUUUUGGAAGAAAAUAAACAUUAAAUAUAGGUAAUAUGGGGGGCUUAGGGGCAUUAAGGGGCGACCAGCGGGGCUAUUAGAUGUAUUACAGUCAGGAAGGGGGUUAAAAAAAACAAAAAACGGAUGUGGCCAUGACAGUGUCGUUUUAAUAUAUUGCUACAAAUACAUAAUGCAUCUGAGCUUCUCAGAGAGCUGUGGUUUCUGAUAGACAAGAAUUAUUUCUGUACAUCUUUAAUAACAACAUUGACUUUAAUCUGUUAAUACAUAAAGUUAAAUAGAUGUAGGCUAUUUAAUAUGUGUGUAGGGUUUUCAUACAUACAUUUUAUACUUACAUGUUGGUAAGCUUAUGGUGCCAGGAUCUGAUUAAAAUUGAUCAUUGAGAAGUUACCCCACAUUAAGAAAUAGCAGCAGACCAAUGCUUUAUUGAAGUGACAGGCUGCAAGAUAAUAUAUAAUUUAAAUUGUUCUUCUGUAAGUACUUCAGUGAUAAGAUGCUUGCAUGGUGCAAAUAAAUGCAAAGCAAUGAAAAGCUGCAUGCACAGACACAGCUUACAAACUGUAGGACUUGGAAAGGUAAGCAAGCUCAAGCAAAGGUGGAUGAUUGGUUUGAUAAACAAAAAUGCAUGUCUCAUGCUCAUUGAAAAGGGAAUUAAGGCUGAAACUGAUACAGUGUUUGUUUAAUGCGUGGCAUAAGUAAUUACAUAGGCAAAACAGUCAAUCUAAUUAAAAAAAAUAUAUAUAUAUACUCACUUCUAAAGUUGCUGCAUUUGCAGUUCCCAAGAACUAAUCAGUCACUCAGGACACUCCAAUAAUGUUUUAUGAGUAACAUUGAACCCUUGUUCUGUAUAUGCUGAAAGAAGCCAAUACUUGUCAAUGCACAUACAAUACAAUACCAAUUGAUUUAUAGAAAGAGGGGAAAGGGUGAAUCUCCCAGAGCAGCCAUUUAGAAGGGCAAACCAGGGGUCAGGUCCAAUAGAUAUCUCCAGGAUUGCAUUAAUACAAUUAAAUUCACUUUUGCAUUUUUGUGUAAAUAAUUUGUUGCUAAUGCCAUUUCAGUUGUACAUCAAAAGCGCUAUAUUGUAGUAUAGCUGACAUUGCUCAAUAGCACCGUGAUAAAGCAGCAUUUUGUUUUCAAAAGUGUUAGAUGAAGUACAUUGAAAGUACAGUCUUUCGACUCCAAAUUGCACAUUUUUGACAAUUCAAAGUUAUUGUCAAAUAUGGCAAAUUUAUAAAAGCACAAAAAGUAUAGUGAGUCUCCUAGUUGUCACCAACACCCUGGUUAACUCCAAAAAAAAAAAAACAGGUAAUUGUAGCACACCACACCAUUUGUUUUUGGCCUUUUAUGGCAAAUUUAUAAAGGAAUUUGUAAGCCAAAUCAGCAGAGAGAAAAUUGUUGAGCUGGAUGAUUGUUUACAAUUCCUAAAAUAUGCAACUCCAUUUUUUCAGUCCUCCACAAUUCUCAGAUUAGUGAAUCAAUCUCUUACCAAUGCUUCUGCUAAUGGCAUUAUGAGAAAUUGAGAAAUAGAGAAACUGUAGCUUGUCAGCAAGACAUUAUAAAACCUAAUCCUGGGGACAUAUUACAGGAAGGUGAUGGCUUAUAGCUGUCAAAACGUCAGCUGUACAUUUUGUUUUCUAUUAUUUUCAUUCACCUGAAUGGGAAAUAUAGCCAGUGAAAAGCUGCAGGUUAACACAUAAUUAUUGUAAGGUGCAUUUCGUCCUUCAAUGACUUUACCUAAUCGAUAACUUUUCACGUUUUAUACAGUAUUUAGUUUUUCUAUGUGUUUGGUUAGGUGUUACUUCAAAUUCAGUGGUAAUCGUUGUUACAGUGCAAUUGGAUUUGGUAUUAUUAAAUAUUCAUUAUUUGUGGGGCCUGGAAACUAUGUUUGGUUAGAAUAUAAGGACAUCUUAUAAACAUUUUUUGGGAGGCUGUUGGAAAAUCAGGGACAGAGCAAAUAUAUGUGUGGCCCUGGCAAUGUUUCAACCAGUUAAGGGUUUGUUUUAUUUUCCCACGUCUUGCAAGGUCCACUUGUUCAAAGAGACAUUCCAAACACUUCAAAGAGAAAUCAUCGCUUUUAUAAACUGACAGAGUUUAACCCUCUGAGCUGGAAAAAUACUCUUGCUGGUUGGUUUGCGUUCCAGUGCUUUUCUGUGAGAACUGAUGAUCUCCUGCAGGCUCCCAUUGCUGGUGUGAAUUGGAAUGACUAAGGAAGUGUUAUUUUUGUCAUAGCCAUUUUUCCAGCGGGGACCAGGCUGUGGGCAGCCACUGACCUCCAUUCUUUAGGGCCUCCAGUCACUGUACCAAGUUCAAUGAGAUGAAAUGGUUAUUGUGUCUAUAGGGUACAUUUAAUGGGGAAAAAAAUGUCAUUAAAGUUUGGUGUUAUGUUACAGCUCUUUAUUUUAUUUCUCAUGGUAAACUAGGAAGUCGUUGAAUUGUGCAGCAAAAUCUUCACUCCAGGUGAAAUGUUGAGGAUCUCGCUUCUUAAUUUAAUUUGCUAUGCAGCAUAUAUCUUUACUAUAAUAUCAGGAACACAUUGAAAAUAUAAAUAGGUGGAUGUUUUUUCUUCUUUUUCAUCUUCUUGGUAUUGCAUUCAAAAAGAUUUCUUGGCUCAUACUGUUUUAUGUCAACAUUUGGUCUAAAGCCAGUCUUUUCAGAGACAUUGAAAUAAAACUCCAGAAGGCCAAUGACUUCCAAGAAUUUAAACCAAUUGUUCCUUGCCUACCAUCUGAUUCUGUAUUUGUGGAUAGUGAUGUCCCGAACAGUUCGCCCAGACCCUCCCACCUCCUGAACAGCUCACUAAGAAUGCAGCUUCACAAUGAAUGUAAAAUGGAUGCUGUCCAGGAGGUGGGAGGGUCUGGGAGGGAGGGUCUGCUGCUGAUUGGCUGGAAUGUGUCUGCUGACUGUGAGGGACAGGGUCAAAGUUUACUCAAUGAUGACAUAGGGGGCGGACCGAACAGCGCAUAUGUUCGCCGUCCGUGGCGAACCGUUUGGGACAUCACUAUUUGUGGACUAUCUGCACAACAUGUCGAAAAAUAUGAGGGCAUCCUUCCUAUUUGGUUUAUACAUCUAUUUCUGCAACACACACUGACAGAGUUGUUAAAAAAGGCAUAAAUCAUAAAUCAUGCAAUCUUCAAAUUCAAAAAAUGACAAAUUGGUCCAUAGCCUAUGGAUUUAAAAAGUUGCACAGCCAUAGUAUUUGUCCUUUCCAACUAGUCGGUUUGUGUAUGGUUUAGCUUGCUACGGCCACCGAUAUGUGUUGUCCUUUUGGAACUGGCUGCAGAUUGCCGAAGCUUGUGGCACACAUAUAUAAUAUCUGUUGUCUGUGCCACUCAAUAGAAAGCUCCAAACUGCUUCAGCUAAACAACUUUUCAUUGGUGUCAGAAUAAUAUAUGAUCCUAACAUGCAGAACUGCGGUUAAUCCUAAUAAAGACUAAGAACAGAAAGGAUAGCAGCAUUUUCUUGGACAUUAAAAACAGUAGGCAUAAUGCAGUGUCUAAAUAUGUAGAACAGCCCAGAGAGUAAACCAGAACAGAGUACAGAAUAAUCGAGUACUAUGUAGCGAAAGUGACCUUGCCACUUUUUUUUUCCAGGGGCCUGUUUGCCAGCCUCCUGCCCUGUGACUAUGGCCCCUGUAAUGAACUUUGGGUUAAAGAUUCUGGUUGUGCCUCUUGGACUUCUAAUAGGAACAAUUCAAACACGUGGCGGUGGCCAUCUUGUUUAGUCGAAUGCAUCCAGCGGUGUUUGGUCAUUGAGUGCGUGGAACUCAAAUUGGACACUUGACUGCACAAACACCGCUAAACUUUACCUUCCAUGGAUGUUCGGCUAUUCGAACAGGAGUCGAACGGUGUUCGGUAAAAAGAAACUCACGAACAAGAGACAUACACUGACUUUAUUCACAAACGGCUAUGUUCGGUAUUUCGAACUGUAAUUCGAAUCCCCGAAGUAGACUGGCCGCACAGCCUGAUUCUCUGGAACUGUUUUGAGCAUGGGACCAUGUGUCCUGGGUGACGGUACGGAGACAAUCAGAGCCUGGUGCAGGGUAACCACACGCCCCCUGGAGUUGAGCACCAGGGUUUUUGCAGCCACAUACCAGAGCCCUUAUGCAGUUUCUGCGGAUCCCAGGAGCUAGGUAACAAUAUGUAGACCGCCCAGGAUCUGGAUAGGGAGGCUCUGCAGCAGAUAUGUAUCCAGUACUAGAAACAAGGCAAGACUAGAACAGGCACCAAACAAGAUAACAAGACAAGACUAGGAGAACCCAGAACCGGAGAAGGCCAGAAAGCAGAGUCCAGAACAUGUAAACAAGACAUGAGGGAAACCAGAACAAGGCAUGGAGGGGAUAAGCCUGUACAUGAACUGGGAAGACAAAAUAAAACAAGACUGGGGGGCGGGGCCUGACCAUCAAGACGAGCAGACGCAUGUCUUGUCAGCUCCUGGGCAAAUAGUGCUUUAUUGCCCCAAAAUCAUUGUUUUCAGCCCACACCUGGCUUCCUGCCGCCGCACUUGGGCAUCCUUGGAAGCAAAACAAGACAAGCAACUGUAUGCCCAUGCCGACUGACGGCCAAUCGAACACUGCGGCCUCCUUUGUGGACAGGGCGGGAGAAGCGGCCGAUCUUCCGAUCCUGGCCUGGAGAGGCCAAUCCUACACACGGCUGGCACCCGUACUCCCCCCCCUGUGGUCCGGUGGGGGUUAUCCCGGACCCCACCAAAGAAUCUCAGCACUCUGGCACAAACGAGCCAGCACAACUCCAAUAAGCCUGACACUCUGCAGAGGCCCCAAGAUGGCCGCUGCAAAGGAACCAGCGUGGCGAGGAGAAGCAAAGCUCGCCAACAUGAACCCUGAAGAACCCAAGCCCUGUGUACCUCAAAUACCCUCGUGGGAACUCAGAUUCAACACAGCGUUCGACAAGCUCUGCACAGCCUUCUGGGCCCGAAUAGAGGCUCGACAGCUACAGCAGACCCUUUCCUUACCUGCUCCUGGGGGGGCUCUCCGGCGUGAACCGAACGCGUCAAAGUCAAAUAAGCAGAGAGACCGGAUGGAUGUCCAGCCCAUCAAACACCCGCAGCCAAGUGAGCCCGUCAGUAAUAGAGGCUCCCAGGGGGCGACGGGCACUGUCUAUGCAGACGAAGAGCCCAGAGAUAAAGAAGCACUGGAAGGCUUCACAGAUCUGGCUCCUGGAGUGGAAGAACAGCAACACCUAUGUGAUGGCCUGCACGCUCUGGGGGACUCCCGACCAAGACCUGAGGAUAAAGGAGGACUUGAUCGAAACGGCCUGCCAACACGAAAACCCAGAUUCCGCCUCCCUCACACAUGUGGUAUUGGCUGAUAUAGACUUGCAGACUGUACCUGUGUCAUUCUCCUUAGUUGUUAUUAUUGCAUUCAGUUUGAGUUUUUAUUUAGUUUAAGAUGCAGAGCCUGUUACCAAAGACAUGAAUAACCUUUUAGAUAUACUCCCCCACUAGCUUGCCAGACUUUCACCUUAUGGCUAGACAAAAUGUUCCUCACACUUGGUGUCCUUCUCCCAUCUUAGAUACGCUUCACCAUCUCAACAUAUGACACCUCACUAAGGCAACCACUACAGCAGUCAGAGCAUCAAGCCUAAUUCACCCAGCCUAACAGUCUCUACUCCCUGACUGGUACAAGCAUGUUUAAUAUGUUGAUAAAAUGAGAAUUAACCUCAUGUUGAGAAAUAUGUUUAGCCUGCCUUCCAUAACACUUUAAAUUGUGCUAUUUGUCUUAGCAUGAUUACUAAAUACCACAAAUCGAUGAUGUUAAAGCUUGUUAAAUCUAUAUUAUAAAAAUGUGCUAUGUGAAAUGUUAUGACUAUGCCUGCAGCAGCUGUCGUGGCUCUGCAUGUUUACUGUUACUCCAAGCACAAAUAAAAUAAAGAAUUUAAAAAAAAAUUGGAGAUUUAGACAUACAUAAAUUGCCAAGAUGUGUGCUGCCCACCACUGCGCCAAAGUACUCCAAUUAUGGUGGGUCCUAACUGCCUAGAUAUGGACGUGACACCAUGUGUGUGUGUGUGGUCGGUCAAAAUAUGACUUCCAUAGAAUUCUUGAACCCCUGAACUGAUCUGGGUGAUUUUUGGAUAUGUUGGUCACCCAGAUCAGGGCUAUCAGGGGAUGUAAUUGUGGGGAUACCAUGUGUUUUUGCGGUACUUUUGGAGUUUUUUUUUUUUUUUAAAAUAGGUGUUUUUUUCUGCCUGGAGAUAAUUGAAUUGAUACAGUAUCUGACUCAAUAUACAGCAUGUUUCCUAUAAUCGAUAUUGGUCUUGUAAGUUACCAGUUUUACAGUUAACUUACUCACCUCUCCCAGUCACCACACACUGAGUUCUGCUACCGGAAAAAAUUAGAUGCCACAUCUCAGUGAGUGCCCGCAUGUGGAGCUCAUCUGAAGGCAGGGAAGGGAGACAGUGAAAAAUCUACUGUACUGGGCUGGCUGACUGAGAGUGAUAGAGGUGCUGUCAGCAAUCACACUCCUAUCUAUAGCACCAUUGAACAUGCUGGGAUCUCACUGAUCCCAGCAUUAGUGGCUGGAUGAGAGUGAUAGGAGUGUGGUUUCUCUCAGCAUGUUCAGUUAAUGCCAGAUUUCUGUAGAAGUUUUGUUGCUUUUUCAAAACAUUAAAUGUAUAGAAUAUCGUCAAUCGGCCCAAAAGGUUGACCAAUAAUCUCUAUAGGCAUUGGCUCUGGAAAAAUGUAAUCAUUGCAAACCUUUUUUUCAGGAGGGAUGAAUUUGCACUUUGCCAUCAGACACUUCAAUGCACAAUUCAGGGUUUGGUAAGUUUCAAACAAAUACUAUCUGCCUGACUGUCACGACUGCUAGUGUGGUCCAACACGCAGAAACUAUGUAAUCAUAUACAUAGAAAUAAGAAAGGAAAUAUAAAGGACAGAACGUAAACCGGUCCUUAAAAUGGCUGGACUAAUACGUUAGAGACAGAGAAUGGUCAAAGGAAAGCCAAGGUCAAGGAAGCCAUAAAAUACUCAAGUACCGUUUAAACAAGCCAAGUCAGGGAUACCAGAAAUUGGAAUAACAAGAAAUAGCCAAGGUCAAAAUACCAGAAUCUCAGAAUCACAAGGAUAAACGCACUCUCAGGAAACCAGGAACAGGAAACCACGACAGGGCAAGGUACUGGGGUGAAUCAGGGAUUUAAAUAUCCCUUUCUAGGCUCUGAGUGGUCAGAGGGUGACCUCUGACCCCAGAACGGGUGCGUGCGUGCGUGCGUUGAUGUCGUGACGUCAUGCGCACGUUCGUAUAAUUAUAGGGGGCAGAGCUAUCGAUGGACACGCCCACAUGGUCGGCGCCAUCUUUGAUUUGCCGGGGCAACGAGGAGGUGCGGUUCCCGGCUCGCCGCCGAUCAGGUAAGCUCAGCAUGUUGGCGCGGUCGUGCCGGUCAGGCACUGAUGCGCAUCGCGGCGAGCCGGGAGCCGUGACAGUACCCCCCACUCGAAGACUACUCACCGGGCGGGAAGGAGCCGGCAUGAACCCGGUCAACAGGAACCCAACUACGUUCCUGAUGGUGUGACGUACAGUUUGUCCAGAGGUUUCUCCAAGGGUGCCUGAGUUUGUUCUGCUAUUAUGGCACAGAAAAGUGGAGAAGACACUUCGAAAACCGUAGUAGCAAUAAGACAUUCUGGAGGUACGAUUGGGAAUAUCUCUUGUUCAGGAACAUCAUCUGUCUCAAACUGUCUAGACAGCGCAUCUGCCUUGGUGUUCUUGGUCCCGGGCCUGUAUGUAAUGACAACGUUAAAUCGGGAGAGGAAUAAUGACCAUUUAGCCUGUCGGGAGGACAGUCACUUAGCGUCCCCGAUAUAAGCCAAGUUCUUUUUUUUUUUUUUUAUUUGACAAUUUUUAUUUUGUCAUGUUUCAGAAGCAAUAUAAGGGGGAUACAGAAAUAAAAAAAGGGGGAGGGGGGGACACAAACGGUAGUGCUUACAAUUACAAAUCUCCACAUUUGAUAUUGUUAACAUUUUAUAUUUUUUCAUUUAAAAAAAUAAAAAAAACUUUUAUCAAUUUUUGUCUUACAUAUGUCAUCAACAUAGGUGUAAAACCUAAAGCGUGAAACUGAUGGAUAGGGAGGGGGUUACGGAAAGGAAAGGGUGAGGGGGGAAAGGAGUCCAUAUCAUGCUUUUACAUCAAGGUUUACAGUCACAUUUAUUAGGAUCCAUUAGUUGUGUCUCCUGCCUAUACACACCCUGUGUCUUUUUACAAUUCUCAAUUUUGACUACUCUUACGGUUCUGUUCCUAUCCUGUUACUUCUCGCUCGUUUGUCUAUCUUUGUCUAUUGGUUGCCUUUAGGGGCUCAUCAUGUCUAGUGGCUUGGUUGUUGGGGGUCUCUUGCUGGUCUCUCGUCCCAUAACCUCCAUGCUUCCAUGGCCGUGUCUGUCAGGGGGAGAACCCCUCUAUAGCGGGAUUCAUAUAGUUGUUGUGUGUCAACGUCUCUGCACACCUCCGCUACUUGUGGGGGUCUACGUUUUUUCCAUAAUCUGGCUAUUGCUCUCUGGGCUGUCAAGAGGAUGUGGAAGGCUAGUUUCUGUACCUCUUUAGGUGUGUUGUCUGGCAUGUGUAGCAGAAGGUAUGUUAGGGGCGUAUAUGGGAGCUUAACGUGUGUGGUGUCUCGGAUCAGGUAGCCAAUAUCUUGCCAGAAGCCGGCUAUCUGGUCACAUUGCCACCAGAUGUGGAGUACUGUUCCCUCCUCUUUCCCACAUCUCCAGCACGCUGGGGACGAGCCCGGGUAUAGCUUGUGUAACCGAGAUGGUACCAUGUACCACCUAUAUAGAGUUUUUCUGUACUGUUCCAGGAGGGUCUCUGACUUGAUUAGUUUUUUGGUCGCUACUAUGGCACGUUCCCAGUGGUCUUUACUUAUGUGGCCUUGUAGGUCUUGUGCCCAUUGCUUGGCUGGGUUAGAGUCUACAAAGUGUUGUGUGGGUCGUAGAAGCUGGUAACACCAAGAUAGCGGUUUAAACGCUGGUGCCCAUGCACCUUUGGUGGUUGUUUGUUCCCAUUUUGUCAUACCGGAGGGACUUUCAUCUGAGGUGGGAGUUUUAUCUGUAUGUUUAUGGAGGAACGAUCGUAGUUGCAUGUGGGAGAAUUGAGAGGCCACUGGUAUAUGGUAUUCGUGCUGUAGGGCUGGGAAGGGUUUGAGCUUAUUGUGUGUAAGCAUUUGGUGCAGGUGUGUGACCCCGUUGGUUAUCCACGGCUUGGCAUUGAAGGUUGGGAUACAGUAUGUGAUAGUGUUAAGCGGGGUGGCUGGUGACAGUGGAGUAUGGGUUAUUAGUUUAUGUCUAACCUUGUCCCAAACUUUUAAUGCUGUUUUAAUCCGUGCUGGCAACUGUGACACUUCUGGCCUGAACCGAUUUGGGAGCCACAUUAAGGUGGGUACGUCGAAAGGCCUAGUAGCUAGUUUUUCCAGUUGCACCUACUGCGGUGCAGUCGUGUUUGUGAAGUGGGGAAGGAGUGCUGCUAGUGUAGCUGCUUGGUAGUAUGACUUAAUGUCUGGCAAGGCGAGGCCUCCCUGUCUCGCCGGUGCUCGUAGUAGUGUGCCCUGCACCCGGGCCUUUUGGCACCCCCACACGAAUCUGUUAAUGUCUUUUUGUGUGUCUCGGAGGUAGGAUGCGGGUACCUGGAUCGGUAGAUUACGAAAUAGGUAUUGGAGCCUAGGGAUUAUGGACACUUUGAUGGUUGCUACUCUCUCGGUCCAGGUCAGAAACAGUGUGCCCCAUUUCUUCAUUAGUUGACGACAGUCUCCCCAUACCUUAACAUAAUUAGACAAAAAUGUUUCUGUGGGGUUUUUUGUGAAGGUUAGUCCUAGGUAUUUUAUUGUGUCUGUUCUCCACUCAAAAAGGUGGACCUCUUUGAGGGCAGUCAGGGUUUUUUGGCUCAGCCGUAUUCCCAACGCCUGUGUCUUGCUGGCAUUGAGAGUGUAAUAUGACAUCUUGCCAUAUUCCCUGAUGAGGUCUAGAAUGAGUGGGGUCGACUGUUCAGGUUCGGUAACACAUAUUAGGAUAUCAUCUGCGAAUGCGCUAAUUUUAAUGUCCCUACCGUAUAGCUCUAUUCCUUUAAUACCCUUCUGGUUCCUGAUUUGAAUCAGAAGUGGUUCCAGGGCCAGGACAUACAAUAACGGCGAUAAAGGGCAUCCCUGCCUCUUACCAUUCGUCAGAGGGAACGGGUCCGAGAGGAAGCCGGCUUGCAGCACCCGGGCCGUGGGACCUGCGUAUAGGGCAAAGAUCUGUUUAAUAAAUUCGGUGGGGAUAUCAUAUUUUAGAAGUGUGUGUUCAAGAAAUGACCAGUUCAGACGGUCAAACGCCUUUUCGGCAUCUAGGGCUAGUAGAAGCCCGCCCUGUCCUGAUCCCUUCAGCUUUUCCAGCACCAAGGAGAGCUUUCUAGUAUUGUCUCUGCCCUGCCUACUCUUAAUGAAUCCUGUUUGGUCAUCUCCUAUGAUAGUUGGCAGGAUAUGUGCCAGUCUAUUGGCUAGGAUCUUAGCGUAUAUCUUCGCAUCGGUAUUGAGAAGGGAGAUAGGUCGAAAGUUUUUGCAGUUGUCUGUAGGUUUAUCAGGUUUCAGGAGUGUUACUAUCGUGGCCACUAGCAUUUCGGGUGGGAGGGAUCCUGUUUCCGCCGCCGUGCGAUAUACUUUUAGCAGGUGAGGCGCUAGUGUAUCUAUGAACGUUUUGUAGUAAGUGUUUGAGAAGCCACCUGCGCCCGGGGAUUUGCCCGGGGGCAGACUCUUAAUUACCCCCCGGAUCUCCUGUAUGGAGAUCGGUUCAAGCAAGGCGUUCACUGAGUUUUGAUCUAUUUUGGGCAGUUCGAUAUCUUGUAAGUAUCUGCAAAUAGAGUGUGUUUCUGGGGCUUUUGCGCCCCCGCUUGAAUCUAGGUUGUGUAGCUGUUUGUAAAAGUUCCUGCACUAUGUCCAUGGGGUUCAUAAGCUUGUCUCCUGUGUGUCCUAUGAGAUAUGGGAUUCUAUUGGCGGCCUGUUUAGUUCUGAGUCUAUUGGCCAGGUAUUUGGAUGCCUUGCCACUGUGGUGGUAUGUGGUGUUUCUCAGUCUGUGUUUGCCAGCAAAUAUUCGCUAGGUUCUACCCUCAUACGCUCUAAGAAAGGUUUGUCUAGGAGGAGAGACUCGUUUAGUCUCCAUGUGCCCCUGCCUCGGGGUUGGUAUGCAUCCUCUAGGUCAAGAUAGAUCGGGCUAUGAUCUGACCACGUUAUCUCUCCUAUUUUACAGGUUGUCAGUUGUGGUAGGGUUUUGUUGUCUAUGAAGAAUGUGUCUCUGCGUGUGUAGGUGUUGUGGACCCUGGAGUAGAAAGUGUAAUCCCGAUCUGUAGGGUGUAACGUCCUCCAGCUAUCAUAUAAGUUGUACAGGGUCAAUGUGUGGGUGAGGGUUUUGCAGAGGGCUUGAGUCCCUUUUUUGUGUUUUCCCUGUGGCAAGGUGGUGGUGUCAAGGGUCGGGGACUGAAUGAAGUUGAAGUCUCCUUCUUAUAUGAGCCCCCCAUGUUUGUAUGUGUCCAGUUUGGACAGGAGUGAUUUGAGGAAAGAGAUUUGAUUGUCAUUCGGGAAGUAUGCUGCGCCUAUGGUGUAUUGUAUAUUGUUGAAGAGCCCUACCACUAUGAUGUAUCUCCCUUUAGGAUCUAUGUAGCAGCUUUGCAGAGUAAAGGCUACGUCUUUAUGUAUUAAGAUGGAAACCCCUUUCGUCUUUGCGUCUGAUAGAGCAUGGUACUGUAUAGGGCAGUGAUGGCGAACCUAUGGCACGCGUGCCACAGGUGGCACGCCGGGCCCUUUCUGUGGGCACGCGGCCACAGGUUCGCCAUCAAUGCAGAGUAGGUGCCUGCCUGCCCGAAACGGCAGGCGCCUACUCUGCUUCCGGGUCGGGAGGCAGGGGGAGGGAUCUGUGAUGCAGCUCCCCUGUCCUCCCGCGCGAUGCUGUGUGGAGCGUUGCCGCACGUUGCCAUGGCAACGCUCCACAUAGCAUUGCGCGGGAGGACAGGGGAGCUGCAUCACAGAUCCCUCCCCCUGCAGUGCUUACCACCACCGGACCACCAGGGAUGGCUGUGUCCCCCCCCCCUACUUCAUUAAAGGUAAGAAGGAGGGAGGGGGGUAUACUGACACACAGUACCCUUACCCCCCCAGAAGUAGCCCUACCCUCCAGCACCUCUACCCUCCCCAGCAGUACCUCUACCCCCCCCAGCAGUACCCCUAACCCCAGAAGUACCUUUACCUCCCCAGAAGUACCCUUACCCCCAGAGUACCCCUACCCCCCAGCAGUACCCCUACCCUCCCCAGCAGUACCUUUCCCCCAGAAGUACCCCUACCCCCAGCAGUAUCCCUUCCCCAGCAGUAUCCUCCCCCAGCAGUAUCCCUUCCCCACACACAGUACCCCCCUACCCCCCCCACACAGUACCCCUACCCCCACGCAGUACCUACCCCCACACUUCCCCCCCACACAGUACCCCUACCCCCACACACACACAGUACCCCUACCCCCCACACACACAGUACCCCUACCCCCCACAGCACCCUUACACAUACAACACACACACACAGCACCCCCCCACACACACACACACACACAGCACUCCCCCCACACACACACACAGCACCCCUCACAUACAACACUCACACACACACACGCACCCCCCCCACACACAGCACCCCCCACCUCAAUGCAGUAUGUGUGUAUUCAGCAGUGUGUGUGUGUGUGUGCGUGUAUUCAGCAGUCUGUGUGUGUGUGCGUGUAUUCAGCAGUCUGUGUGUUUGUGUGUACUCAGCGGACUGUGUGUGUGUACUCAGCAGUCUGUGUGUGUGUGUGUGUACUCAGUAGUCUGUGUGUGUGUGUACUCAGCAGACUGUGUGUGUGUAUUCAUCAGUCUCUGUAUUCAUCAGUUUUGUGUGUGUGUGUGUGUGUGUGUGUAUUCAGCAGACUGUGUGUAUGUAUUCAGCAGUCUGUGUGUGUAUGUAUUGCAUUUGUUGGAGAUACUAAUAAAUAUAAGCUUAAUUUUAUCUAUUUAUAUCAUUAUUUAAAAUUUGUAUCAUUGAACUCUCUGUGUUCUUUUAAAACAAAAGUUAUUAGUUCGGACAACAGUACGAGUUGUUUUUUUCUAAACUUAAACCUCAGUAUUUGGGUUUAAUUGCCGUGUUGGCACUUUAAGGAGAAAAAAAGUUGGCAUGUAUUGCGGUUUGGGCACUCGGGCUCAAAAAGAUUCGCCAUCACUGGUAUAGGGUAUAGUUUUGUAAAGAGUGAUGGGGCUAUGGGGUGCCUAAAGUGCGUUUCUUGAAUGCAAGCUAUAUCAACCGCGUUUUUCUUGAGGUCGUGUAAGAGCAACCUGCGUUUUCCAGGGGAAUUUAACCCUUUAACGUUGUAUGACAUUAUUCUCAUUUUGGUGUAGUUAUGUCAGGUACUGUUAGCAUUGAUAUCUGUGUAUGUAGGAUUACACACUCUUUCUCGUGUACAAUAUUUCGGUAUGUGCCUUUGUGUGACAGUUCGAUGCGGAUGACUGGUACAAGAGGUGAUAUGGAGGCAGGAGGGGGACGGGGUAAGGUCAACCUUGACUGUUGGCCUUGUGUAGUGCACCUGGUAGUUGAGGGAGAGGGGAGGGGGAGGAGGGCAAAGCCCUUUGAGGCUCCUCUGGGUCGAGCCUUUUUGCGGCACCCAAGGGACGCCCGCAGUUUAGGGGGUUGGUGAUCUUGGGACUUCCUGUUAAGGUGUAUGUCCCUUCAGCCCGCACACACACACUGGGGCACAAUGGGUGCUCAUGCGGUUAGCUUAUGGUUUUUUGGUUUUUUUUGACAACCUGUGGGUCUCUGGUGUCCCGACUCCCCAACCCUUGGUGAUUGGGCAGUGUCAUGGUCCAACCGAGAGUAUGUCUCGUUGUGUGCUUGUCGGCUCUGAGUGGGAGGAGGUCGGGGGGGCCCCGGUGGUUACCCAUGUGUGUCUCAAGUGAAACAAUAUGACAGGAAAGUACAAAAUUACAUAAUAAGUAUAACAAAAUAACUGGUACCUUUACAUGUACCGCUCAGGUAUGGAGUUCCUUUAACGGGAUGCCCAGUCCUGGGCCAGGCGGGGAGUUUUCGUCAGGCCUGUGUUUGGUAACUCAGCCAGCGGAAUACCCCAGUCUCUGAGCAACUUUAUGCCUUGUGGCGCUGACGUGAUGGAGUGGAGGGAAUCUUGAUGGUAUAUUAGCAGCUUAGCCGGGUAACCCCACCUGUAGUUUAGUCCCUGGUUUCGCAGCGACAGUGUGAUUUGUGCCACAGAUUUGCGGUAUUGCAAGGUCUCCGCCGAGAGGUCGGAAAAGAUUUUUAUGGUAGAGAAUUUCUCUGGCAUCCCUCUGUUCCUGCUUGCCUUGAUAAUUCUUUCUUUGGCAUGAAAGAAGUGUACUCUUGCUAUGACGUCUCUCGCAGCCGUGUUGGGUAGGUGGCCAGGUCGUCUGAGUCGAUGCGCUCUGUCUAGCAGCAGUUGGUCUGGGUGCAGUUCGGGGGUCAUCUGCUGGAACAUGUCUUGUAGAUAUUUUUCCAAGUCAGCAUUUGUUACUGAUUCUGGUAUUCCCCUAAAUCUGAGGUUAUUCCUCCUGGAUCUGUCUUCCAGGUCUGCUAGCUUGAGUUUUUGAGCUGUAAUGACGUCUUCUAAUUCUUGCAGUUUAUCCGCCACACUUUUAUGGGCCAUGGAGAAGUCGUCCAUCUUGGUCACUAGGUGUGCAGUACGGUUUUCUAUGUCCUGUAUGUCCUUUCUGAUUUCAGCCGUCAGUGUCAGCAUUUGGGCCUUAAGGCUCCUCUGUACUGUGCUUGUGAGCUCAGCCAUCAUGCUCCUCAUAGUGGCCACUGUGAGGGGCUGUUCCUCAGUGCUUAUGUCUGGGGAGGCUGGGGAUGUAGGUGAGCCCUCCCGCGAUCGCAGUGGGCCGCCAUCUUGUUCGGCCUCUUCCCGCGCUUUUUGCGGCGCGGCUUUUGCCAUAAAAAAGGCCACUUUGUCUGCCUUCGUGGGCUUGGUUUUCAGCCUUUGGGACAUGGUAGGUGUUUGCUGUGGUACUUGCUUUUUCUGACGCUCGGUAGUCUGCUUAGUUUGUGCUCCGUGUGUUCUGAGCGGCGGGAGCUACUCCGGCAUGCGACCAUGCAGCUCGAGCGCCAAGCCACGCCCCCAAGCCAAGUUCUUUUGAUUGGUGAAAAUAAAAAAAAGGCUAUUUGGAACCUUCGAAGAAAUGCCUCCAUUCUUUAAGGGCAAGUACAAUGGCCAGUAAUUCCCUAUUCCCAAUGUCAUAAUUCAAGAGAAAAACCCACAGGGAUGUAAAGGCGCAUCAUGACUUUCUCUUUGAGACAGAAUGGCUCCUACUCCCGUUUCUGACACAUCUACUUCUAAGAUAAAAGGUUUGGUCAGAUUGGGGUGCGUCAGGACGGGUUUUAAUUUCUCGAAUGCUUCCUUUGUUUCCUUGGGCCAUGAAUUGCAAUUUGCUCCUUUUUUGGUAAGGUUGGUAAUAGGAGCGAUUACCGAUGAGAAACCCUUAAUGAAUUUGUGGUAAUAAUUAGCAAAUCCUACAAAGCGUUGUAUAGCUUUAAGACCCUUAGGUAACGGCCAUUGCAAUACUGCCUCCAGUUGGGUAGAUCCAUUUUGAAUCUCAGUCUGGUCAAAUUGGCAUUUUUCAAGCUUGCAAUAUAAGCCGUUCUCUAACAAGGUCUUUGAUACGAUUCUCACAUGUUCGUGAUGUGUUUCUAGGUCUGGGGAAUAGAUAAGAAUGUCUUCUAGAUACACUAGUACGAACAUGUGGAGGUAAUCUCUAAGGACAUCGUUUAUAAAAUCCUGAAAUACCGCUGGGGCGUUGCACAAGCCAAACGGCAUAACCAGGUAUUCAUAAUGUCCCAUUCUCGUAUUAAACGCUGUCUUCCACUCAUGUCCUUCCUUAAUUCUAACUAGGUUGUAUGCACUCCUUAGGUCGAGUUUAGUGAAUACUUGGGUACCUUUCAACCUGUCAAAUAGCUCAGAAAUAAGAGGAAUGGGGAAGGCGUUUUUAAUCGUUAGUUUAUUCAGACCCCUAUGUGGCGGAACCAACCUCGCCACUGGACAUUGGAGAAGCUUGUUUACUCGCCUCCUGCCGCUAGACUAUGGCCCCAUGUUAAAACUGGUAUUUUCCCCUGCAGAAAGGCUUGUUCGUGCAUUUCUGCCUGGCCAUUGGGUAGAUUGAAUCAACCUAACAAACAAGGAAUGACGACCACCUGGGAAUGAUGUGUUCCGUCAAUUGACCGUCCAGAAGCUGCAGUUAACCGCAGCUUAAUUGAAGAACGCUGGGUGGCCUUUGUUCGUUUGCCGAACACGUGGCACUGGCCAUUUUAAACUCCCGAACGGCCAGCAGUGUUCAGCUCCAAAUCUAUGGAACUCAAAACGGACACUUAUUUGCACGAACACCGCUGAGCCGCCGACCACCAUUCUCUUGCAAAGAAACGAACACCAGUUCAUUCGGGACUUUCAUUAGCUGAACAAUGUUACCCCGGAUAGCUAUGCCAUGGAGCCCAUACAUAUACUGAAAGACUUUGGCUCCAUGGCGAUUGGACUGUAUGUAUGUGAUCUGAGCGCCAUUCGGUAAUAAUGUGCGCUCAGAUCUAAGCUAUCUGGGCAUGUGUUGAAUGUACCAGUUUUAUGCAAUAGCUGCACAGUUAUGUAUUUUUGUGUGAUUUUAUGUCUUUUGCUAACAUGUGACUAAUGGAGUUUUGUCUCUGUUCUUGGAGAUAAUUGGAUUACUUCCCAAUUAUCUCCAGGACAGAGAGGAGGGAUUGUAAUGUACUGUGGGAGUGUUUUAGCCCUGUAUGUCUGUGAUUUGUCAGUUUACCAUUUGUGUCCCAGUCUUCCAUCUGGUCCCCUAGGGGAGUGUCCACCAGGUGGGAGACCUGCAUAAAAGCCGGGCAGGUAGCCCCAGUAAACCAGAUUCUGCUUGACCCUCAUCACGAAGUGUCGUCUCGUUCUUGGGGGAAAUUUGAUUGUAUGCUGUUACAGUUCGACUGCCAGGAGUGUAAGCUGUUCGUAUGGUUUUUCCUGUUCGGCUGUUUACAGCAUUCGUGUGUUUCCUGUUUGGGAAUUGGAGUAUUCAUGUGUUUGCAGUUCGGGAGAUUGGUUAUUGCAGUAGCUGCUCGUCUAUCUGGAAGGGGAAUAUUGCCUAAAUGGAUUUUACCCUUUGUGUGCCUGGGGGACAAGCAGCGGGAUCAUUCCCACAGCCCAGAGGGACAGCUACAGAGCAAGCAUGACGUCCUGGUGUGAGAGGAACAGCACUCUGGAGACACCGGAAUUAUUCUGGAGCGGUAUAGAGCCAGCGAAUCCCUGGAUAACGCUCAAGGUGGAAAAUGUGUUUAACUGGAGGUUACAGAGCCUCUUGGCCCCACUGGUUAAGCCAAUAUCAGAGGCAACCAGGUUGGACUGCAGAGAGGGCAUCCAAAAAGAGAUGUGGGACAAAACUCUGGAGGGUGUCCAACAUUGGCGAGGUGAGCGUCUCCCCAGCGAGGAGCAGCGGCUACAAGAGGGUGACCUCUGACCCCAGAACGUGCAUGUGCGUUGACGUCGUGACGUCACGUGCACGUUCGUAUAAUUAUGGGGGGCGGAGCCAUUGAUGGACGCGACCGCCCGGCGGAGGAGCGGUUCCCGGCUCGCCGCCGAGCAGGUAAGCUCAGCAUGUUGGCGUGGUCGUGCCGGUUGGACACCGACGCGCACGGCAGCGAGCCGAGAGCUGUGACACUGACCUCUUAAAACUACAAUUUAAAAUAAUACUUUAGAAAAUGAAUUGCUUCCACUUUUGCUUCAGUGAGGAUUGCCAUUUUUCGUGUUUCAACAUAGCAGUGCCCCUGUGAAAAAAGUGAAUUCCAUACAGAGCCAAGGAAGAACAUGAGUUGGCAAUAGUCCUAAACCUAAGCCCAUUAAACACUUUUGAGAUGCAUUGGAAUGCAUUCAGUUAGCCAAUCUAAUUCUUCAAAUAUUGGUGCCAACCUCACUAAUGAUUUUGUGGCUAUAUACACUGACCAGCCACAACAUUAAAUCCACAUGCCUAAUAUCAUGUUGUUCCCACUCAUGAUGCCAAAAUAGCUCUGAUGCAUCGAGUCAUGGACUCCACAAGACCUCUGAAUGUGUCCUGUGGUAUCUGGCACCAAGACAUUAGCAGCAGAUCCUUUAAGUCCUGCACGUUGCUAGGUGAGGCCUCCAUGCAUUGGAUUAACUGCUCCAACACAUCCCACAGAUGCUCAAUAGGAUUGAGAUCUUGAGAAUUUGGAUGUCAAGGCAACACCUUGAAUGCUGAACAAUGUUUUCAGUGUGGCAGGGUGCAUUAUCCUUCUGAAAGAGGUCACUGCCAUCAGUGAAAAUCAUUGCCAUGAAGGGGAGUGCAUGGUCUGCAACAAUCUCUAGGUAGGUUGUAUGUGUCAAAGUAAAAGCCAAAUGAAUGCCAGGACCCAAGGUUUCCCAGGGCAUAACACUGCCUACAUCAGCCUGCCUUCUUCCCAUGGUACAUCCUGCUGCCAUCUCUUCCCCAGGUAAAUGGUGGACAUGCAUCGAGCCAUCUACCUGAUCUAAAAGAUAAUGGGAUUAAUCAGACCAGGCAACCUUCUUUCAUUGUUCCAUGGUCCUGUUCUGUCACUCACGUCCCCAUUGAAGGCACUAUUGGCAUUGAACAGGGGUCAGCAUCGGCACUCUAACAGUUCUGCGGCAACACAGCCCCAUAACCUGCAUACCACUGCAUGCCAGGAACACUUCAUAAGAUUUGCCGUUUUGGACAUGUUCUGACCUGGUCAUCUACCAAUCAUUAUUUGGCCCUUGUUAAUCAUUCAGAUCUUUUUGCUUUUCAAUUUUUUUCUGCUUCCAACACAUGAAAUUCAAGAACUGCCUAUUCACCUGCUACUAAUAUAUCCCAUCCCUCGACAGGUACCAUUGUAACAAUAUAAUCAAUGUUAUUCACUUCACCUGUCAUUGGAUGUAAUAUUGUAGCUGAUCAGUGUAAGUACUACAGUGUGUUGUAGUGGUUGGUGUACCAGGAGUUGCCUGAAAUCUCUCUAUGGUAAAACUUCACCUAUCAGUGUUUUUAUGUACUAAUGUUGUGCCUGAUCAGUGUAUAAACAAAUUUUGCAGCAGCGUUCCACCAUUUAGUGGAAGAUUUCCAAGAGGAAUGGAAGUUAUUAAACAAGUAAGUUUAAAGGGACACUAUAGUCACCAGAUCAACUACAACUUAAUGUAGUUGUUCUGGUAAGUAUAAUCAUUGCCUUUAGGCAUUUUCAUGCAAACACUGCCUUUUCAGAGAGGGACACCUCCAAGUGGACACUCCUCAAAUGGCCACUGGAGGUGCUUCCUGGCUCAGUGCUGCAUAGUAGACAGCACUGCCGUUCAGUGUCUCCACGCUCUGCAUGGAGGUGCUGAAUUUUCCUCAUAGAGAUGCAUUGAUUCAAUGAAUCUCUAUGAGAAAUUAGGAAUGCUAUUGGGAAUUGAGAACGCAUUGGAUUGGCUAAAAAUCGGCAAUUCUGAUGAUGUCACCAAGGAGGCAGGACCAGCACAGGCGGACCCGUGUGGCGCUGGAAAUAAGAUGCGUUUUAACACCUUCUAAGGAGGGGGGGGGGGGCAAGCCAGCUAAAUGGUGGGUUAAGCACUAUAGGGUCAGGAAUACAUGUUUGUGUUUUUGACCCUAUAGUGUUCCUUUAGAUACUAUAAGGGCCAGGAAUACAAAGCGUGUGUGGGGGACAAUGUGUGUAUGUGUGUGGGGAGCAAUGUGUUUAUUGGGGGGUGUGUGUGUAUGGGUGGGCAGUGUAUGUGUGUGUGUGUAGUAAAAUGUGUGUGGGGGGUGCAGUGUAUGCGUGUGUGUGGUGAGCAGGGUAGGGGGGCUUUGUUAUAAUUUUUUUAAAAUAAAAAUAAAUACAUUUUAUGUCACCCCUCCCUUCUUACCUUUACUGAGGGAGGUGGGGGGACAUUUCUCGAUCCCUGGUGGUCCAGUGGGGAAUCGCUGGUGGUCCCAGUGGUGAGAGUGAACUCUAGUCUGUGCUCGCGAGAGAAGGACCCAGAGGAACUGCAGGCUGAGCUCCUAGGUCCUCUCUCCCUCCCCUGCCGGCUGCCAGCACGGUGUCUGCGGACCGGGGAGGGAGAUCACUGAUCUCCCCUCCGGUCCUUGAAGGCAUAUUGCAGGGCUGGCUCUUGGACUGUGCCAGCCCUGCAUUAGCCAGCAGGGGAGAGCCUCGGGGAGAGCCUCGGGGAGACGAGAAUUUCCCCAUUGCCCCCUUCUCAGCUCCCCGAAUCCGCCAGUGCCGUUGGUGAAUAAAUGGUUUAGAACUAUUUUAUUUACUUACCUUUCCUCAGUGCCGAUGUCCCACCUCCCACGAUGUCCUGCAAUGAGCGAGCCCUAACGCGCAUGCACGGCAAAUGUUGCGUGCGCAUUAGACCUCCCCAUUUUUCCUCCCCAUAGGAAAGCAUUGAAUCAUUCAAUGGAUGUCCUCAUGCAGAAGGUCCGUUUGGAUCUAGAAAGUGCCUCCAGUGUCUGACUAGCAGAGAGCCACUGGAGGCAGACUUAGUGCUGCAAUGUAAACACCGCAGUUUCUCUGAAACUGCUAUGUCAUUACAGCACUAACUGCAAUAGGGACACUGUACCCUAACCACUUCAAUGAGCUGAAGUGGUCUGGGUGCCUAUACUAGGAGCAGGAGAGAUUUUAAUGCUAGAGCAUGUGCUAUUAACAGUUUUCCAUAGCUUAAUUUUGUCUUGACGAAAAAGGCAGGAAAGUCACAAAAUCCGUUAAUGUUUGUUGCUAAACUUUAGAAGACAACUUCCCAUCAUUUAACACAUAUUAAUGUCUUUAUUGUUACUAUUAUUAUUUUAAAUUUGAGUUGCACAUUGCAUUGUCUAGUUAUAUUGUUGUUUCUUUAAAUAAGAACUGUGAAUGAAAUGAUGUCUGAUCACUAGGAAAUGGUAUUCGUAAUAAUACAUUAAAAUAAUGCAAACAAAAAUAAAACUGCAUUUAAAAGUUUCUUAUUUGCCUCCGAUCUUCAGUAUCUGCAAAGAUCAUGAUGUGGCUGAUAUUUGUUAGCAUAUCUUAAUCUUCCAGUUGUUUUAAAUGAGAUACAUGUACAAAGCAAUCUUAAUAGUUUAAUUUUUUAAUAGUCUAUUAACGAUGUGUAUUUGUUUUUUUUUUGGUCUGGCAGUGCCCUAAUUUUGCAAUGUGUUUUUGUGUUCACCACAAAAAAUUCUCUCUUUAGAAUAUUUUGUUUUGUUUCUUUGUGUUUGUGAAAUUAAUUUCCCCCCAAAAAAGCAAUAGGAGCAUAGAUUUUCGGAGGUACUCGUUCGGAGUGCAAGGCGGUCCGUCAAAGUCUUUUAAUAAAAUUCUUUAUUUAUGUCCAUCAGCCAAUGAAUACAUUGCCAAUAAAAUCAGAUCAUCGUAUACCAUACAUUUCUUCACAAGUUAUGUAUACAGUGACAGGUUAUACAAAUAGCAUUGCAUUGCAAGUGGCAAUCCCUUAUAACCAGAAUGUGAUAUGGUGUCUCCAUUCCCGUAGGGUACCCCCGGAUGAGAGCAUUUUAACAACAUAGAAAUAAAAACAGGUGGGGAUGGUGUGAGGGGUCACAACAAGGGGGGUAAGUGGCAUAGGUUCUGCCUGAUAUGCUCCCCCAAGUGGGUUUCUUCACGGUGUUACCAUGGUCUUUUUGAGGACAUUAAAACUAAAUAAAUAUACAUAUGAAAAAACUAAAACCUCAAUCUAACUUUGGCCUCUACUUAAUAGUGCUGGAUACGCUUCCAAAAUGAUUUUAUAUUCUUGGAUAAACAUUUAAAAUGAUUUCAUAUUGUGAAAAAUCUUUUAACUUUGUAAUUUUUUGAUAAAUUGAUAUGUUUUUUAUAUUUUGAAAUAACCAUUUUAAACGGUUAUACAAAUAUUAUCUCAGUUGGAAAGCUUAUCCAACAAUAUUAAAUUGAGCCUUUUUUUUGCUCUUGUCCUUGCUCACUGUUUUUGUAUCAGUAUUGGUAUUGCUGUUUUUGCAACAGGUUUAUAAAUUAUUUUUUAUUUUUGCUGAGGAGUUUUUUGUCGUUUUGUAGUCACUAAAAAGUAAGAAUUCACAGGAUACAUUCACAGGAUACAUUGUAUAAAUUGUUAUGCGUGUCUGUACACCUUUCAGGAUUUUCCCUGUUUAUGCACUGUAUAAUUCAUAGCUACAUGGCUAUAUUUAUGAUUGUCACCAUCCUACCUUGCCAUAUCUAGUCAGUUAAGAGAUCUUCACAUCCGACACUUUUCAUUGUUCAAGUAACGUUUAGUUCACUUAUCGUUUUUAUUCUCCCCCUUUCUUAUUUCUCUAACCCUUAUUUGUUGUGGGGUUUUUUUUUUGUUUGUUUUUUUUGGCAUAACCCUUGUAUUUCUGAACCACUCCUGCUUUUAGCUGGCAGUCCUACAUCCCCUAAAUGCUUCAUCACCCUCAUUGGAUCUCUUUUUUCUAUCUGCAAAACACUAUACAUUCCAAACCGUCUUUUCUGCCAGCUGCACAUUCAACUGGUACUUAGAGACAGAAUGUGUAGCAAUGUGAUGAAUGCAACCAGUUCAAAUAAAUAAACAAGCAGAAUGUUUGGAAUGAGUACUGUAUCUUAGAGACUUUACCUAAUACAGAUGAAAUACGGUAAGUGUGCAGCAGGAUUAUUAUAUAUAUUUAGAUAUAGAGACAAGAACAUAUACAGACAAAAUAAAAAUCACACAGAUAUUGUAGCAGUCUUGUCAAUCACACCAUCCAGAGCAGGUGCUUUGUAACCCAAUGUAAAAAGAAUGGCAUUUUAUUUAAGAAAUGUGGCAGAAUAUGACAAGAAAUUAAAAACAUGAGAUUACAUGUCAUUCUGGUCUGGUGGCCAUAUUUUUCUUUAGAAUCACCAAACUUAACCAGGAAUUGUGGAGUAUUGUAACCUCAUUUGACAAGGGCCCUCAUCGAUCUCUGUUCCUUUUAUUAAUGUAAACAUUAGACUUGGGCACUGCCAGAAUUUUCAUUUCAUCCGAAUAAAAAUUUGUUUUAUCCAAACCGAAUAUUGUCCAUUUGUUCAUUCAUUUUCAGAUGAAAGUCGGGCAUUAUAUUGGAUAUUUCUUCUGAUGAAUGAAAUUCUGAUCUGUGCUGCAGACCGUGGCUGUAUUUUGCAGCCAAUUAGUAGAUAACUCCCUAAAUUGGUACAGUAGUGGGUUUGCAAUAUUUUGGUUUACCAAAGUAGGGUACGGUUUAGUAGAUAGUUUCUGUUUGGUAUCCUUAUAGCAAUCCAAAAAGGAUUAUCUACUAAGAAGCUGAAAGACCAAAAUUACAAAAGCACUUGCUUUUAGGGGCACAGCUGCUCUCUGUUAUAAAAAAUUAGAGUGCUCUGACAGACAAAUCUAGAUAAAUUUUGAGUCUUACCUAUCAGCCUCAAGAUUUAUCUGUGAGAGCACUUAAGCCAACCAAUCAGAGCGCUCUGAGUCAAAUUGCAUGGCGCAGAAAAAGCUUUAAGGCUUUUUCUGCCCUGCAAGCUCAGUCUGUGCGGAGCCCAUGUCCAGGUGAAGAUUAAUUAUUGGGGGGUUUUCUGGGGGGGGUUGUUCUUUUUUUUUUUAUUUUAAAUAUUAGAAGGAGGGAGCCAUGGUAGCUCCUACCUUGUAAUAUAAAACAAAUUGCAGGAUGAAAUUUCAUCCAACAAGCAAAUCAUUAUUCGUUUCAUUUGUUGUAAUUUAUAUUCGUUCAUUAGUCUUUCGAACGAAUGGACAAAUAGCCAAAAUUGUGUUCAUGCGAAAGUGAAUGCCCAAGGCUAGUAAACAAUACCAUUCCGGCAGAUUGGCAUUGUUUUCAGUUGCAGGGUUAAGAAUACAAGGGCGUGACACUUUUUUGUUCCUAAAAUAAGUUUUUAUUAUUCUUGACAUGCAUCAUUGUAUUUUCAGUAUUUUGCUCAGUAAAUUAUAUAACAGAAUAUUCAGAGGAAUAUAUUUACAAUUGAAUAUUUGUUUUAGUCAAUAAGGCAUUUUCACAUUAGCACGAUGAUAAAACAGGUAAAAUGGCUUCUUUUAAUCCUGCCCUGUUCCUAUUUUACUUGCCUGUUGGCUAUAAGAGAUGCCAAAAUCUUUAUCAUAGUUGCUAGGAUACAGUAUAUUAUACUGUCACAGUCUAGUGACGUUACUAUGGAGAUGUGGUUUUAUUGCAGUUCUCUUGAGUUUAGGUGUAACAUGCCUGUGACAUCAGAAUAUUACUCAGACAUUGCUCACUCUGAAAACAUUCUGUAUACUUUUGGUUUAACUAUCCUGAUCCCAGAGGAGCACAUUGAUGGUUUUAUGCUGCAGUGAAAUGCUUUCUUAUCCUUUUGAAUUGAAUAAAGUAAAGGUUAUGAAGAUUUCUGUAAAUUGAUGUAUGUUUUACAGUUAUUCCGAGGAUGUUGAAAAGGAAGCCCAUGAGCUCCUUAGCAAGGAUGUUCCACAAAAUGCAAUACAUGUUUUAUUAAGAAGAUUUCCUGAUUUAAAAAAAUGGAACAUGCGUUAAAGGCUCUUGGAUUGUUAUAUAAGCUUACACCACCUCUAUUACUCUAUAUAUCUAACAGACCACAUUCUCUUCUCUGAGGUUGCUUGCAGUUACAAUUUUACAGCCCCUUUUUAAAUCCAUCUACUUUUGUUUUCUUCCCAACCUGUUUCCCAGCAUUUUGUUUGAGAAUAGUGCACUUUUGUACAACAUGCUAGUUACUGACUAUGCAUAGUGCAUGAGUAAGCGCACUAUGUUUAUGUUUUAAACAGUAUGCUGUACAUAUAGGAAAGACCCACUGCUUGCAGAUAAGCUGAGUGACUUAAUAUACUGUUUGACUUUGCUUGCUUAUAAGCCCUGGAAAUGAAGUGCCAAACCUGUAAGCUUCAUGCUACAUCCAGAGAGUAGCUAUCAUAUGUUUAAAUAAUUCCUAACUAGUUAGGUUGCCAUCAGGGCCGGUGCAAGGAUUCCUGCCGCCCUAGGUAAAAGAUCCUUUUUUCCGCCCCCUCAUGUCACUCAUGGACAUACACAUACACUCACUCACUGACACACACACAUAGAAAUUCACUGACAGACAUACACUCACUCACUGACAGACACACACACACAGACACUUACUGACAGACAUACACUCACACAGACACUCACUGACAAACAUUCACUCACUCACUGACAGACGCACACAAUCACUCACUGACAGACACACACACACACACACACAGACACUCACUGACACAUUCACUCACUGGCAGACACACACACACACUUACUGACAGACACACACACACACACAGACAAUCAAUGACAUUCACUCACUGACAGACACACUCACUGACCGUCAAACACUCACUGACACACAGACUCACACAUUUUUUUUUUUUUAGGCCCAUCCAGCCUCCCUGGAAUCCAGCGUCGGGCAGCUCCUCACUCCUCCCACCCCCUGUUUAGAAUGCCUGGGCCAGAAUGACGUCAUAUUCCGGCUCCCGGCAGCACAGAGGGUGUGCAAAGGAUUAGUGGGAAGCUGCAAGAAGAGGCUCCCCCGCCGCCUGCCUUCUCUUUCUCCUGGCUCCUCCGGUCACCUGCAUUUGUUGGCAGAGCAGGCACCUGUCAUCAAGAUAAGGGGCAAACUGGGGGCGCCCUGAGGUGGCCAGAGGCCACCUCCUGGGCCCCCUGUGACAGGGCUCACCUGGGCACCCCACCUUCGGGGCACCUGGAGGAGCGGCCCUGUGCUGGGGGUGGUCCCAAGACAGGGGUCCAAAUAUCCCGGGGGGCGCCCCCAGCAGGCCGGCACCCUAGGGGAAUGGUUGCCAUAGAUUUCAAACAACCAAAUGAGAUUUUAAAUGGAUGAUAAAAAUAUUAAUUAUUUAUGGCUUUAUUUAAAGAAUAGUGGCAAAAAGUCAAGAAAAUGAAUUUAAAUAUCUUUUGUUCAUCUGCACUUAUACUUUAUACAUGCAGACAGUCAGUAUCAUGCACAUAUUAAUCUUAAAGGACCAGUUUGGGCGUCUUAACAACUUUAUUGAAAUUAAGUUGUUAUGGAGCCAAGAGGUCCCUGGCCCAGGCUCACCUUUAAGGGUCAAACCAUUCUCGAAUGGUUUAACCCCAAAGUCUGUGUUCUGGCACCUGAUCACUCUGCGCCCCUGUCCUUCCACUACCUUAAAUUCUAAAUAACAGAAGACUUGGCAGAGGAUCCAAUGAUUGGCUUUGAGCGGUCAGUUAACGCUCUAAGCCAACCAAAGCUCCCCAUUCAUAAAAAGUGACGUAAAUUAUUAUUUUGUUAUUUUUUUUUAUUUUGAUGCUUAGAGCAGUGGUUCACAAACUUUUUAAUGUUUUUACAAGGCGCCCCAAUUUUAAACAAUUUCCUAGGUUGUAUAUAUGUUCAGCACAGCGGCAUAUACUGGGCCCUUGUUUUGCAGAAAUACUUGCCGUUCAAGCGCAGAUCCAGAACCUAAUCUUGGGAGGGCACUGGUAGAUUAUUUAAAGAAACUUUGUAGUGGUUAUGGUGCCAAUAGUGCCCUCCCAGAGUAAGUAGUCAUACUGUUUGAGAACAGUUUGACAACUUACCUGGAAUCCGCGGGAUAGGGUCUGUAGUAGGGGAUUGGGGCAGUGGUGUGUGUGAGGGGUGCAGUGUGUGUGUGGGGGGGUCAGUGAGUGUACGGGGAUGCAUUGUGUUUGUAAAGGAUGCAGUAUGUGUGUGUGAGGGGUACAGUGUGUGUGUAUAUACGGCAGUUUGUGCGUAAGGGCUACAGUGUGUGGGGUCAGGUUGUAUGAGAGUACAGUGUGUAUAGGGGGAGUUGUCUGUGGGGGCAGAGAAAUAUAUGCUUUUAUUUUUUAAUUUUAAAAAAAUUAUUAUUUUUCAUAUCCCCCCUCCCUUCUUACCUUUGCCUGGGAGGGGGGACUGUAUAAGGUCAUCCCUGGUGGUACGGUGGAGAAGGCCUGGUGGUCCAAGUGGUGAGAGUGAACUCUCGCGAGAUUCGAAGCGUUGCCAUGGUAACAGCGGCAACACUCCUAGCUUGCAAGAGGAGAAUCCGGCGGAGCUGCAGGUUGAGCUCCCCUGGGUCCUCUCUCUCUCUCUCCCUGCCGGCUUCCAGCAUUACACUGCAUUACACUGCUAGGGGGCCAGUGAUCUCCCCUCUGGUCCUGCAGAGAUGGCAGGGAACAGUGGGGCACACAGUUUGGGAACCGCUGGCUUAGAAUAUUAUUUUAAUUGCAGGACUGUUCUGCAUAAUGUGGCAUUAAUAGAAACCCUAAGCUAAAAGGGUCACUCUAAGCACCAUGAUCACUUUAUUUUACUAGUGUAUAGUAGUUUUUUUUUUCUGUGUGUAUGGCCACUUCCCAGUGCUGUCAAUCAGACAGCUGAAAUAUUUUCUUUCAGGCUGCCAGUGUAAUUUUUGUGCAUCUUAUGCAUUUGGUCUCAGCACAUACAGCACCUACUGCAUGCUAACACCAGAUGCCUUAGACAGGUUGUCCAAAGUUAAAGGAUCACUAUAGUGUCAGGAAAAAAAAUUGGUUUUCCUGACACUGUAGUACCCUGAGGGUGCCCCCACCCUCAGGGUCCCCCUCCCGUGGUGCUGAAGAGAUUAAAACCCCUUCAGUUACUCACCUUCUUCCACCGCCGGGCUCCCUUACCUCUCCUCCCCCUGCCGCACGCACAUUCAAAGUGUCCAUAGGAAAGCAUUUUUCAAUGCUUUCCUAUGGACUCUUUGCGUGAUGGAGGCAUUAAAUGCCUCCAGCGUCGCAGAUGCGCCUCUAGUGGCUGUUCUAGUGGCAGUUCUCUGAAACUGCUAUGUUUACAUCAGGCAGGGUUAACCCUAGAGGGACCUGGAACCCAGACCACUUCAUUGAGCUGAAGUGGUCUGGGUGACUAUAGUGUCCCUUUAAGUGUUAUACAUACAAUUUCAAAGCUAUUAUCUGGCUCUCAGGCAACUAACACUUCCUGGUAAAGAAAAAAGGUGAAUCAGUUCUGAACGUUGACCUCUGUCUUAUCUAUAUGCAGAGGUCAGAUGAAAACAAAAAGCCACUAUAUUGGUAAUUUAUGUCAAAUCAAAUCGAGUCAUGAAAUUGCCUGUCACUGCUGGACUUCAACUCUUAAAAUGAUAGGAGCUGAACUAUACAUCUAACUAGCUAGUGCCUCUAUGUAAUUAGCUUGUGCGGAAUAGAGCUACAAUCAACCUCAUCCAGUGGUUGGCUAAGUGUUAUCAGAAUUUUAUGUAGCAAAUAACCAUUUUAAUGGAUAAAUAAAAAAUAAUACUUAAAUAAACACUGUAGCACUAAAAAUACAAACAUGUAUUCCUAAUGCUAAAUGGCUUUCCAGUAUAUUUUGAUUAUUAGCUCCCAGAAUCAAACACAAAUUUAUUUUUUUACUCGCCUUGGCUACACCAGCAUGCUGGUCUCACUGUGGCCAGCCUGCCAUCUCAGCUAAGUUCAUCAAUCCUGACAUUCUCAGCCAAUUAACUGCUUCCCCAUAGGGGAGGUUAGCGUGCACAUGCAGCAUAUUGCCGCUCUUCACCAAUCAGCAUCUCCUCAUUGGGAUUUAAGCAAUGCAUGUUUAUGGGAGUCAUUUGGCAUCUCCAUGCAGAGUUUAGUAACACUGAUCAUCAGUCCUGUAAUCUUUGCAGGAUGCAACCCAUGAAACUCCUCUAGUGCUGUCGAAGUGACAUCCACUAGAGCAUGGAUAGGCACCCUUCGGCACUCCAGAUGUUGUAGACUACAUCCCCCAUAGUGCUCUUACACCUAUAAUGCUGGCAACGCAUCAUGGGAGGUGUAGUCCAAAACAUCUGCAGUGCCAAAGAUUGCCUGUGCCUGCAAUAGAGGCAGCAAUGUAAACUCCAUAGACAGUCUUUAUGGCCCAUAACCACUACAUUUUGCUGUUGUAGUUCUUGUGUCUAUAUUGUCCCUUUAAAAACAGCAUUUAAACUAACGCAGCCAUAAACAACCAGUGAAGCUCAAUAAAACUACCCACCUCUAUGAGAAGCUUUGGACUCAAGGUUUGUAAUCAAUACUUUACUAUGUAAGUAAGUACUGGUCAAAAAGAGAGCAGAUUAAGCGAUGAAGACCACCUGAACCAAGGACUAUUGUUUUUUCAUGUUUUCCUUUCUUUUCAUACUUAUUUUAGUUGGGUUUUACCCCCUGUUUUACAUACACAGACCUAUGAUAAUACAGAACCCAGGGUUUCCUGCACGCACAAGGCAGGACUGUUACCCGGCGGCCACCCUCCGCUGAAACCCGGCAUAACCUGGAUAUGCUGGCUCCACUUCAUCACCUACCCCCCCAGCUCCUAUCCAACCACCUCAUAAUUUGGUUAUUGACAGGGAGCUGUUUAUACACCACACCAGGUACCACGUCGGUAACCUCUGUUAACUCUUGUUGCCUACGGCAGCCUAGGCUAUGUGUUAGCCCCUUCCUCUUAUAUUGCCUUACGAGCCCCCACGUGGCCUAUAACGGAGGUUUCUCUGUACCCGUACAUCAAAGGCAUAUUGGCCUUCUCCCCUAGGGGGCAUGGUUCCCACUAGAUAUCAAUACACGUGACAAACAACCGCACAUCACGCCUCAAUCUGAAUGCUCAUUCUAGUUCGCAUACAUUUAUGCCAAUACUAAUCUUACUGUCACAGUGGAAACUACUCUUGCCACACUUUAACUCUCUGUUGUUUUAUUCUACUCAACAUUUAAAGAAUUGUGCUGUCACCAUAUAUGCCAUGCUGAUGUUUUAUCCUGUUACUAUUGGACUUGUUAUAACUGUCGUUGCUAUCCAAGCAUGUUGUUAAUGCUCGCACAAUAAAAAUAAACAUUUUUUUUUUAAAAGAGGACCUUGACUCGCUGCAAAGACCAGUUCUGUACCUAAUGAAAGGUAUGUUUUUAGGGCUUAGGAAAUAUUUGUGUAAAUUGUAGUAAAUGCUUUUUUUCCCUGCAAUGAUUUUUUCCAUUUAACACCACUGUAGUCCAGGUCAGUUCUCCAAAGCAGAAUAUGUAAGAGGCAAGCAAAUACUAACUUACUAAAACACUGCUUUGUCUUUAUUGGUGAAAAUAACUCCCCAUUUUUGUAUUAGUAUGUGCUUCUUCACUUCUUUAAUCAGAUCAAAGUAGAUUUUUUUUUUAAAGAAUUGUUUUAUUACAUAUGAUACAUGUAUGACUAAUUAUUUGAAAAUUGCUAAAAUGCUUUUUUUGGGCAGUGCAAUGUGAAUACAAGGAAUAGCUUUACAUCCAACAAGAGAUUUUUGAUGGUCACUGAGUAAUCAUUUGAAUCAGAGCUCAAAAUAAGUCUGUCAGGGUACCUGUUCCUAGUGUCAAUCUCACACUUGCAACAUUGUGAAUCCCUCAAAUUUGAUGCAAGCUGCUCCAUCUCUGAGAUUAUUUCCGCUCUGCAUCUUUGCCAAGACCAAAAUGAGGCUGUAUGUCGUUCAAGCAUCUUGAGUGAUGCUGACCACUACAUUUAUGGUUCUUAUGUACAUAAAAAAGACUCAAGCACAGCCACUAACGUUUGGCAUUACUCAAAUGGCGCAGGUGUCUAAAGCCUAUAUAUUCUUACUCAACCAUGAGACCUGUUCCCUGUUAUGGUCUAUAGUAGCCUCAGAGUGUAUUAUUGUGUAUUGUUUGUUUGGUAUUUUGAAUUUGGCUUGCUCUCUCACCAUUCCCAACCUUGGCUUUUCUCACUUUCCUGUUGCCUGGAGGGUCCAUAUCACACUAAUAAGGGGUGAAUUUCUACUUGUAAUGACUAGGUUUUUUUAAAUGGUGUGUCCUUUUAAUUAAUAAAGUGUUGGUGGUUUUAUUGUUACCUAAUAUGUCAAUUUGGAUGAAGAGGUAUUUUGCAAACCCAAGAGAAUAGUAUGGAAUUUUAUCUUUCUUUUUUUCUUUUUUUUUUUUUUUUAAAUGUUCUAAGGUGUUUAAACAAAUUAACCUACAAGUAAAUGUUUUAUUAUUAUCCCCACUGAAAUUGAUAUUGAUAAUGGCUACAUUCUGUACUGUUAACUGGUAAGUUGUUGGAAAAGCUUGUAGAGAAUGGCAUUACUUGGUCUCCGCUUUGGUGCUAAAGGUCCAUUAUUUUCACAAACAACCCAAAAAGCUGAAUAUGUAUAUACCACAAUUAUGAGCACUGAGUUAUUGCGUUUGUAUAACUGUUUAAUUGCUAAGAUGUUCAAUACCUUUCUACCAAGUGAACGAUGUAAAUUGUCAUUUUUGUGAAAAAAUGAAAAUAUCAAUAACUAAUAACUAAGAUCUAAAGUAAAAAAAGUAAAAAAAAUAAAAUGAAAAAAUAUAUAUAUAUAUAUAUAUAUAUAUAUAUAUAUAUAUAUAGGAAGAAUUGUGCUAAAGGUAUGUUACAUCAAUGGACUUAUUCAUACUUGGAUCUUAAAAGCAAGAGAACCUUGUCUGGUCUAAAGCUGGAAAAAGAUAAACUCUUUAAUCCGUCUAAUCUGAUAAAGCUCUGUAUUCUGUAAGAAUCUUGAACUGCUAAAUUACUCUAUAAUUACGGUAUGCUGGGCUAAUUGUACUAUAUUAAAGUGCAUCAAGAUAAUCAGUUUAGAAUAGAGUGAUUUAGGCAAUUUUAAUAAGAAUAAUUUAUACGUUUUUACCUGUUAUGCAUCUUAACACUGGGUACUCAUUCUAAUUCUAGAAAUAAACUUUACCACCUUAGGACAAUAAUAAUAGCAUGAAUCAAAAUUAAAUUAACCAUGCAUCAGGGAAAUCUGUUUGUAUAAAUUAAGACAAACGUAAAUAUUAACAAUUAACAAAUAAUAAAUGUAUUCUAUUUCAAUGUGCUAUACAACAUCAUAUAGUGUUCUGGUUUACUGUGAAGAAUUGGCAGACCUUGGAAAUGAAAGGGAUGACAUUGGGUACACAUUGAUAAAAAUAUGUUGCUGUCAAUUUUCUUCACCCAGUUUUUAAUAAAAAUAAAUGACCUCUAUAGUGUUUACUAGUGUCCAAUCUAAUUUAAUUAAGCAGCACUGAAUCUCUGGCUAGCAAGUACUUCCAUUAAUCCUCUGUCCUUAACAGUAAAGGCUUUGUUGCAAAUCAAGGUGAAAACCCUUACUGCAAGACCGUGAGAUGCAAAUUGGCAGGUAUCGUGACAGCCCUAGCUGAACCUUAAUCUUAAUCAGUUACAUGUGGGUGAGUCAGUGGCAUUAUCCUGCAACUGCUCAAUGGUAAUGAUCUGAAAUAUAAUGUAUAUAAAGGUCCCUGUGUUCUUCCAAUACAAGAGUACAACAAUUUAUCUUCUAAAAUAACAUUUUCUACAGCUUGUUUACCUGUUUAAUGUAUAUUGUCAACAAUACAUUUGCUUUGCAUGUUAAUCUGAUAUUUUGUAGGCACAUUUUCAAGUUGUCUAAAUGGUACUUUGCAUCUAAACAUGGUAAUUGUCUGUGUACCUGUACUCGCUAAUGGGAGUAAAAAAAUGAUCAGAUUAGAAUUGGAAACUAGCUCUUCAUUGAUAACAGACACAUUAUUCCACAUGUAAAGAGCACGAUUUAAUCACCCUGACUCAAACCAAUGCACCAUGCCAGUUAUUUUCUAUGUAUGAUACCUUAUCUAUGUGAAAGCAUUACAAAAAUGUAAGAUGUUUCCAGUUAUUCUCUUAUGCUGAGCAUCACAGGGUGAAGAUGCAAUUCACAGUAGGCCAAGUAUCCCUCCCUUCUCAGGCACAGUUAAAAUAAAAAAUGUUGUGUUAGAAUUAUUCACAAAAUUUUAUAUUAACAAGGAAUUUUAUCUUUUUUAUUUCCAACACGGCAAACCUGGAACUUGCUGCUUUCUUUUUACCUGAUAAAAUGUAAAAGAUAUAUAGAAGUUGGGCUGGUCAUAUAAUUAUUUUACUGUUCUUCCAGAUACACAGCUGCUUACCAUGACUUUAAAGAAAAUGCUACCUUUAUACUUUACAAAGUACAUAAUUGCUUAUUUUCCCUAUGAAGAUUUCCAUCAUAUGUAAAAUUUAGAUAUAUUUCUGGUUUACCAUCUAAUCACAUGGAUUUGCCUACUACAGGCCACAGAGAUGGAGAGACAGCUCUCGAUGCAGGUGAAUAUUCUACAGGAAGAAUUCCGUGGGAAGAGUCUAUCUAGCAGCCAACAUAUUUCACGCUUGGAAAGUCUCCUGGCCGAGGUGAGCUUGCUCUGACUUGUUACUAAAAUAACUAAUGUAAUUGAAGUGAGGUAAAUGUUAGAGGCUGAAUAGUGAGGUGACUAAUGGAAUGUCUUUGAGGAACUCUCCACAAUACAGUAUCAUAAUGUAGGGUAACUUCAGAGGCCUUGUCCUUACAAUGCACUAUUUUCAACAUCACACGUGAAGCAUUACAUGGCAAUGUUUAUUUUAUCCCUUUGAACUUUAUUAUUAUAUAGCAAUGAUUACUUAAUUACAGAUGAGACAGUACAUGGUUCCACGGCUCUUAUUUACAAUAGAGUUCUUCUUUCUUCUUGACACUGGGCCUUUCUUUAGGUUUAUAUAUGAGGCUUAGCCAGCUUUGAGUAACCAUUUCUUUCAUUUUAGCAUCAUUUCUUCUUUUCAAAUCUGCAUUCAGCACACUAUCCUGACACCACUACCUUAAAUUUCAGUAUUAGUCUGUUCUAUCAAUUACUUUUUAGUUUAGGUAAAUAUAAAUGACUUAAAAAAAUUGAUCAUCUUGCACAUUAUCUCUUUGAUACUGAAAUAAAUCCUAUUUCUUUCAGUAUCAAAGAGAUAACGAAAGAAAUAGCUAUUUAAAAACAUAGAAUAUUUGUGUUUGUGCAUUCUGUAAAUCUGGUUUUACUGCUCCAUGUUGCAUGAAUGUUUUCGACCACCUUCUUCUUACCUUUUAUCCUUCUGACCCUGCACCAACCUCCUUUAGUUUCCUUGUACAUAAAAGCAGUGUACUGUAAAGUUUUCUAGGUUGCUAUUCAAGACGCAUAAGUAGACAAAUUAAACAUUUUAUUUAAUCAUUAACAAGAUGUCGUCAUCAUCAUAUAAGAUAAUUUAUUGCUGUCCAAGGUCCGGUAUCUGAACUCUGCAUAUAUGAGAAUUAGCUAUAAUAGUACAUGUUAGUGGUUCAAAGGGCAAACCUAUUGUAACUGUGAAAAUUGGUACCCAUGCCUUGUUCUGUUUGAGAUAUCAAAUCUAUGUGAAAGAAAUCCUGCUGUCAACCUGUGCUGAUGGGUUUAAAUAUAGUUCUAUAGCUAUAAUACUUUGUUUUAUUUUUCUCAGGCUUGCCUAGGUUGUGCAGCAUAGAUUCAAUGUAACCCCAAUAUAAUCUGCUAAAUGCCUUCUCUGCAUCUAAAGACUUAAGAAGGCAUCCAAAUAGUUCUCCUGCUUUAUGAAUUUAAUUGAAGUCUUUCCUAGUGACAUCAGAGUAACUAACCCAAACUUAUGAUAGUGAGUGAGUUAGGAUUUUAGAGUUAGAUCUUGAAUUCAUCCUGUUUUAUGUUCACUCUCCCAUGCUUUGAAAUGCAUUUACUUAUAGAAGAAUGAUCUAAUGAACACACUGAUAGUCACAAUUUUGUCCCUAUACUUACCCUCCCCAUACAAACAACUGGUGUCAUAAAGGAGAAAAAGCACUAUUUAAAAGAAAAAUGCUUUCUAGCAACUUCUGCAUGUAUUUGCAGAUGUAAGUAGAGUUAUAACAGUCAGUUAAUUGUAAAAUAUUUGUAAAAACCUCUUGUGUCAACUAAUCUAUUUUGGGCGGUAACCCCUAGGUGGCAGGCUGAUGCAGCACUCACCAGGAUUCAUUAUUAUAUGAUCGUCAGUUUUAGCUCUUAUCAAAUUAAUAAGUUUACUGUUUUUAUGCACCAGUAUAGUGUGUAGUAAUGUACCAGCCACCUGGUAUGUGCGAUGCUUUAGUAGCCCCAUGUUAAAUGAGUUCCAGUUUGCUAAGGGUUUAGCUGUGUGUGUACAACAGGUAUGAAGGAUUGCAACUAUUGCUAUCAUUAUCUUUAAUCAUAGAGAAACUACAUUUUCUGCAGUGCUGUAAAUGGGUAAAUGAUACAUACAAGUAAUUGUGACAAAUUAAGGAGCAGAAGUGAUGAGAGUUCUGCUCAAAUGAGUUUAAAGUCUGAAGGAAGUGGGUAUAAAUGUACAAAUGGUAAAAGUGUAUUAUGUCCAGACAAGAAAAGUAGGCAGUAAAUAUAUAUUGUUGUUUCAUUUUCCUCUGAGAAAAAAUGUAGUUGCAGUUCUCAAGAGUUCCCACUCUCUUCCUAACCUGUUUUUGCAACACAUGUAAUGUAGAUUGCAACUACAAUCAUUCUUGAACGAACAAAAACAACUGUAAAUACAAUCCAAAGCAUUUAGUGUGUGGAAGGUGUUUUUAAAAAUAAAACACAGUUGCUGUAGUCCCUGGUCUAAGAAUAUUAUUUAACUAACUUUCAUGACAGCAGUCUAACCAUAGUUUCUCAUCCAAACUCAAAUUACCCCUCGCCUAACCUAAUCUUUAACCCUAACUCCUAAGAGUUAUGUAGAUGGCAACUACAAUCACACUCAAACUGGUUGUUUGACUGUCUCAGAGUGAUGGCAGUUACAAUCCAUGUAGCAAGCAAAGUGAACACUAUGCAUGUGUCAUGGUACCUGUAAUUUCCACCUCUGAGGAGGUCAGGCAUCAGGACAUGGUCUCUCACAAAGGGGCUUGUAUGUCCAAUCAUUUCGGCAAUUUCGGCCGUUUUCACGCCGGCCGCGUUAGCUCCUCCCCCUUUUAUGACACGACGGCCAAUAGUCAACGUCAUGACGUCAUUAACGGCGCGGACCGCCAGAAACCGCAAUUCCGGCCCUUUUGGGGGCGUGGUCAUCAAUUAAGGUGACAUGGUAUUUAAAGGAAUCUUGUGCUACAACUCAUUGCCCUAUCGUUGUUCUAGCUUGCUAGUCACUCAGCGCGUUCCUUUCCUUGUGUUUUUCGGUUUUGACUUGUCUUUGUAUUAUCGUUCUUGCUUCUCUCUCCUCUCCUUAUACCCGGCUUGUCUCUCGCUUACCUGUCCUCCGGCUCCCAUCGACCUCGGCUUGUCUUUUGACCAUUCUUGUCUUCUCUAUACGUUAGUCCGGCCAUUCUAAGGUCCGGUAUAUGUACCUCGUUCUGUCUGCACUCUGUGUAUUGGAUCCCUGUCACGAUCCUGACAUUACAACAGAGCCAUAUGGAUUCUGCAGGUGCUAGCUCUCAGAUUGGUUCCCCUGACUCCAGAUUUGAGGCCAUGGACCAUAGAAUGGACCAAAUGGCUCUAGCUUUACAAUCUUUAUUAGCACGUCCCAGUACCCAGUCAGAGGAGAUGCGUUCCACCACUAGCAAUCCUGUAAGUACAGGUUUGGAAGUAGCCACAGUGGGUGCAUCCUCUCAUGUCACUUCACUGUUACGAUAUGGGGGAUCGCCUGAUACAUGUCGAGGUUUUCUAAACCAGAUAAGCAUACAUUUUGAACUUCAACCCCGGGCAUACGGUAGGGUUUAUUAUAACACUACUAAUAGACAAAGCGCUUAGAUGGGCUAAUCUUCUCUGGGAGAAUGAUAAUCCUUUGGUCUAUAAUUAUAAUGCCUUUGUCACAGCUUUCAGGAGGACCUUUGAUCCCCCAGGAAGGAAGGCUAAUGCAGCCAGAUCACUGUUACGCCUUAAACAACAUAAUAGAACCCUGGUAGAAUAUGCGCUAGAGUUCAGAUCCUUGGCGGCAGAAGUCAAAUGGAACGAACAGGCUUAUGUGGAUGUAUUUUUGAAUGGAUUGUCUGAUGAGAUUUUAGACGAGAUUGCCACAAGAGAACUUCUGGAAAAUUUGAAAGAUUUAGUGUCAUUUAUUUCCCGAAUAGAUGAACGUAUGAGACAGAAGCAGAAUACUUGGGGAAAGAACCAUUAGUCCUUCUAUACGACUUGCCCCUUCCUUCCAGAAUCCUGAUUCCAUUAACCCAACUCCUCCAAAACCCAUGCAGAUAGGCACUACUCGCCUAUCCGAGGACGAGAGACAAUACUGGAGAAGGGAGGGUCUCUGUUUAUAUUGUGGACUAAGAGGUCACCUACGUCUAAAUUGCCCUAAUCGCCCGGGAAACGCUCGCACCUAAGUUCCCCUAGAGGACGGGCCUUGGGUGUUUCUAUAUUGUCCUCUAUGUAUAAUGAUAAAGACCAUAGGCUUCUUAUUCCUGUCUCUUUAGCUUGGGAGAGUGGGGCUAUUACUACGAUGGCUUUGUUAGAUUCCGGAGCAGCUGAAAGCUUUAUAGAUCAAGCCUUUGCUUAUAAGCAUUGUCUCCCAUCUCAACUGAGAGAUACACCCUUGGCCGUUGAGGCCAUAGAUGGUAGACCUUUGUCAGAGCCGGUAAUAUUUCAUGAGACUAAACCUGUUAAGUUGACCAUAGGUAUCCUCCACGAGGAGAUGAUAUCCCUCUUGUUAAUCUCCUCCCCUGCAGUCCCAGUGGUUUUAGGGUAUCCUUGGCUUAAAAGACAUAACCCUAUCAUUGAUUGGGAAUGUGGAGAAAUAGUAUCUUGGGGAUCGGGUUGUAGGGAGGGAUGUUUGCUGAGAGUCACUUCUGUUUGCCCAGUAAACUCCUCCAUCAACCCUUCCCAACCUACAGAUUUACAGAUACCCUCUCAGUACCUGGAUCUCAAGUCCGUAUUUGACAAAAGGAAGGCUGACACUUUGCCUCCUCACCGGUCUUAUGACUGUACAAUUAGACUCUUGCCUGGUACUAUGCCUCCUAGAGGUACGGUGUAUCCUCUGUCUACUAAAGAGAAUGUAGUCUUAGAGGAAUACAUAAAGGAGAAUCUAGACAAAGGAUUUAUUAGAAAGUCUUCAUCUCCGGCUGGGGCAGGUUUUUUCUUUGUAGAAAAGAAAGACGGUACUUUACGUCCUUGCAUAGACUAUCGGGGAUUGAAUAAAAUUACCAUCAGGAAUGCUUAUCCCAUUCCUUUGAUUACAGAACUCUUUGAUAGACUGAAGGGCUCCAAGAUUUUUACCAAGUUAGACUUGAGAGGAGCAUAUAACUUGGUAAGAAUUAAACAGGGAGACGAAUGGAAAACGGCGUUCAAUACCCGUUACGGACAUUAUGAGUAUACUGUAAUGCCGUUUGGGUUAUGCAAUGCUCCGGCCGUCUUCCAAGACUUGAUUAAUGAGGUUCUUAGGGAAUUUCAACAAGAGUGCGUUAUAGUAUAUUUGGAUGAUAUACUAAUACAUUCUAGGGACCUUGAGUCUCAUCACAGACAAGUCAGAAGGGUAUUACGGAAACUUUUACAACAUGGAUUGUAUUGUAUAUUGGAGAAAUGUAGCUUUGAUCAAUCCCAGAUAACUUUCUUAGGCUACGUAAUUUCCAAGGACGGGUUUAUGAUGGACCCGAUUAAACUAAAAUCGAUACUAGAUUGGCCAUUACCUAAGGGACUCAAAGCCAUACAAAGAUUUAUUGGGUUUUCUAAUUACUAUAGACGCUUCAUUAAAGGUUACUCCUCUAUUAUUGCUCCUAUCACUAAUAUGACUAAACAAGGGGCUAACACCAAAACUUGGUCUACUGAGGCUCUAUCUGCUUUCGAAACGCUCAAACAGACUUUUGCUUCAGCACCUAUAUUGGUCCAUCCUGAUACCUCUUUACCCUUUUUACUUGAGGUUGAUGCGUCUGAAACAGGUAUAGGGGCAGUUUUAUUCCAAAGACAAAGUUUGGAUAAACCUUUGCACCCAUGCGUUUUUUUGUUCCAAAAAAUUAUCACACACGGAAAGGAGAUAUGAUAUUGGUGACAGAGAACUCUUAGCUAUUAUUAUGGCAUUAAAAGAAUGGAGGCAUCUGUUAGAGGGAACUGUACAUCCCAUUACCAUUUUGACGGACCACAAAAAUUUAUCCUACAUUGGAGAGGCCAAAAGAUUGUCCGCCAGACAAGCCCGUUGGUCAUUGUUCCUCACACAUUUCAACUACUUACUAACAUACAGACCUGGUUCUAAGAACACCAAAGCAGACGCGUUAUCCCGCCAACAUGAACGUAUUACCGUCACGGAAGACACCUUGUCUCCUAUUGUUCCUAAACAAUAUAUUAUUGCAAACACUAAUGUCAAAAUACACUCUCCGUUGCUUUCGGAUAUAAUGAAGGAACAAUCUCUUGCUCCAGAACGUACCCCUGAGGAACGGUAUUUCGUUUCUCCUAAGUUCCAAAUGGACGUACUUCGAUGCCUUCACGAUAGCAAGAUUGCUAGUCACCCCGGCAUUCACAAAACUUACUCACUGAUUUCCAAGGACUUCUGGUGGCCUAAUAUACGGAGGGAUGUGAAAGAUUUUGUCAAGGCCUGCGAUGUCUGUGUUAGGAAUAAACUACCACAGACACUCCCUUGUGGCCUAUUGCAACCCUUAGUCAUUCCCAACUAGUUUAGCUAUGGAUUUUAUUGUUGAUUUACCGGUUUCUAAUAAACGCACAGUUAUCCUUACGGUGAUCGACAGGUUUACCAAAGUGGCUCAUUUCGUUCCCUUGCCUAAACUUCCUUCCUCGCCCGAAUUGGCCGAGAUAUUUGCAAAGGAAAUUUUUCGCUUACAUGGUAUCCCCAAUGAGAUCGUGUCUGACAGGGGUUCCCAAUUCGUUUCCCGUUUUUGGAAAUCAUUCUGUUCCCAGUUGGGUAUCAAGCUGAAUUUUUCCUCCGCCUAUCACCCUCAAUCUAACGGAGCUUCCGAACGCACUAACCAAAAAAUUGAGCAAUAUCUACGUUGUUUUGUUUCUGAACACCAAGACGAUUGGGUCGGUCUGAUUCCUUGGGCGGAGUUUGCUCACAACAAUCUUGUUUGUGAUUCCACUCAUAAUAGCCCCUUUUUCUUGAAUUAUGGCUUUAACCCUACUGUUCUAACAUCGGUAUCACCUUCUCACGGUAUACCAUCGGUUGAUGUUCAUGUGGCGACCCUGAGAAAGUUGUGGGAUCAGACUCGAUGAAUUCUUACCCGUAGCUCCGCGGUGUUCAAGAUGCAAGCUGAUAAACGUAGACGGCCUGCUCCUGUCUUUUCUCUGGGUGAUAGGGUCUGGUUGAGUACCAGGCACAUCCGCUUGAAAGUCCCUUCCAUGAAGUUUGCUCCUCGUUACGUUGGGCCUUACAAGGUUUUAAGGAGGAUUAACCCGGUUUCUUAUCUGCUGGACCUGCCUCCUACUCUGCGCAUCCCUAACUCUUUUCAUGUAUCUUUAUUGAAUCCUCUUGUAUGUAACAGGUUUUCUUCCCAGACUUCACCCCCUCUUUCGGUUCAAGUUGAUGGUCAGGAAGAAUUCUUGAUUCUCGUAUUUCCAGGGGGGAGUUGCAAUAUCUCAUAGACUGGAAGGGUUAUGGCCCUGAGGAUAGGUCUUGGGUUCCUUGUGAGGAUGUCCAUGCUCCGCGUCUUCCCCGCCCAGGGGGGUACUGUCAUGGUACCUGUAAUUUCCACCUCUGAGGAGGUCAGGCAUCAGGACAUGGUCUCUCACAAAGGGGCUUGUAUGUCCAAUCAUUUCGGCAAUUUCAGCCGUUUUCACGCCGGCCGCGUUAGCUCCUCCCCUUUUAUGACGCGACGGGCAAUAGUCGACAUCAUGACGUCAUUAACGGCACGGACCGCCAGAAACCGCAAUUCCGGCCCUUUUGGGGGCGUGGUCAUCAAUUAAGGUGACAAGAUAUUUAAAGAAAUCUUGUGCUACAACUCAUUGUGCUGUCGUGGUUCUAGCUUGCUAGUCACUCAGCGUGUUCCUUUCCUUGUGUUUUUCGGUUUUGACUUGGCUUUGUAUUAUCGUUCUUGCUUCUCUCUCCUCUCCUUAGACCCGGCUUGUCUCUCGCUUACCUGUCCUCUGGCUCCCUCGACCUCGGCUUUGACCAUUCUUGUCUUCUCUAUACGUUAGUCCAGCCAUUCUAAGGUCCGGUAUACGUACCUCGUUCUGUCUGCACUCUGCGUAUUGGAUCCCUGUCACGAUCCUGACAGCAUGCACCUGGAGCCUGUAUCUACUUAAAUAAAUAAACCAUUCAAUACUAAAUUGUCAAUAUUGGAAAUAAAGUUUUUUUUAAAUUAAAAAUUCCUAUACCAUCUAACAGUCAAUCUCAUAAAAAGGGGAAAACAUAUUAUUCACCUCAACAGGGCAUAUGUAAAUUAACAUGUAAAGAGCAGGAAGCUGGAGUUGAAAUGUUCAAAAUCAAUCAUUCAUGAAAUCUAUACACCUAAAAAUAUCUGCAGAAUAGUUAGUAAAUGAUAAAAUCAUAAAACACAAACAUCUAUUAAGGGGGGGAAAACCAACAACAAAUGAAUUGGUCCAUCCACUAUUAAAGUCAGUCUCAAUAGAAGUGUGAGACUCCUUCCCAAAGUAAUGAAUGUAGCCAUUUAACAGUAGUGUAAACAUUAAUUGAUUGUUACAGAGCAUCAAUAUCAAUGUGAAAAAAAUAUUAUGUAGCCAUCUAGUCUACAGACUCCUUACUAUAUUAGGCAGGGCUAAAACUGAUCUGCUGGAUAAUAUAGUACUGAAUUAAAUCUCUGUUUAGUAAAUCAUCCCCAGAAGAGAGAUCAAACCAUAUGUGUAUAUCUAUACACUGGAUAUACAAAUAAUCCAUCUGCAGAUCUACAAAAUAAAAAGCAAAGCUAUAGUGCUGUCUGUAAUAUUAGGUUUUUUUUUUUUUUUUAAUCAAAUGGAUUAAAAUGUAAGUAAAAUACACAAAAAAAUUACAACACGACAAAUAAAAUAAAAAAAAUUUAAAAAAAGGAAUAUGCAUUACAUAUUAUUGACUGAACUUAAAUGGUCCAGUCAAUUAUAUGUUGGACUUUUAGUUCUUUAAAAUUAAGUUUAUUUACUUUUACAAAGGGGCAUCUAUAGUGGAGGGGUGGGGUGCUCAAUCCAAAAGGAAUCUGGUCUGGAUUCAAAAUAUACAUAGCGUAGGGAAUAUUUGGGGGUGGCAUACCGAGAACAUGCAUUUCUCAGUAGUGGUGCUGCCGUAAAGACCAAAAUAUAUACAAAAUACAGAUUAAGGAACAGCUCGCACAAAAAUUUUUUUUUAAAUUUAAAAGGCUACUUAAAAUUACCUAUCUCUGCAAACAAAUAUAGGGCUUCAGUUACACCAUAUGGCCAUAUUGUUUUAAGCCUACCACUACGUCACAGUACCCCAAUAUUGGUGGGUCCUACAUUAAAUGUAACAUGGGAGAUUAGCACGCCACCUACAGUACUUACUGCUCAAACUGCUUCCAGAGGUUCUUCUCAAUUUAUGCUUUCAUGUGGUCACCUCCAAAGGGGAACCCUUAAUGGAGGGGCAGGGUACGCAACCCAAAAGGAAUUUGGUCUGGAUUCCAAAUCUAAAUAGUAAAAAAAAUGCAUUACAUUUGGAAAGAUGCCAUUUAUCUACAGUAGCACAAAUUCUCCCUGAAAUACCUCCUCAGCCAUUCUCUACACACCUAUUGCAUAAAACUUACUACAGUCUCAGUAAGAGUAUUUUAUACCUCUAUUUAUUGCACUCAAAAAGGGCAACAUUAUGUUUUUUCCUAGCUCCAUAUAACUGCACUUGUGUUAAAGGAAGUGGAUCCUGAAAGAGCAAUGAAUGCAUAAUCCAGAAGAGUUGAAGGGUUUUGGGUGGGCUGGAUAGACCUGCCGAAGAAGAAUUAUCUGAGCAUGCAACAUACAAAUAUAGAAAGAUGGCACAAGUCAAGGUAGACUUUAAUGUAGUAAUUUAAUAUUAAGAGAAACAAGCAACAACACUGAUAGAGGACAUUCUAACGCAGAAUUAUGCAAUAUAGCUCUUGUGCAACAGUGUAGUAGCAUUCAACAAUAUUAUAGUUAAAUAUCUUGUGCAUGUACUGGCAAGUAAAGAAAUGUCAUUGACAUGCUAUGAUUAAUUUCAUAUACUGUAUUAGUCAGUGAUCAUCAAAUGAAUUGAAAUACUGACUGACUGACAAUUACAGUUGUUUGUGUUAAUGGGUCAGCUUGUGAAACAAGUCCUGCUACCAUGUAAUUCCUUUUGUGAUUGUUAUUAAACUUAAUAAAUGUAAUCUGCUAAAGCUCUCUCAUGCAAAUUAAAACUAAUGUAUUAAUUUCAGCAGCCCACUUGUAAAUCCUGGAUCAUUCCUUGUAAAUAAGCACAGUGCAAGGCUAAUUAGUUUCAUAGUAAUCUAGAUUAAAACAAAUCCAUAAAUUCAACCUUUAAAACAGUAAAUAUAAAUAAAAAUAGCUUAAACUCAAAAUCACACACAGUAAGUACUUUAUGGGCACCUCUGCUCUACACUAUAAGUUAGGUUAGAGGGCAGUACACCAUGUUAUUUAAGCCUCAGAUACAGAAGCAUAAUUUCAACAUACGCAAGCUUAAAGGACCACUCUAGGCACCCAGACCACUUCAGCUUUAUGAAGUGGUCUGGGUGCCAGGUACCUCUAGGAUUAACCCUUUUUUUAUAAACAUAGCAGUUUCAGAGAAACUGCUAUGUUUAUACUGAGGGUUAAUCCAGCCUCCAGAGCCUCUAGUGGCUGUCUCAUUGACAGCCGCUAGAGGCGCUUGCGUGCUUCUGACUGUGAAAAUCACAGUGAGAGCACGCAAGCGUCCAUAGGAAAGCAUUGUAAAUGCUUUCCUAUGCGACCGGCUGAAUGCGCGCGCGGCUCCUGACGCGCAUGCGAAUUCAGCCGAUGACGUCGCGAGCAAGGAGGAGUACAGCUCCCCGCCCGGCGCUGGAGAAAGGUAAGUGUUUAACCCCUUCCUGUCUUCAGAGCCCGGCGGGAGGGGGUCCCUGAGGGUGGGGGCACCCUCAGGGCACUAUAGUGCCAGGAAAACGAGUAUGUUUUCCUGGCAUUAUAGUGGUCCUUUAAUGACACUUCACUCAUAUGAACAUUGUAUUAUUAGCCCAUUGUCCUAUUUAAUGGUUACAUUUCUUCCUUUUGUCAUUCAAGGGCAGAAACAUUUCUAAUUUGACUUCACAAGGUUGAUAUUUUAAACAUGCGCAGUUAGUUAAAUGCAGGGAAAUACUUCUGCUUAUCAGUAUGUGUGUAUAAACAAACAUAGCCAGACAUUCAUGCAUUACUGCCAGGUGGUAAGAUAGAGGUGUUUUUGUUGAGCUAGUGUGCAGGGUGAGUUGCCCCUGAUCUCUAUAAAAAUGUACAACAAUUGUAAUGCUGUAUUUUAUUGGGACAUACAUUUCAAUCCAGCAGUUAUUGGUUGAUGCAGAUUUGUGAGGCCUGACCUCGAGAGUGCCAGUUGGGAUUGGCCGAGAUUGUAACACAGUGUAGGAGGACAGAUAACAAAUAACAGAAAUGACAGGCAGGAACUGUUGGCUGUACAUCAUCCAAAUGGAGUAUUCUUGGAAGAUGCCCAGCAAUUACUGACAAACCUUGUGAAAGGUGUAUAAGAAAUGCUGCAACAUCAAUUUAAUGAUGCAAAGCAAAAUCUGAUAUACCCUUUUAAAAGCUAUGAAUAGCUGUGUGGACUGAAUAAACUGCACAAAAUUAAUUUCAUUACUAGUACAUACAGCGAUUUAUGCUCAGAUGAACAUCUCUGCUGAAGCUUUGGGGCCAAAGCUGCAAAUUGCAGAUGCACUCUACCUUUACCUCAGCUACUUCAUUACCUAAACAGGACAUCUCUUUUCAUACCAAAAAAACAGUUUGUACAGUCUUGCUUCCAAUAGUUUGUGGUUAAUGCUCCAAAAGAGACAAAUUGUUUAACAGUUGUUUUCCUAACAAAGCAAAAGGUAUUAUACCAACAAGUUUGCAAUUCACAGCAUAUGUACAGAUUUGCAUUAGGAGUUUGCACAACACUACAGUUACACUGCUGUACUUCUGAGACAACAACUUGUGUUGUAAUGACUGUAUGCUCUAAUGAGUUGAUUUCAGUAGCAAAGUCAGCAUUACAGUUGUACAGCAUUUCAUCCUUGACAUUUCAGUAAUCAAUGCAAACUGCAGCGUUACUGGUUCCUUGCUUAAACAACUGAUUUUGUAACUAUAGCCAAGUUGAAGAUCAGUAUGUUUUGUCAAAAUAUGUGCAAUUCAAUCUACAGUUCAAUACUAUUCACUAUUAAUUCCACAAUUCCAACUAUGUCUUUACCAGAGAGGAGAUGUAUGACUUUUUUCCCCCAUCAUCCUUUGGAUGUGGGAGCCUCUGCAGGGUGUCAGAACUCACUGUUAGCAUUGCUUACAGGUUUUAUGGGUGAUCUUGUGGCCAGCCAGAGCACAGCUUUGCCACUUCAGCUUGACUCCUUUUUACAGUAUGCAUAAUAAUGUACAAGUUUUGAGAGUUCUGCUACAAACUUUUAGUCUAAUGGGAAAUGGCACUGUUAAAACAUAAUGUACAGAGAAUGGGGUAUGAACGGCCAAUUCUUUUGAUAAUCAAAGAGAAUAAUUAAGAGUGGCACACAACCAAAAAGGAAGCAGUGCUAGGUUCCAAGUGACCUUCAUGUGAUUGCUGCACUUAGGCAGGCUUGCUGACACCAUUUAGAUGUCAAAUACUGCUGAUUGAGUUGGAGAAUUUUUCUAGUGUGGUUUAAAAUAUGCUAUUUUAUUUUUAUUUUUACACAUUUCAUUAUUUGGUGGUGGGGCGGUGGGGACUAUAGGUGCUCUGUUUUACAACAAAACAUGUUUGACAGACCUAAGCAGGACAGUUGUUUCUCUGAGCCUUACCUGCAUCCUUAUAGUGUAUAAUUUUUUUCAAGUGCAUUAUUCUUAUUUUACUUAAUGUCAUUUUUAGUUUCCUCAUAUUAUGGCAAAUACUAACACAGUGCAGCCAAAAAUAACUACUUCACAAUCAAUGUGCAAAACAGCACGAACAAUAGACCUAGACAAAAACAAAGAAAGUGGAAAUCAGAGUAAAUUUUUGAGAUAGAAGUAUUUUAAUUAGUGAGUGCUGGUUGCGGGUUUUCAUAUUUUUUUAUUCAAUGUAUGUGAUCACUUGUUGCACAGAUACCAUUGCCGAAAACUGUCACUUCUUACACUAGAAGUUAAUGCACUACUAUGAGAAUUGUUUAUCUUUCUGAAACCUUAUAUCACUUCUUACCCCUCAGCAGCUUGUUAUUAAUCCUGCUGACUGUAUUUGCAUGGUGCUCCUCUGCAACAGCUACAUUUCACCCAGAGACCUUUGCAGUGCUGGCUGUCUCGGUGGCUUUCUCUCCUGUGGUAGUAGAUUCAUUGUAAAAUUAAAUCAACUUUCAAAAGUUUCAUGACGUUCAACCACAACCUAUUAAGUGCGCGUAGGAAACACAUUGAAUUCAAGCUUGCCAUUUCUCAUGAGAUAUGUCACAAGAGGCCAUUCCAGUAUGCAGAGUGCAAUAAAACAUACUCUUAUUAUUUCCAGGAGGAAUAAUAGCCCUUCUUUCAACUGAUGAUUCACAUUGUUGCCUCAGGGAUAUUAAACACGGAUAACUGUUUAAAUUUAAGCACUGACUCAUGUUCAUACGCCAUACUGUAAAAACCAUAAAGAAUGCUUUAUGCAAUACAAAUGUUAUAAAAAUGAUUAUAUUGUUUUUCAUCUUAGAUUAGCUUCUUGUUGCAUUACAUUACUUUCAUGCUAAUCUGUUAGGUAUAUAGUUGUCUUUAACUGAAAUUUGAAAAUACCACAAAUAGAACAGGCUAAUUUUAUUCACAUGUCCUUUACCCAUGUUUAAGGCCUUAACCAUUGCAUUAAAGGAACACUACAGGCACCAAACAACUUUAGCGUAAUGAAGCAGUGUUGUAUGGUGUAUACAUCAUGCCCCUGUAGUCUCACUGCUCAAUUCUCUACCAUUUAGGAGUUAAAUUACUUUGUUUAUGCAACCCUAGCCACACCUCUUUGCAUGUGACUUACACAGCCUUCCUAAAAAUGUCCUGUAAAGAUCUAAUUGUUAAACUUCUUUUAUCGCACAGUAUGUUUCAUUUAGAAUUUCUUUUCUCCUGCUCUGUUAAAAGUCUGCUAGAGCCUGCAAGAGCCUUAUAUGUGGUUAAAGUUUAUUUUAUAGAGCAGUAGAUACAAACUUAUAAAGUAAGUUUAGGAUCUGAUUGAAAAUUAAACCAUUUUUGUCAUGCAGGCUGUGUCAGUCACAGCCAGGGCAAGUGUGGCUAGUGCUGCAUGGACAGAAACAAAUGUGAAUUAACUCCUAAAUGGCAGUAAGACUGUAGGGACAUGGUCCCUGCACCCAAACUGCUGCAUUAAAGGAAAUCUAUAGUGUUAGGAUCUCUAGUGGCUUAUCAUUUAGACCGUUACUAGAGGCAGUCUUAGUACUGCAAAAUAAAAGUUGCAGUUUCUCAGAAACGUCAAUAUUUUACAUUGCAGGGCUAACAUAGAAACAUAGAAACAUAGAAUGUGACGGCAGAUAAGAACCAUUCGGCCCAUCUAGUCUGCCCAAUUUUCUAAGUACUUUCAUUAGUCCCUAGUCUUAUCUUACAGUUAGGAUAGCCUUAUGCCUAUCCCACGCAUGCUUAAACUCAUUUACUGUGUUAACCUCUACCACUUCAGCUGGAAGGCUAUUCCAUGCAUCCACUACCCUCUCAGUAAAGUAAUACUUUCUGAUAUUAUUUUUAAACCUUUGUCCCACUAAUUUAAGACUAUGUCCUCUUGUUGUGGUAGUUUUUCUUCUUUUAAAUAUAGUCUCCUCCUUUACUGUGUUGAUUCCCUUUAUAUAUUUAAAUGUUUCUAUCAUAUCCCCCCUGUCUCGUCUUUCCUCCAAGCUAUACAUGUUAAGAUCCUUUAACCUUUCCUGGUAAGUUUUAUCCCGCAAUCCAUGAACCAGUUUAGUAGCCCUUCUCUGAACCCUCUCUAAGGUAUCAAUAUCCUUCUGAAGAUACGGUCUCCAGUACUGUGUACAAUACUCCAAGUGAGGUCUCACCAGUGUUCUGUACAAUGGCAUGAGCACUUCCCUCUUUCUACUGCUAAUACCUCUCCCUAUACAACCAAGCAUUCUGCUAGCAUUUCCUGCUGCUCUAUUACAUUGUCUGCCUACCUUUAAGUCAUCAGAAAUAAUCACCCCUAAAUCCCUUUCCUCAUAUGUUGAGGUUAGGACUCUAUCAAAUAUUCUGUACUCUGCCCUUGGGUUUUUACGUCCAAGAUGCAUUAUCUUGCACUUAUCCACAUUAAAUGUCAGUUGCCACAAUUCUGACCAUUUUUCUAGUUUACCUAAAUCAUUUGUCAUUUGGCUUAUCCCUCCUGGAACAUCAACCCUGUUACAUAUCUUAGUAUCAUCAGCAAAAAGACAUACCUUACCAUCAAGACCUUCUGCAAUAUCACUAAUAAAAAUAUUAAAGAGAAUGGGUCCAAGUACAGAUCCCUGAGGUACCCCACUGGUGACAAGUCCAAGCUUCGAAUAUAUUCCAUUAACUACAACCCUCUGUUGCCUGUCACUCAGCCACUGCCUUACCCAUUCAACAAUAUUUGAAUCCAAACUUAAAGAUUGCAGUUUAUUGAUAAGCCUUCUAUGUGCAACAGUGUCAAAAGCCUUACUGAAAUCUAGGUAAGCAAUGUCUACUGCACCACCCUGAUCUAUAAUGCUCUGUCCCUGUCCACUAAGGUGGACAGGGACACUGCACUCAGACCACUUCAAUGUGAUAAAGUUGUCUGUAUGCCUGUACUGUCCCUUUAAGUUAAAGUUAUUUUGAUACCUAUAAUAUUCAUAUAAACAAAGAGAAAAAAGCAACCAACUCCAUUUUACACUAAAUACUGGUUAUUGCUGUCAAUCUAGAUAUUUAUAUCUAUUCUGUGUUGUACGAUUAAUCAGUUAAAAUCUUUUCUAACAUAUACUUCAUUAUAUCAGUGUUUGUCAGAUAAGAUGACAUUAGUCAACAAACCAUAGAAACCAAAAAUUGAGGAGCUUUGUGAUUUUACCAAAUGCAGUAGGUCAGUGAGAAUUUGGAUAACUUAACAUGAAAGAAACAAAAAUUACUCCUUUUGAAUAUUUAUCAAUACCUAAUGCAUCUUUGUGACACUGAACUUCACUUAACACAGAAAAAAAUCAUAUACUAGAUAUUAUAAUCACAAAACUGUUUACAAGUUUGUUCCGUAAAUGUACAUCUUAUAUACUUUGCUUAUACUCCACAAAUCAAAGUAUAUGAAUAUGUUGAUAGUUUUUAUUUAUUUAUACAAUAUUUUACCAGGAUGGAUACAUUGAGAUUUCUCUCAUUUUCAAGUAUGUCCUGGGUCCACAAAACACAGCAUUGUUACAAAAGGAUGCAAUAUUCCAAAAAUACAAUAUACAAACAAUAUAUAUAUAUAUAUAUAUAUUUACACACAUACCGUAUAUACUCAAGUAUAAGCCGAGUUUUUCGGCACAUUUUUUGUGCUGAAAAAGUCCCGCUCGGCUUAUACUCGAGUCACUGUCUGUAUUAUGGGAACUUACAUUGCCAUAAUACAGACCAGGACCGCCGGGCUCAUUACAUUGGGGACCGGGAGCAAGCUGUUACAUACCUUUGCAGCAGCUCCGUUCAGCUUCCCCAGUGUAAAUCUCGUGAGACCCGCGGCCGUCAGGCAUGCAGACCGCAAGAUUUACACUGGGGAAGCUGAACGGAGUUGCUGCAAAGGUAUGUAACAGCUUGCUACCGGUCCCCCACUGACCUGGACCGCCGGGCUCAUUACAAGGCCGGCGGUCUGUUGGGGGCCGGAGCAAGCUGUUACUUACAUGUGCAGCCGCUCCGUUCAGCUCCCUUCUCCUCCGUUCUGGUCAGCUCAUUGUGUAAAUCUUGCGAGACCCGCGCGGAGCGUUGCCACGGUAACCUGUGGCAACGCUCUGAUGGCCGCGGGUCUCGCAAGAUUUACACAGUGAGCUGACCGGAACGGAGGAGAAGGGAGCUGAACGGAGCAGCUGCACAUGUAAGUAACAGCUUGCUCCCAGCCCCCCUCCUGCACAGCCCAUGCCACUGGACCACCAGGGAAUAAUAUAGCCCCACUCCCUGGCCAAGUAUCAAGCAGAUGGGGGGGAGGACAAAAAAUAUAAAAAAAUAUAUAUAUUAAAAUAAUAAAAAUGAUAAUAAAAAAAUAUUAACAAUAUUAAAAUAAAAAUGCCCUCCCCCCACCCAGUUUGCACACACUGCACACACACACUCUGCAUCAUAUACACACACACUUCAUUAUAUACACACGCAUUCAUACAAACACACACACUGCAUUCAUUAUAUACACACUGCAUUCAGAAUAUACACACACUGCAUUCAUUAUAUACACACACACACACUCUCUCUCUCUGCAUUCAGAAUAUACACACACUGUAAAUAAAUAUUCAAUUAAUGUAAUUUUAUUGGGAUCUAAUUUUAUGUAGAAAUUUUGCAGUAGCUGCUGCAUUUCCCACCCUAGGCUUAUACUCGAGUCAAUAAGUUUUCCCAGUUUUUGGUUUAAAAUUAGUGGCCUCGACUUAUAUUCGGGUCGACUUAUACUCGAGUAUAUACAGUAUAUACAUUUAACAAUAUAUUUAGGCUGGGUAACGAGUUUAUGUCACAGUAAUGGGUACCUGGGACUUUUUCAGAUAACCAACUACCUAAUUGUUCUCCUGUAUUAGAAUAGUUUAUUAAUUCACCUACUUGAGUAAUUCAAGGGGGGGGGGGGGUAACUAGUUGUACCAUUUCAAGAUGCUAUAUGUCCAUGGCGUGUUCUUUUGUGGUAACACCAAACACUUUUUCAGAACAUCUAAGCAAUAAUUUGAGAGAAUAGAUAGUACAGGUUCUCCAGAAUUCCUGCUGUAAAUGGCCCAUACCAUACGCAAUAUUGUAAACAUAUGAAGCAAUUUCACUAACCGUCCAUAAACUCCUAUUCUGACCAUGCGCUUGUUCUCCUGUACAUCUAUAGUGACUAUACAGAUCUAUACUGUAGACAUUAUAUAAGCCUAAAUAGAUAAUGUUCCUCAGUCACUGCAACCCCGACUUCCUCUCUUCACCCAUUCAACCCCGUUUUUCCUCUUUCUUUCUUGCCUGAUAUGGAGCAGCAGAUUGUAGAAGUAAGUACCGCUGCCUACAUGGGCCUGGAGUGCAUGAACAGCUCUAAAGUGUUAUUUGCUUAUUGCUGUAUUUUUAUUGUCUGCAUGAAUUAUUGUGAACCUUACAUACUGUGGCCUGUGAAAUUAAAGUAAUAUUUCUAUAUUUUUUGUGCUUGUUAAGUUGCUUUCAGUGGGGAAAGGAAUGUGAGUCAUAGACAAUUUACUAUGUAGCAAUAACGAAGGAACAGAAUGUAAUUGAAGAGAAUUUCCGAUGCAGCUCACGUGUGAAUAUAUCAAAAUAUUGAUAGGGUCUAAAAUAUGAGGCACUGGUGUCAUAUAACUUGAUAAGUUACCACAUUUAAAGUCAUGAUCCACUAUUUUGUAUGAACAAAUGUUCACAUUUAACUUAGUCACUGACUGAUAUGCUGACCUCAUUCAUGGUGUGUGCAAGUACAUAAUUUCACAACCGGUACAGGUUACAUGAUGCAUAUCUCAUAAAAAACAGUUGGUAGCAUUUUCAGGAGGUAAGGUAAUGAAGGGUUGAUGUAAUAAAAAAAUAUUUGUGGAUUUUUUUGUCAAUACCUUCAGUGCAGAAACAUUUAGUCAUCUUCAGUCCAAGAAAGGUGUGUUUUUGCCCAGUUCCUUUUGUUUACAAUUGUUUCCAAGAACAAUGAUAUUUCCUUUAGUGAGUGAUUAUGGAAAAGUUGUAUUAGAAACAUGGGAUCAAUCUCGUUAAUUUUGUUGAGUUUUGUAUUGAUUUGGUUAUUCCUCCACUUCAAUUUGCCAUUCAUCCUGAUAUUCUGUCAGGUCUGGAGUGAGGUUUGGUGCACUGAAUUGCCCUUGCUAAAUGUAAUAGUCCCUUUAAUUGUUGAAGUGGUUAUGCUAUAUAUAAACUAUUUCUAGUUUUGUUCAAGUAUGGUUAGCCGGUGAUCAAGCUUCGUUCCUUAGCCCAUAAUAAGGAUUCCAAAUGAUGCAUAAAAACUACAAAACCCUAACGUGUUUACUCACAUCUAACUUGCAAACAAUUAUAUUGGUGGUCCAAUUUUUCAUCGAUUUGGCACUAGUAUAGAUGAAAUUCACUAUAUUUACUAACAACUCUAUUGAAAUAAGAAAAGGGCAAAUAAUACAUCAACUGUUAAAAAAUAAUUUCUCCAAGUGGCGCAGGAAUGUCCAUAAAAUGGGAACCGAAAUUAAUUUGGGAUUUGACAAAGAAUUUAGCCCCAAGAAAUCUAAAAUACUUAAUACAAAUAUCACAUGAUAAAAGAGAAAAGAUAGGAAAUUAAAACAAGCUGAACAAGAAACCUUUAAAAUCUCUUCCUUUACUUUGUUCUUAAACAGAGGUUUCUGGACACCACUAAAAAAGUUUCCCUCAGUCAGGGCUCUCAACCUCCACCAUGGAUGCUCAAUGCCUUCUUCCUUCUCAUAGGCAAAUCAAGAAAUCCAGGCAAGGAGGGGGGUGUUUCACUUUACUUUUACCAUAAAAUAAAAUAACCUUUAGAUAUAACGCAAUUGACUAGCAUUGUCAAAUAAUAAUUUUAAGAAAUGAUAAUGCUCAUAAAUCCUCAUCUUCUGGCCAUGUAAAUAGACAUCGUCUAAUAAAAUGCAUCUUAGAAAUAAAAAACUUUUCAAUAGGUCUUCCCAGUCUGUAGCUAUAAAAGCAUUAAUCCCUGUGAAGCAUUAAGGAUUUAAUUCAUCUUACACAAUGGGAUAUUUAUGAAAUCAGGGUUCCUCCAACACUUACAUUAUAAGCACACAUUCCAAAGGAAGGAGAUUGGAACAGGGUUGCAACCAAAGGUUGCCUAUUUGGUAAUAUUAAGUUUAUUGCGAAUAGGGGGCUCUUUGGGCUGGAACUCUCCAGUUAAUAAGGGUUCUUAACCAGUUAAAUUAGAUGGAAUGCUUAUAGUGCCUAGAAUGUGCCUUUAAGGGGUGUGCGGUACCUAAUUUUCCCAUUAAUUGAAUAUGCCUAAAAUUUAUUUUAGAGUUCUAGAUUGUCUGACUCGUCUCCUUGGCGAUGCUAACUUUGCUAUCUGUUCUAUGGACAAUAAUGACCCUCCGAGUCAGACACGUAGAGUUUAAGUUAUUUUGAAGCCCAACAGUGAAUGACCUUUUUUUUUUUUUUUUUUGCAACCUUGUGCAUGCAUCGAGAUUUAGCUACAUUAUGUGCAAAUAGUACAUGGUAUGGCAUCUUGCAGGAGUUAGAAAUGUAUCAAGAGUAACUGUGCAUGUUUGAGAUCAAGGUAAAGAGUUAACUCAGAGAUGUAGCUCACUGGCCUGCUUUAUCUCCUGGCAUUCCUUAGGCACUCCCACACAGCUGGCUUGUUUCUGGUCCUUGAUUUCAGGGCAGAUCACAUUCUUUUUUAUUUUUCUCUACCUCCCCCACUUUUGUAGAAAUCUCACAGAUUCCAUGCACCUUAGUCUCCACUAUUUUGUGCUGAAUAGAUAAAUAUAUUUUUCUUUCUGGAGAAUCAUUCAACGUCUAUUCCCUUCUCUCUUUACCUGUUCUUUUUUUGUGGCUUCCAGAUCAAAAUGCUUUCAGAUCGGAAACAGGAGUUGGAGGAGCAACUGGGCACCAUUAUGGAAGAGAACGAGCAGCUCCAGGGACUCGUGGAUGAACUACACGAUCGAGAAUUCAUUUUAAGUCAACAAAGUUGUGCCAAGGAGCGGCAGGUAGUCAAAUUCCAGUAACAGUAAUUCCAGUUUUAUUGAGAAAGGACUGGAACAACAUGCUGGGAGGGGCCAGUAUUCUCUCAAAGUAAAUAGUGCCACAAUUUUCUUUAAUACACCUGUUCUUUGAUCAAUCAGGAAAUUACUUAACAAGUCAGAACAUUUAUAUAUCCCUGCCUAAGCAGCAGUGAGUAUAUAAAAUGUAAGCAAUUAAUUAACUCACCCGUGAUCAAGCAGGGAUGUUCAAAAGUCCAACCAUAAUAGGGGAUCUCAAUAUAGUAACAGAUAAGACCUUUGUGAAAUAUAUAUGGUACCAAAUGUGUUGUAUUUAUAAAAGCAAAAUAUAGGACACGAGGUUGGAUUCUGUCAGCACAGUAAGGGUUUACUGUGAUUACUGAAUUUUUAGAUUUUUUUAUUUUUUUAAUGUUUUGGCUGAAAAUCACCAGCCUGCCUUUGGCAGUAAAACUUUUUGUAGGUUUUUGUUUGUGUUCUUUCUUUGUGUGGUUUAUAAUCACAAUGUGUUUUCAGCAUUUGUUAAAUACAGUUGCCCACUCUUCCCUUCACAGUUGUGCUUAAUGAGUGAAUAUUUUUAUGUAUGGGCCAAAGAAUCAAGUUAGGAAUAACAGUGAAGAAUUGUAUAUAAGUGAACAUUUAUUUGUAAGGUAAAUGAUUAGUGAAUAAACCAGCCAAGUUUUAUUAUUUAAUUUUUUAUUUUAUUUAUUUAUUUUAUUUUGCAUCUUGCUUUAAUGGUGAGAAUACAGAUAACAUGCUAUUACUACUUGAAUCCUGGUGAAGAUGGGUGGUUUUAUAAUGUUCCUUUUAUAAUUCCUUUGCCCCAUGUUUUGGUUGUUGAAAGCAAACACAGGCAGGCACUGGCUUUGGACUGCAUCCUCCGUCAUGUUUAUUGAGAGGGUGAAGGUUGUAGUCUAUAGAAUCUGGAAUGCAAGAGGUUGUCAGUUUCUGAUUUAGGGUAAUGAUAUAGCACUUGUCUCAUUUCAUGUAAACAUUAAAUGAUGGAAUGCUUAGUUUCUGCUUCACCUGCAGCUGGGAGAGAGCCAACUGGAAUUAGAAGAACUUAGACUUUCUUAUCGGCAGCUGCAGAUAAAAAUGGAGGAACUCAAAGAAGAGAAGAGUCUCCAGCAUCUAAACAGCACAAACACUUCUCUCCUAUCGGAGAUUGAGCAGAGUAUAGAGGCCGAAGAACAGGAACAAGAAAGAGAGCAGGUAGAUCCUGUUUAUAAUAUAUAAGAGAUGUGUUGUGCAUAUUGUGUAAAAAUAAUGGCUCACAAAUGGCUUCUAUUUUUGGUUUCAUUACAGCUAAAAUGAAGGAAGAAUUUAUAGAAUACAGAUUGUCUCUUGCCAGUAGCAUUUAAGUAGUGAUGUCCCGAACGGUUCGCCGAUUGGUUCGCCGCGGACUCAUCAUUGAGUAAACUUUGACCCUGUACCUCACAGUCAGCAGACACAUUCCAGCCAAUCAGCAGCAGACCCUCCCUCCCAGACCCUCCCACCUCCUGGACAGCUCACUAAGAAUGCAGCUUCACAAUGAAUGUAAAAUGGAUGCUGUCCAGGAGGUGGGAGGGUCUGGGAGGGAGUGUCUGUUGCUGAUUGGCUGGAAUGUGUCUGCUGACUGUGAGGUACAGGGUCAAAAUUUACUCAAUGAUGAGUCCGUUGCGAACCGUUCGGGACAUCACUACAUUUAAAUCUUGUAGCAUUCUCAAGGGUCUGAAUGGAACAAGCAGGCAUAUUGAUUUUUAUUAGACUGCAAAUUAAAGGGAAUGUAUACGCUUGGGUAAAAAAAACAUUGCUGCUGAACACCCUGUGUAAAUGAAGUUUUCCAUUCCUACUACAACCUGAUUGCCCAGUCACCUUCUUUCUUGUCUGCAAUUUAAAUGGAUGCUCUAAGAAGCAUAGCCACUACAGCAUCCUGCAGUGUUUAUGCUGCUAAAAGUAUAUGCUGCUAAAAGUAUCUGGGUACAGUCCCCAGGCAAAACUGUCUAGGAACAGAUUGCCAUAAACAAAGACUCUUCCAUUUGCCCUGAAGCCAUGCCCUCUUAAGACUCUUUUGUAAUGCAGACUUAACAUGGAUGGUAGUGAUUGGCUAAGAGUACUGGUGUGGGUUAACCUGGUGCUAAAGCUCCAAUUUAAGUAGAUCGACAAGUUACCACAUUUUCUGGUGCAAAUAUUAGUGACCCUAAAAUGAAGGAUAAUUAGCAAUUCAAAUAUAUAGACCUUGGCAAAUCUCCAUAAUUCCUGAUUUAGUGAAUAACAGCAAGUGAGUCAUGCUGAUUGACAAAACAGUUUCAGAAUAAUAUUAAAGCAUUACUUGUCCAGUUUAGGUCAAUUAGCCCCCCAUACUUUUUUUUUUUUUUUUUUAUAAUGAUUUCAAAAGGUAUACAUAAGUGGAAGUAGUAACUACUCCUUCUUAUGCUGAACCUGCAAGUUUACUUAAGUUGACAAAGAGUGGAGCUCUAGUCAAGCUGCAAAUCCUUUGUCAACUUUGUCAUUGGCUGGCCACUUCUCACUCCCCUCCCUCCAACAUCACAUCACCUUCUCUCUGUGCUGGCUUUCGUGGGAUCCUGAGAAUCAACACAGUGCAAGGAAAACCCAAUGUGCAUGCCCUAGGAAGGGCAGAGGUAGGACAUCUGGCGAGCUCCAUCUUGGAAACGCCAUGAUGGCACCAUGACUAAAGACCCAUUGGGACAGGCAGGAAAUGAAAAACAGUAGAUUUAAAUAUCGUGUUGCCAGUCACAAUCAUAUGAUGGGGUGGGGGCACCAAGGAGACCCAAAGUGUGCCAUUCUUGUUAUAAUUGUGCUUUAAAAUGUUUACUUGUUUGUGAGAGAAUUAUUUUUUAAUUGAUGUCACCAUAAGAGGUUUUCAGCCCUCUCAUUCUUUUUCAUACAAGUUGAGGUUGCAGCUCUGGGAAGCACACUGUCAGGUCCGAUCUCUUUGCUGCCAACUAAGAGGAAAUGAAAGUGCAGAUUCUGCUGUUUCCACUGACUCCUCCAUGGAUGAAUCUUCCGAAACUUCUUCAGCCAAAGAUGUACCAGCUGGGAGCCUCCGGACAGCCCUAACAGAGUUGAAGAGCCUUAUCUUGAGUAUCCUAGACACAUGCGAGUCUGCGGUAUAUGUCUUAUAAGCAAUUCACCUAACAUUUAGAUUUUUUUGCAUCCAUUCAGACAAAUGCAAUACAUAUCAAACUUUUCCUCACUACCAUACUCUCUUUUAUUAUACCAGAUGUCAUGGUUUGACACAUAAUCUUGUUUGCGACUGUUGGAUCAAAUUUCCGAACACCAAAUAGCCCUAACACUACCCCAGAAUAAAAUAAAUUUUUGUCCCCUUGUUAUUCCCAAUCAUAACUUCUAGAAUUUCAUUUCAUAUGACUAAUAGUCCUAACACCCAAGGAUGUUAUACAGUUGCUGUCGUUCAUUAUUGAAAUGCAAAGUUUUAGAAAGGAAAACAAUGGACUAUUCUUGUGGAUUGAAAAUUUGAUUCACAAUUCCUUGUCAUAACUAACACUUAGUAUCUAUAAACUAUGUUUUCUAGAGCUCAAGAAAAUGUGAGGAUGAUGGUUUAGAGGAGCAGAUUAAACGAACAAGUGAAGACUCCAAAGCUUUACGGGAACUUUUACAAGGAGAACAAGUGAGAAUGAAGCAGACAUUUGAGGAGCUUCAACGGCUUCACCAACAGGUAAAAAUCUUGUCCAUUAAAUCAAUACUGUUUUCUCAGUAUUCCGGGUCCAAAUAUUCAGUUUGGUAUACAGUGUGAAUACAUGAAUUGAAUAUUGAAGUCAAUGUUAUACUUCUCAUUGUAUCAAAAUUAAUUUUAGCAUUCUUUCUAUACGUAUGCAUGUGUGUAAAUAUAAUUAGUUCUAUAAAAUGUAAUAUAAAUAGAUAUAGAACAGAAAAAAAAAAUCAGCACUCCCAGGAUUUUUAAAUAAAGCUUCUUUUUACUCCAAAAUAUCGACGUUUCAGUUCCUACCACAAACUUUCAUCAGGAUAAAGAUGUUUGUUAUCUGAUGAAAGUUCCUGGUAUGAACUGAAACAUCAAUAUUUUGGAGUAAAAAUAAGCUUUAUUUAAAAAUACUAGGAGUGCUGAUUUUUUUUCUGUUCUGCAUGUCUAGUGCAAUCUAGCACCGGGUUCUACAUUUUUGUAAGUAGGAGUGCAAGGCUUUUAAAAAAUAAAUAUAUAUAUAUAUAUAUAUAUAUAUAUAUAUAUGUAUAUAUAGUAAGGUUUGGUAAAUGUAUAGGUACACUUUAAAUGAAAGUAUCCAGAUAUUUUUUGCAUAGUAAAUCUCAAACAAAAGCAUAAACUGAGUGAUAACUAAUCACCACUAGUCUACACAGUGGAGCACUUACAACAUUUACACUUACCCCUAUUUGGGCGGUUAUUUAGCAAUGGAAUACUAUGGGGAGGAAAAAACACAUAGUGUAGUACAAUUAAGUAAAAUAGGUAGUGUAUAGUACAAAAUGGACACACUCACAUGGAAGAGAACCUUUGUUUCCGAAACCCAUUUCACUGUUUCCAGUACCGCUUUUUCAAUCAGUAACCUGCUUCCUUCUGUAAAUUCCUUAAAAUCCCCUGUCUAUAUCUUAAUUGGUUGCCUGGCUUGUGAUUUGUCUAAUCACGAGCGCAAGCCCAGGGAAGUGUGUGUUCUGGCUGUGUAGUAUUGAUAAUCCUGUCCCCUUUAGUUUCUUAACUCGCUUUUCAGCCAAUCACAUAGUAAUGCAGUUGUGGUAGUAUAAAAAACGCACGACUGGGCUGUCUUCAACCAUCACUCUGUCAUGACUUCCUGUGUUUUCUGGCAUGCUAAUGAAACUAAUCUUCUUUUUCAGUUAAAGGUACACUAUAAGCAUCUAUAAUAGAGUGGCUCCGAUGUGUAGACCAUGUCCUUGCAGUCUAACUGCUCAAUUGUCUUCCAUUUUGGAGAUAAACCACGUAGUUUGUGCAGGCCUAACUACACCUCCCCUGCUUGUGACUUAUACAGUAUCCCUACACAUUUCCUGUAAAGAAAGAUCUAAUGUUUAAACUUCUUUAUUGCACAGUAUGUUUAAUUUAGAAUGUCUUAUCUCCUGCUCUGUUAGUAGUCUGCUAGACCCUGCAGAAUCCUUCCGUGUGUGAUUCAAGUUCAAUUAAAUAAACACUAAAACGUUAGAAAUACAAAAAUGUAUUCCGAAUGUUAUAGUAUAAUAGUCCCUGUACUUUUUCAGGUCGCUCCUUAGCUCUCCUCCAUCCAAUCAAUGCACUGCGCACGCAUUUAACCUUUCCCCAUAGGAAAGCAUUCAGAUAUUGUUUUCCUAUGGGGCUUCUGCAGUAACAGGUUCCAAUGUAGAGACACUCACAUUAGAGCUGCCUGCAUGCAAUAUAAAGAAUGUUCGACAUUGUCACGAACGUGGGUUAUUGGCCCAGCAGACAGUGGGGAGAGUGUGGACAUGAAAAGUUAAUGAUACCAGACCCCUGGUUACCUGUUGCUAGUCCCAGCAACCACUAAGUUAACCACUGCAAUACCUUCUACACUAACACCGUAGUACACACUUUACUGCCACCACCCAGACUUUAUACCCAGCGACACGGUCAAAUUAUAGUAUCACAACCUUACUUUACUGAUCAGACAUAUAUGAUUAACCCUUUUGGUAACAUGUUUACUUGCAUUUUCACUUUAGAAGAGUGAGCUUAUAGAGAACAAAGACACAAGCUGAUUAAGUAAAUAUUUAAUCUGACAAAAAGGAAUCACCGUGCUGGGUACAAAAAUACAGAAAUAAAUGACAUACAGAAACACAGAUAAUAAAUUGCAAACAGUCCAUAAAAUAAAAUAGGAGAAAGCACAAGAGAUAUAUUUACCGCUUAUAUAAAAUUCUUGUGGGAGAUUCCGAUGUUAAAAUUCUAAAAGUAGUUGUUAAAAAGAAAUCUCUCACUGGAUAGUCCAACAUCCUCUAUAUACCUUGAAACCAGUUGUUUCUCAGUGGGCAGACCCCUGGCUGGGGGGGAUCAGAGGGGUUUGGCCUGGCAGUUUAUAUCCCACUCCAUAUUUUCAUACAGCUCAAUGAAGUGGUCUGAGUGCCAGGUCCCUCAGGUUUUAACCCUUUAGAUGCAAACAUAGCAGUUUCAGAGAAACUGCUAUGUUUACAUUUGGGAUUAAUCCAGCCUCUAGUGGCUGUCUUCCAGACAGCCACUAGAGGCGCAUCUGCGAUGCUGAAGGCACAUUUGGCCUCCAUCACGCAGAGCAAUGCUUUCCUAUGAACACUUUGGAUGCGCGCGCGGCACUUGCCGCUCAUGCGCAUUCGGCUCCGCUGACGGGGGAGGAGAAAAGGGUAAGGGGCUGAAGGGGUUUUAACCCCUUUGUUUUCCUGACACUAUAGUGAUCCUUUAAAUUAUGUUGUCCUUUGAGGAACCCAAUGUCAGAGCAUAUGCACCAAUACCUUUUACAAUGCCCUAUGUCCAGCUCUGGUGAUGGUUAUCUUAGUAGUUUUAUGACUUAGGCCUGGUGUAAGAUAAAAGCCUACAGGGGGCGAGCUUGCUUGCAAGGGAGAGCGGACGCCAUUUCUUGAAGCUCCGGUCAAUUGCCUGUAAUUUCCCCAAAAAACCUGAUACCGACUCACCUCUCAGCAACGCAAAACCCGGCAUCUGCCUCCUGGUGUCCUACCGAUCAGACCCAUGCCAUUUUUUCAUACACCAAAGGUCUCCCGAUCGAAACGCCGGCCUGUGGCCUACUACUCACCUCCCAGGGCUGUGCUCAGCGUGCUACUCAGUAACUCCCACGGAUUAAUAUCUCCCGCUACGGAGCUCCACGAUCCGACUGGGCAGGUUGGUAACGAACCGGCAAUGGGACGUCGCACCCAGAAACAGAUGGCUGGGGCCGCAGCAGACACCAGGGAUAUUGAAUCCAUGCUCCAACGGCCGCCCCAAGUUAAAAAGGUGACAGAGGCCCACCAUGACACCUCACCAAGCCCCAGAGCGCUGUCCACCCCUACCUCACAGCCCCCAGAACCGGCAACACAGGCCUCACUAGACCUACCCCAGGGGGAGACUGACCUGGCCAAAAAGCUGGACAUUCAAAACUUCCUCCAUGAAAUUAAACAAAUGCUGACAGCAGACAUAGCUGCAGUAAAAACGGAGGUACAGGCUGUGACAGACUGAGUCAGAGUUACUGAAGAGGACAUCAUGGAUCUGCGCAGGGACCUUACAGCUACCCAGGAUAGACUUACACAAGUCCAAUCCUCCCACCAGACGCUCAACUCGCAACUAACCUAUAGAUACCGUAAGAACCAUAUUAAGAUCCGCGGCAUACCAGACACGGUUCCCUCAGAGGAAAUACCCCACUAUGUGAGACGCCUAGUGGCUGUGAUAUUGCCUCCAAAUGUGGCCAGGAAAUUCACACUAGACUGGGCAUACCGCCUUCCGAAACCCCAACGGGCCACGACGGCUAUACCACGGGACGUCAUAGUCCGCUGUGCUACACUACAGGAUAAGGGACAAUUUAUGUCUGCUGUUAGGGGUAAACCACCAUACCCCUUUGAGAACUCCCAUCUGUCCUUUUUUCAUGAUCUCACCAGAGCCACACUCCAGUGGCGCAAGUCCCUCAGCAUGGUGACAAGCCGGCUUAGAGACGCGGGUUUGGCCUACAGAUGGAGCCGCUCGAAGACUUUCCUGGUGACCCACCAAGGAACUUUAUACAACCUACCAUCAGCUACAGAAGCCCCAGCAUUUCUCAGUGCUCUAGGACUCCCCCCACUAACUGCUAACGAAACUCAGCCACAUAAUCCGCAAACUUGGGAUCCGGCCACAGUUGUCCCUUUCACCCCACGAAGCACCUCUGAUACCCAUCGGGGAACCUGAGAGAAAUGCAGAGAAUCCACGCCUGGGACCCUAAUUGUUAAUGACUACUUGUUAAUGCCUUUCUCUACUUACUUAUGUUUAUUCGCACCAGUUGUUCUUUUUCUUUUUCUUGUUUUUUGUUUUUAUUAUAUUAUUUUAAUUUCAAUGAUUGCCCUCGCAUCUGACAGGCCCUUAUCAAGAGGUACAAUUCCAGUCCGCUGUACCCACCAAAAUGAAAGAGAAUCCCUCUCCUCCCCCCGCCCCCUUGGUCAGUGGCAAUACACAUGCUCCACUGAGCUCAGCCUGGCAUAACACUACAAAGCAUGAUCUCCUAUAGAGCAUCUACCGGAAUAUGCAUAUCAGCCAUCUUGUCUAGACCAGUCUAUAGCAUUCUAGCACCCACACUACCAUGCAGCACCCACUUGACAUAACACCAAGGACUUUAGGCUAAGUAUACACACGCUCACUUCACAGUGAUAGGUCAAGCACCCUCCUAAAUAACUGACAAGGCAGCUAUUUGAAUAUACUCCUGCUAAUACGGUGCUUGUGUCCUGACCAUAUAAUACGCCUAUUUAUCUGCAACUAUCUUAGCUGACCACGCAGUAGGGUCUAGAGUUUGACAUGUUAUAUCCCAUUCUGCACGAAAAGGUAGUGAAUUCUAUACCUGACUUCGUCAUAUGGCAGAAUUGCAAUGCUUAUAUAUUUACGUAAAUAUUGUGCAGUUCCAUCAAUUGUCAUGACACUAACUUAAAUUGUUCUUGAAAGCUUGUACAUGUUGUUGUGGCAGUACAUGCCUGUCUGUUACUCUAUGCACAGAAAAAUAAAGAAUUAUAAAAAAAAAAAGAUAAAAGCCUACAAUAAAGGUUAUCCAAACAUGUACAAAACAAAACAACUCAUUACAUAUAUCAAAUGCCAACUCAUGCUUUGGUAUGACAGACAUCCUCAUGCAAAGCUUAAACACUGCAGUUUUUUUUUUUUAGCAGAAAACACUAACGGUUAUUCACUAAACUCAGAAUUGUAGCAAAGCAAGAAAAAAAUAUGUUGAAAUAGCUGAACUAGAAAAAUUCUCCAGCUCAUCUAUAGGAAGUCUGUUGGAUUUUAAUUAAGGUUAGAAUUUAGUGUUUUAAAUACACUUGUGAUUACAUUUGUAAUAUAUGUUUUUUUGUGUGCCUCUCUGCCAAUCUCUACUUGCUUUCUCUAAAAUGUAAUGUGUUCUAUAGUUUGGCCGGGUUAUCCUUUAAAACAUUAUACAUUCUACCCCAAGAAAUGUUUUGCCCCCCCCUCUAGCUCAAGGGUGUCCAAAAGGUAGGUUCACUAUCUGUCAUGCUAUGCUAGCUGGGGAUCACUAUUUGUAUUUGUGAGCAGUGUGUGUUUUAGAAUGUAAUCAUAUUUUGUAUGGAGUAUGUAUGCGUACAUGUAGGAGUGUAUUUAUAUUUACUGUUUUUUACUGCACUGUAUUGUGUACUUCUACAGUUGUAACCAAAAUGAUUCAACCCCCCUUGAAAAUAAGGUUUACAGACUUUCAGCUGUUUGCAAUGAACAAUUCAAAUAAAAGCAAUUGAAAUAGCUCAACGGAAUGAAUGCCUCAAAUGGUUUCCUCAAAUUCAGCUGAGAAUGCAACUUACAAUGACUUCUUUAGUCCCAAAAAUUACUCAAGCCCCCGAAUAGAAUACCUCACAACAGUACAAAUAUGCAAAACAAGUGUUGUCUCAAGCACAUCUGAUGCAACUAAUCAAAGGGGUUUGUUGAUUGUCACAUUUGACUGCAUGUUAGAAGUCUGGUUAAGUCAAAAGAAUUGUCCACAAAGUUAAGAGAAGAGAUCAUAGUGUAACGUUCACUAGGGAACCCUAACAUGCAGACAGGACAGAGUAGAGAGAAUUGCAAUACCGAUCCUUAGAAUGGUCGGGUUAUGUAAAAAGGGAUACUCAAAAUACGAGCCAAGGUCAAGGGAAACAGAGAGACGGAAUAACGAGAUACAAAGCCAAAUAUCAUUAACCAGGAAAUCCAAAUAACAAGUGCAACGCUCAAUGGUAAACCAAAGACCACACCAGGGCACGGAGGCAAGGGAAAGGUUAGCUUAUAUACACACAUUGUGUGUCUGAUUGGCUAAUCUCCAGUUAGUGUUAACCACAACACGUGGGAGGAGUUUCUUCCCUCCCUUGUGGUCUCUGAGGUCAUCACUGUGUGCCGGGUAACAUGACCGGGUGCAGCACACUUAUAAGGAAGCUGCUCUGGAACGUGCAGCAUCAGAAACACUGCCAGUCUGGAGACAGGGACCAGAUGACACCGCUCACUGUGAUGAAAUAAGCAAGCUCGCCGCGAUCGGCACAGGGGCAGGGGAUCUGACACAUAGCCCUUCACAAUCAAGGAACAUGAUAAAAAAGAUAGAGAAGGCACUGAAUGUUCCUGGAGAUACCAUUGGAAGCAUAGUUUGCAAGUUCCAAGUUGAAUGAACAGUGGUUACACUUCCUGGACAUGGCAGAAAAAGAAAAUUUUUACUGGCUGCAACCAGAUUUCUGAGAUGGCAGGUUGUAAAAGACCCUCAAGUAACUGCAAAAGACCUGCUGCAAGACUUGGUGGCAACAGGCACUGAGGUUUCAGUGAGCACAGUAAGGUGUGUGCUAAAUGCAGAAGGUUUCCAUGCCAGAACUCCAAGACGUAGACCACUACUGACCCAAAAGCACAAGAAAAGUCGGCUCCAAUGUGCUCAAAAUCAUAUAAAUAAGCCAGAAGUUUAGGGAUUCUAUUCUGUGGAGCGAUGAAACAAAACUGGAACUUUUUGCCCAAUGGAUCAGCAGUACAUCUGGAGAAAGAAGAAUGAAGUGUAUGCUGAAAAGAACACUCUGCUUACAGUUGAGCAUGGUGGUGGCACGGUGAUGCUCUAAGACUGCUUUGCAUCCUCUGGCACUGGAAACCUGCAGUGUGUAGAAGGCAAGAUGGAUUCAUUGAAGUAUCAGGAAAUCCUAGGAGAAAAUCUUAUGCCAUCUGUGAGGAAGCUUGGACGUCAUUGGACCUUCCAACAAGACCAUGAUCCCAAGCAUACCUCAAAUUCUACCAAGACUUUGCUGCAGAAAUUGUCCUGAAAAAUUCUGCAGUGGCCAUCACAAUCGCCUGACUUGAAUCCCAUAAAAAAUGAUCUUGUGGGAUUUGAAGAAGGUGGCUGCAGCAUGCAAACCCAAGGAUAUUUCUGAAUUAUUACAUGAGCGAUCGGCUAAGAUUCCUCAGAAACGCUGCCAGAAGCUGGUGUCUGGCUAUGCAUCUCGUUUGCAGCAGAUCAUAAUGGCGAAAGGGUGCUCUAGCAUGAACUAAAGAUUCUUGUCAUGAAGAGGUUUAAUAAUUUUGAGACUGGAUUUGAAUUUUCACUUGAAUUUGGGGAAACCACUUGAAGCAUGUAUUGUCUUGAGCUAUUUCAAUAGCUUUUGUUUGAUUUGUUCAUUGCAAACAGCUGAAAGUCUCUAAAUUUUAACAAUAAACCUGAUUUUUAAAUGGAAAUUGAAUAAUUUUGAUUACAACUGAAUGUAAUGUUUUCAUUUGAAUGCAGGAGUGUGUUUGUGUGUAGUGUUAGCUUUUAAAUGCAGGUGCAAUUCUGUGUUGUGUGUAGUGUUGGUGUUUGAAUGAAGUUGUGUUUGUAUAUAAUUUUGGCAUUUUAAUAUAGGGGUGUGUUUGCAUGCAAUGUUGGCGUUUCUUGGGAUGUUUACAUAAAUACAUAUACACUGCGACAUACAUAAAUACAUACACAUUGACACACAACUACACACACAAAAAUACAUACACACUCGCACACACACACACAUGCACGCUCGGAUGCACACACUGAAGCAUACACACUCCACACAUUAGGGAUCGACCGAUUACCGGUCUGGCCAAUAGCUUGAUUGAUAAAGGCCUCUGUAUAGGUCGAAAUGUUGCACUUUUUGUUCCAAGAAAUCAGCCCUCCUGCAGCAAUCCUGAGUGCCUGGACCUAAUUUAUUUUAUCUACUAAACUGGGUUUUGCCAACCGUGGCCCGGAUUCCUAAGUGUGAGUGCAGUAUCCUUCAUUUGUGAAUUACUUUGGCCAAUAUUAUCAUCUGAUAUGCAGCAUUUUCAUUAAUAUCGUUAUUGGCCUAUAAUUGUACCAAUAUUGCCGAUAAAGCAGAUGGCGGCGGAGGCCCAGCACAUGCUAUGUGCAGCAUCUCUCUCUCGCUGUAAACAAGAGUUGCUUUUACUUGCUAAGGAGUACUGAGUGUGAAGUGUCCUAUACAUUUAAAGGAAAACUACCUUGAAAAAAGUGAUGAAACCCCCUGGCAGCCUGUAAUGCCCCCCUACCUGGCCAAUGCUAAAAGGCAGAGAAAGGAAAAUAAAAAUAAAAAUAUUUUUUUAAAGUUACUAAGUAAUGUAAUAAUAUUUAUAAAAAAUUAUUUUAUUUUUUUUAAAAGCUUUUAGCCUAUCCUAUCCCACAUACUGUGUAUAUAUAUAUAUAUAUAUAUAUAUAUAUAUAUAUAUAUAUAUAUAUAUAUAUAUAUAUAUAUAUAUAUAUAUAUACACACACACUGCAUCUACUACACAAACACAUAUAUAUUCUUGAAAACAUUGCAAAUCUGACUGGCAUGUAUAUUUUGUGCAUUUACCACUCAAUAAAGAAAAUAUUUGGGGGCGGAGCCAGCAGCGCAGCUGAACGGACGCCAUUUCUAACGGCUCCUGAACAGCAUUUAUAAUCUUACAAAUAUCUUAAUUUACAUGCACAAUCCACAAUCUGCAGACCCACCAACAGAAUCAGGGGUUCAAGCUGCGCAGAUUGAUGCCCUUCUUUCAACCAGCCAAGACACCUAAGCGGAGAUGCAGGCAUGGGACAUACACCACGCAGAUCUGGAGACAUUCCUCGGAAGUGCAUAUGCGGCCACAGAGCCCGAAUCACACAGCCAAACACACCCAGAGCCCUCCAUACACAUACCUGCUAUGGGAAGUCGUUCCCAGAAGACGAGCACUCCGGCUGAGCACCAAGACAUCAGAGCGCUGCUUCAAAGACAGGUACGGCCCAAGAUGGCGCCUGCAGAAAGCCUCCACACUGCGGCCUCUGACAUAUCCUCAGAGCACCAACAACAGCGCGAGCCGCCCAAUACACCACCCAAUCCCACAGCCGGCCUGGAAGACUCGUCCCCCGCAACGAAACACGCCAUGAAUGUCCUGCUGCAGGACUUCCACAAGGUACUUGCAGCUGAACUUGCAAUACUACUCUCAGACAUGCAAAACACCACUGACAGGAUCCGGGCUACAGAAGAGGACAUUAUAAAUGCAGGCCUCACCAACAUACACACCUUGGUACAGCAGCUGACUAAAUCGAAUCAAACACUCUCACUACAGAUGACCACCAUGGAAGAACGGUACAGACGUAAUAACGUGAAAAUCAGGAGCAUACCGACAGCAAUAUCGGUAGAAGAGCUAUCCCACUAUGUCAGGAGAUUGAUGGCAACAAUAUUGCUCCCGGCAAUGGCAAAGAAAAUCACUCCCAGGGCCCACCAGGCCUCCACCGCACACAACCAGAGACGUCAUCAUAAGAUGCACUUCGGCAUAAGAUAGGGGGCAUAUCAUGGCAGCCCUGAGCAGCAAGACGCCACUAACAUUCGAAGAAAAAUUUACCUUCUAUCAAGAUCUUACCAGAACGACCCUACAAUGGCGCAAAUCGCUCAGACAAGGCAUGCAACAAUUGAGAACAAGUAAUCCACAACGGAACAACUCACUCGCUUACCGACCUGGCGGACGCACCUAAGUUCCUUUCAUCAAUGGGACUGGCAGAACCAUGGACUGGCCCAGAAACCAAUGCCCCGGGCAGGUCAUGGGACCUGGCCACCACCAUACCCUUUGUUCCAAGAAUGGGAGCCAAGAGGCAACUGGGCACCUGAAAGCAAAAGAGGUGGUCGUGUCCGCUAUAAAGACAACUGGCAGAGAUCUGCAACUUAACUGACCUCAUGUUUUAUUUUCCAUCUUUUCUCAUAUCGUGUCUCUUAAAUUGUAUUUGAUUAAUAUUGUUUUACAAUUUGACUAAGCUAUACAACACUUCACAGAGGCUCCACUGAGACUUACACUGACGGAAGACCACCCCACGCAGGAGUGACCCAGACGGCUCUAGAGCCCAAAGAUCAUCCCAUCACAACUCCUAGGCGAGGCAUACACUACAGCUCAACCCCCUCCCCCUGCAGCGCCCUUGGUUAGGAGCACGCCACGCUUAAUUGCAAUGUACCCCUACAACAGUUCUUUGUUGGAACCCAUCACAAUGCAGAAACCAACACAACAGGCAACCUUUCAUGACCUCCCCACAAUGUCAGUGACCCUCAACGGGUCUUGCCUCAUACAGAGGACCACCAACCAACGCUGAACCCAAGAUCCUAACAUUGUGUCACUACUCAGAUAUAGAAACCCCGUACCUCAACUAUGCAAUAUAUCAGCACACUUACGAUUACUGACCCACAAGGCACACUCACCUACUGAGAUAUACAGAAUUUUUCAUGUUUAUGAAAAAAAAUGUUUGUGCCGCAUACUCAUGUCACACCUUUGUCCAAUUGCAAAAGCCGUUCCAUGCUAUCAUGGCAUUCUCGGCAUGUCGGUUACUUCAUGGCGCAACAAAAAUAAAGAAUUAUAAAAAAACAAAGGAAAGAUCAGCAAAAAAAUAAAUUAAAUUAAAUAAUUAAUAUGUUCAGUUAACAGCAGAUUUGUGUAGAAAUUUUUCUUUUUUCAAAAUGGUAAAUGUUCAAAAUGUCGGUACAAGUCAUUGGCUAUUGGCCUGAAAGGCCACAGAUUAUUGGUAUCGGCCCUAAAAAAGCAAUAUUGAUCGAUCUCUAAAACACAUACACACACUGACACAUACAUACUCAACUACAGACACAUUCAUACACAGACACAUACAUACACAUACUUGUAAUAUUUUUAGCCACUUUCCUAUCAACAUAUCUUUUAUGUGCAGGAGGGUGACUUCCUUGCUGGUGUCCAAUAGAGGUGUAGAUCUGGGGCUGGUACUCACCUAGUGCCUCCCCUCUCUUGUGUUAGCUCUCUCCCUGCCGUGGUGUUCCCUCUGAAUGUGGGAGGAAGUGACAGGCACUCACUUCCUCCCAGCAUUGACGAUCUUCCAGGGGCCUGGUCGCGCUGUUAAAGGGUAACAUGAUUCUAGGGAAGUGCCUAAUAUCUAUGGGACAUAAAUCCUGGUGUCUUAUCUCCAUUUUUACUUGCUGAAAGCAGCAAGCAGAUGAACACAACCAGGGCUGGUAUUUACAUGAUUGUGGGAUUAUAAUGCAGUAAGUGCCUUUGGUUUGUGCCCAAUUAAGUUCCAUAUUAUGGUCUAAAAUAGCAAAUGUAGCAUUUGCCAUACAAUAUAUUUGUUGUGUAUAAUAAAACCAUGGUGAAGAGCAAUCUUUUUGUUUUGAUGGAGGUUACCUUAUUCCACAUUUGUCCUUGAGGGAUGCCCAAUAUGAUAUGUUUUCAACGAAGGAAUAAAAAUCCAUUUUGAUGUAUCUUAUUUGUGAUUUUUUUUUUUUUUUUAUUCAAGGAUUCAAUUCCAAAUUAUACACGUUUCUGUUUUCAGGUGAAACUUUUAAGUAUUGAAAUGACUGCACUGAAAGAAGAGCGGGACCAUCUCCUGGUACUAACUCAAAAUACAGAGACACACGAGCAGUUAACGAAGGCCAUCAAGGACCGGGAUGAAGCAAUAGCCAAGUAAUGACAAUAUUUGCUACUACUUUUGACUAUAGCCCAGGGGCAGGGGUAAAUCCACAGAGCUAAUAAGUUAACAUGUCAUAUGCACUCUUGGGUCACACAAAAGUGCUGCCUGGUGUUAUUUAUUAUAACUGUACUGGUAAGAAAAAUCCAAGAUUUAUAUAGGUUGAAAAAAAUACAUGUGUCCAUCAAGGUUAGCUUUUCUCACAUCUGUUCCUGCUGUUGAUCCAAAAGGCAAAAAAUAAUCUUCAAGCUCUUUCCAAUUUUAAAGCAACUAGGAAAAAGUCCUUCUCCACCCCAGAAGGGCAGUUAGAUAUUUUAUUGGAUUGAUAGGUUGUGUAUUUGUGUGUACUGUUGGCAUUUAAAUGCAGUUGUGUGUUUUUAUGUACUAUUGCCAUUUGAAAGCAGUGACUAGGCAUGUUGGGAGUCAGUUGCCCUCUCUCGUGCGAUACUCCAUAUAUGUUAGCUGGGAGGAAAUGACCUACACUUACUUCCUCCCAGCAAUAGUUGCCAUUUUUCAAGGGGCUUCGUCAUGUUGUUAAUGAGUUGCAGUGCAGACUGGGCCCCUGAGGACAAAUGCCCAUCCUGUGGCCUCCUCAGUGUUCGUGGCUCGGUGCCGCCACCACUGUUUUGUAGCAUAUUCCAACCAUUAAUUAAUUUCCCAUCUUUGACCCAUGCAGAUAUCUACUCAUAAGUCAUCCAUAUGCUUAAUAUUUGGCAUUAACUCAUGAUUGACAUGGCAGUAAUCCGUUAAGAACCACCAUGAUACAUAUUCCCUCCACCAGCAUAUGAAUGAUAAACAGUGAAAGGCAGUAUAUUUUUAAGUCAAAUCUGUUUAAAAGUCUUGAAAUGUUGCUGGUUUUACCAUACCAUUUUCUAAUUUCUAAAUAUUAAAAUCAUGACAGUUAAAUAUGGAAAGAAAAUUAAGACGUGGCUGCAAAGUAGCAGGUAACGAGUAAAUGUGGGAAGGUAGAGGUAUGGAUAGAUGGAGGACUGAAAGGUAGUCCAAAAACUAUACCCUAGCGUGCCUUCGAGGGCACCCCUUAAAAACGUUGACACCUCCAAACUUCCCAGACUCCCAAAAUUGUAUACAAUGACAUGAAAAAAAAACCUUUUCCCGCUUACCCCCAGCAACAGAAAGAUAAAUUAAAAAAAGAUAAAAGUAAAUGUAAUUCUAAAUAAAUCUAAAUAAAGAUCUUAUACUAAAAUCACAGUGUGGUGGCUUGUCUUUAUCUUAGAAAAUAGCUGCAGCAUCAUCCCUAAUCUUAAUGCCAACCACUGCUAAAGUUUCGCCUAGUAAAGGCUCUUUACUGUUGCUGGGGUACGCAGGAAAAGUUUUUCUUCAUGGUAUAAGAUUUUGGGAGUCCGGGAGGUUUGGAGGUUUUUAACCCCUUUUUAACCCCUUAAGGACACGACAUGUCUGACAUGUCAUGAUUCCCUUUUAUUCCAGAAGUUUGGUCCUUAAGGGGUUAAGGGGUGCCCUCGAAGGCACGCUAGGGUCUAACUUUUGGACUAUCUUUCAGUCCUCCCUCUAUCCAUACCCCUUCCUUCCCACGCUUACUCGUUACCUGCAACUUUGCAGCCAGGUCUUAAUUACUUUCCUUCCCCUCCCCCCCAUAUCUUUUCAGCAAUAUUUAGACUUUUGGUUAUUAUUAUUUUUUGUUAGUUAGCACUAUUUUGGAUUUAUAAUUACUUUCUUUACCCACUUAUGCUGGGAUUUUAUUAUACUUAUUAAACUUGACUUUUUAUCUAUGGGUUGCUCAUAUAUAUAUAUAUAUAUAUAUAUAUAUAUAUAUAUAUAUAGUUUGAAACCGUCUCCACCUCCAAUUCUCCCCUUGUACUUGUGUUUAUACUUACUUGAAGCCACUGCCCCAAUUGCAAUAUCAGCCUUUUCUGGGUAUAGUGGUGAGAAUUACAUGACUGCUAUGGAAUAAAAGAUUGGAAACGGGGAGCAGGGGUGCAGGCUGCCCUACGUGACAGACAGCAGGAGUAGUACACUGAGCAACCCGCUCCCACCAGACUCCGUUACAUCAUGGAGAAGAGCAGGCACCUACCAGCACACUUCUAAUAAGGGAGCCCUGUAGCAAGUGUCUGCUUAGAAUAUGUAAAUGUGCAAAUGCAAGGAAGCACCUGGGUUCACUGUUUGCACUAGUUGGAUAGCUCACUAACAUGCCCUCUACUGCCAGAAGAUGGGAUGUCAUGUCUCCUAGCAGUGGCAUCAGUAUAGAGCUGCAGAGCACAAGGGAACUGUGGAACAUUUGUACAAAUUAAUCCAAGCAUCUUUACACUGGACUCUCCCAGCAAAGAUAAGAAAAGGGAGACUGGGUGUGUUAUCCUAGACCUAAAAAAGUGAAAGUUGGCACUUAUACACUUAUGUCUACAAAUAACUCUUGUCAUUGAUGCUGCUAGCAAAUGUCAACAAUGUGCCAUCUUUUAAAGGAACACUCCACAUAUGAAACACUUGAGCUUUUUCAUUUUAAUUUUUGUUUAUGAAAGUGCUGAUAUAUAUUUGAAAUUGUCACUUUUAUUUAUAUGUGCAGACACCCCUUCUUGGCUGUCAAUCAAGACAGAUAGGGAGGUUAUCUUCCCGAUUUCAUUAGCUCAACAAAGCUAACAGCAGUGGCUUGUCUGCCUUCUCCCCCAAGUCACAGUAAUUCUGUGAAUGUACAUACCCAUGCAUGCACAUCGACAGGGCUCAGGGCCCUGCAUCCCUGGCUUGCCAUUGGUCCCUGGCUAAGGGUGCAUGCUUAUGUAAGACUCUGAGGCUUUUUAGUGAGAAACCUGUGAUUUUGAGGGGUCAUUCUCACUGCCCAGUGUAAAAAAUGGUGCUGGUGAAGAAGGGGAGAGCUUGCAAAGGAUGCAGACAAGAGAUUUCCAACUUUUACAAGCUGUCUUUAGAUGUAUCCCCAAUGACAAAAUGCACAAUAAAAUGCAUGCUUGUUUUCAAUGGGUGUAUAUCUACUAAAUAGUGAUUUUUAUUUAUUUGGGGGAGGGGAGGCAGUGGAGUGUCCCUUUAAACAACUUUAGGAAUGUAUGCUAGCAAUAUCUGAUUGGAUAUUUCACCAAAACUACAGUCUUGUUUAGAAGCAAGAGAAACUGUUAUAUAUUAGCUAGGCAGAAGCCAUUAUAUAGAGAGAGAAAGGUGACUUUCAUUUUUUAUUUUUUUUAAAUACAAACAUGAAAACAGCAAGCUAAUGACCAUUGUUGUGUCUGAUUACCGUUUCAGGAAGAAUGCAAUGGAAAUGGAGUUGGCAAAAUGUAGAAUUGAUCUGAUGUCACUGAACACUCAGCUAUUAGAUGCCAUUCAACAAAAACUGAAUUUGUCCCAGCAACUGGAGGCAUGGCAGGUCAGUGACAGGUUCUAGAACUGUGCUAGUAGUUGUGUUUCUUAAUGUAAGAUGACAUAAAACAGGCAACAUACCUAUGGACGUCUGCACAAUUUUAUCAAGGAGGGGGCAUAAUUGUAAUGACAUCCAUGCUCUGCACCUUUUUGACAAUGUCAUGGGAGGGGCACUGUCAUUAUCACAUAAAGCUAAGGCAUGCACAAGUAAGAAAACUGAUGCAAAAGUGUAUUAGAAGAAUCAUUAUCUGAUUUGAUACAUACACUGGCACACAUGUACAUGGCACAAAUACAAACACUAACAUAAAUAAAGAUGCAGACACACAAAGCACACAUAUAGAUGCAUAAGAUACAAACAAUGACAUAUGCAGAUACACAGACACUAAUUCAAAUAAUGCCACACAUGCAGAUGCAGAGAUACACAGAACCAGUUACACAAAUACACAGAUACACAGAAGCAAACACUGACACACAUUCAGAUAUACAGACACGCAGAUACAAACACUGACACACAUGUAUGGGCGCAGACAAACUAGUGCAAACCCUGACACACAUGCAGAUACUCAGACAGAUACAAACACUGAUGUUUUACUUGCUUUUUGCUUUAUUUGUACAUGCAUUACAAUUUUUAUUCACAAUAAUGUUUUAUUACUCAGGCAAGGAUGCAUCUUUACCAGUUUGUCUCUUAAUCCCCCUUUUGAAAUUCGUACUCCCUUUAGUGUUUCUUAUCCCAUCUGUUGAAUGUCUUACUCCUUUUUGUGCAUCGUAUCUCCCAUUUUCCCCCUUUAUAUAAUUUUCCACUUUUUGUGUCAUUGUCCAAUUCCCCAGCCUCUCUGUGUGUCACUGUCCCCUUCUCAGUCCCUGUGUUUAAUUAUCCCAAGCUCUGUCUCUUUCCCCCAGUGUGUGUUACUGUCCUCUGCUCAGCCCACUCUGUCAUUGUGCCCAUCUCAACCCCUCUGUGUUAUCCCCUUCCCCUGCCUCUGUGUCACUGUCCCCUUUUCAGCCCAUGUGUAAUUACUGCAAGCCCGUCUGUCUCUUUCUCUCAGUGUUUGUUACGGUCCUCUGCUCAGCCCACUCUGUUAUUGUGCCAUUCUCAGCCCCUCUGUGUCAUUAUCCCCUUCCCCAGCCUCUCUGUAUUACUGUCCCCUUCUCAGCCCCUCUGUUUAAUUAAUUAGAAGCAAGAGAAACUGUUAUAUAUUAGCUAGGCAGAAGCCAUUAUAUAGAGAGAGAAAGGUGACUUUCAUUUUUUCUCAAGCCCCUCUGUCUCUUUCCCCCAAGUGUGCCAUUCUCAGAUCCUCUGUGUCAUUAUCCCCUUCCCCAACCUCUCUGUGUUGCAACCACCAGCCCAUCCAUGUGUCUUAUCUCCCCCCAGCUCCUCAAUGUCUCACUCUAAUCCCACAGUCUCUCCAUGUGUCUCAUCUCCUCCACCCCCCCACUACACUCCGUUUGUCUUAUUCUCUCCCACAGCCCCUCUAAGUGUCUCAUCCCCCUCUAUGCUGACCUCAGUGGGUCUGAACAAAUUGCAGGUAGAUGAUCUUCUGUUUAUGACAGGAAGUGCUCACUGAGAGCACUUCCUGACAGAGCAUGAUCCGCUCGGCCAUGCUACAUAGAGCGAUGUGUAUGAAGAUCUUUGACAAUGAUUUUAGAUGACAUUUAUAUUUUGUUUUGCGCUGAAAUUCACUUGGGUACUUUGUUACGAAUGUAUAUGCCUAAUACAAUCUCUUUAUAUUGUAUGUUUUCUAUUAUUGAUAUGCACUUUAAUGUCAUGGUCCCUUUUACUGGGAUUCUGGCCCAUGGAUAAUAAAAAAAACAUGGGUAUGGCACUCUGGUGGAAAUGUGCUAAGAUGUUACGAGAUAUUCUACUGAGAGGAUCAUCCCCAUUUUUAAAUUAUUUUUUUUUUAUACCUGUGUUUAAUAGCAGUACAAUUUGAUGCUGAUACUUAGCAAAAGCUCUCUGCAGUGGAAAUUCUCAUGACACUUUAGUACAUUGCCUAUAUUUUAGAGUACCAUUUCCAACUCAGUGAGUGUUCACCACUUGUCUUUGGGCUCUAGUUUGCUUCCUCAGGGCUUUUUACAAUCUGGCUCCUUUGGUUUCUGAUCUAAUGGCCUUUCACAGUUCCUGUACCGACAACUUUAGUCAUACACCCCUCCUGCCUUAGAGGUGAGACCUUGCCCCUGUGCAAACCCAUUUAGCACUUCCAUUGCAUCAAAUAAGCGCUCAAAUUACCAUUGGCAAGUUUGUACUCACCAAUCUGCAUUCAUACAUUUUUCACAAGUAUGCUCAUUUCUAUAAUCAUAUGGCAACAAGCUGUCCAUCCCCCUCACUGUUUGAGUCUGCUAUUAGCUUUCCAUCCUUCAUCUUAAUGUAUACUUGCAUGAUUGUGAGUUGAUGUCACGUGGUCUGUGAAAAGCACUAGCAUGUUAGUGUCAAUUUAUCCAGAGCUGGAGAGCCCAAGCUUGCAUCUCCUGUACAAAUCAGGGCUAACAGAAGGUAAUAGGAAUAGUUAACCAAUAGUUGUAGGGUUUAAAUCAGCGUAGACAUGUCUUUUUUUAAUUGAGCAAUACAAGGUUUCAUUUGCAGCAGUCUUUAUAAAGAGGGAGAGGGAGAGGGAAUAAAAUACACAAUCCAUACACACAUCAGCGGUGCUCUAUAGUCAAUAACACUGAAGCAACGACACCAUAGACGUUCAGUGCAAAACCACACAAGAAUACACAAAAUAGAAAUACGAUUGCAAACAGAAUAUAAAUAAAUAAUGAAUUCACCAAUACAGAUAUGGACAAUGACAAUACGUUCUAUCCCACUUCUGGUUCGUGGAGUGUGGUACUAUUUGGAAUGCAGUCCCCCUAAAAGCGGCACUGUCAUGCCAAACUUACCUUUACCCAAUCACUUCCUCUUCUCUCCCUCUGUCAGGAUCUGUUCUUCAUUUCUUCAUGUCUGCUUUAGUUUUCUUUAAAACAUAAGACAAAGUAGGGACUAUUUUGUCUUAUGCAAGUUUCCUACGCCUGACCAGCUAUGACCAGCGGAGGAGCAAAGUGUGCUUCAUUUCCUGUGGUCAGAGCGAUUUUCCCACAAUUCUCACCUUUCCUCCGUGAUCUCGCGAUGCUUCCUUUCACUGUUCCCGAAUGUCCUGUCAUUUUAGACAGAACACCGGCGAAACUACUGAAUUUCGUCCUAACGGAAUGAGAACAGUUUCUCCAUUCGUGUUAGGAUGCAAUUCAGGACUUUGUUCGGAUCGGAAUUUCAUUUGAAUGAAUUAAAUUCCUAUCUAUUCUUGCAGCCGCUUAGUAGAUAACUCCCUAAUUCCCACGGUAUUAGGGAGCUAUCUACCAAAAGGCUGCGCGGUGCCCUCGCUGGGUGAAGAUGGAUUCUUUUUUUAGCGUCAGGAUUUUUUAUUUUUUUUGCUCGGGUUUUGUUUUAUUUUACAAGUUCGACAGAUUUUUAUUUGGCUUUUUUGGGGCUAAAAAGAAGACCUCAAAUGUGGUGUAUUUUUUUUACGUACAGGGAUUUAGUUUUAUUGUUCCCCUUCACUUUCUUUAUGGUGAGGGAGUUAGGUAGUGCUUUAUUUAAUUUUUUAUUUUUUUUUUUUAUUGUGGGGGGGAAAGGGUGUGGGGGACCCCUAAUCAAUUGGGAGUUGGGGAGGUUACAUUGAGCCCCCACCCUCCGCUCAUGGGUGGGUAACAAUAGGGGUGUGUGUGUGUAUCCAUUUUCAUUUAGGGUCCCUACCUGCCGCUCAUGGGUGGGGCUGGGGGGAGAACAAUAGAUCCCAUGUCUCCCCCUCCCCCUCCCAUAUUUUCAUUUCACUGUUUAGUAGACAUGCCCCUACUCGCGGCAUAGCUUGUAGGGGCAUUCAGGAGAUUUUAAUAGUUUAAUCUACCUUAUGCUAUUAUGGGGGUCAUAUUGAAAUAAAGAUGAAAAAAGAGGUAACAUGGGGGGCUUAGGGGCAUUUGGGGGUGACUAGGGGGACAAUUAGAUGUAGUGAAGUCAGGAGGGGGGUUAAAAACAAACAACUGGAUUCGACCAUGACAGUGCCGCUUUAAAAAUCAAAGGAACUCAUUUAUACAUAGCAUAUCCUGUUAUGUUUGCAAUUAAUAUAUGUAUAUUUUAUGUAUUCUUGUGUGGUUUUGCACUGAAUAUUAUUUACAUGUGUAUGGUGUCAUUUCCUCUAGAUUACAGUGCAUUAACUAUGGGGCACAAUAAUCUCAUUGAUAUACUAGUUUUGCAUGAUAUAAAUUAGGUUUCAUAAAGACUCAUUGGAGUCGAUCAAACCCUGCACUGGAUUAAGCGCUGAGGGCUCAGACCUGUUCUGGAUUUGAGGUAUGUACCUUUUCAAGACGUUUUUAUGAAUGGGGAGCUACCAAUUGGCCUCUGUCCAAUGCUGCCUUAGCCCUACAUUAUGAAGAAUUUAAAAAAACGGCAUAACAGAGAUGCAGAGCAGAAUGGCACUGGAGUAGACACAUUAAUAUUUUAAACCCUAUAAGGUAAGCCCCCCGGGUACCAUAACUUAAUUUGUGAAGUUGUUAUGGUGCCUGGAAUGUUCCUUUAAAUAAAAUAACACUUUAAAUCACCAUUAAACCUAUAUGUAAGCCAGAGAUCAAAGUAACUUCCUACAUCAUUGGACUCUCACAGAGUCUGGUGUUGACUUACUAUACAUGCUGAUAACAAAUAGCAAUAGCUUAAACUUACUGUUGGGUCUGUGCACAUGUCAACCCCAAACCCCAGGAGAGCCAUCACAUCCCUGGACAGGGGAGGGGAACCAGGGACUGACCCAGGAAGCACUCCUUUCCUACCAGGAGAUUAAAGCUAUAGAGCUGCACUACCCAGCCCUGUAUAGAUUGUGUCCUACAGCUAUCUGGGAACUCCCUGUAAUGUGAUCGGGGAAGCUGCAGUCAGGUCACUGAGGGAGGGAAGCCAAGCUAAAGCCACGUGGGGGGAAUGGAUAAAGAGAUAGCUGCCCCGGGCUGAGGGGGGAGCUAGGGUGACUGGGAUCUGAGCCAUUGAAUGAGGCCUUGCCCUCCGGCCCCCACCCGGAGUUCCCUAGUCACUAUGUCCCAGCUCACCUUAGCUCCGAGAAGGCUGCGGCAUGCCCUGGGUGGGAGCGACUUGUACUUGGAGCCGGUGUUCUAUCAAAUUUCCCUACCCGUGAAAAUCCCCUACUCCUCCAAGGAGCGAGCCUGAAAGGCCAGAGCCGGGACAAGGUUGAAAAGGACUCUGGCCCCUCCUCCUGCGCAGUGAUGUCACGCGGCCGCCCUCUUUUGAGAGUCAGAAAGCAGAAGGUGAACGGGGAUAGCUCCUGGAACAUCUGGGAGGGUUGGGAUGUCUGCGCACACGGGGGAAGGAUGUCAUUUUUGGCAGAAAAUUUCAGCCGCAGAAAUUUCGGUGCACCCCUAAUUGCUUCAUUUAUUUGUAGUGGUUAUGGUGCCUGGAGACUGUACAUGCAGUAUUUUAGCAUUAUUCUGGGUUGGUGAAUGUUAAUUCAAUGCAAAAUUGGCAUCUUAUGCCAGCACACCAAUAGCGGCUCAUCUGCUAUGCUGCCCCUGUCCCCCCUCCAGUGAAGGGGAGUGACAUCAGGCAAGAAAAAUGGGCUAUGUUAUCUCUGGGAGACAAUAUUAUGGGAUCUUUUGAAUUUCAGCACCUGUUCCUGCCAAAUUUAGCAGUAAUGUUUACAUGCACACUAGAUUUUUUUUAGUUUUGUAAUCAAUUUCACAGACCUCGGUCUCUUAAUUUGAAGUAGAAUUAUUAUUUCUGUGCAAGUCAUGUGCCCCAUUUCCUUACUCUAGUUAGUAUAUGUUAUUGACGCUUUUACUGUGGUGAAUAUUAAAUUUUUCAAAAGCUUUAAGAAUAAAACACAUUUACCUUCACAGUACUUUCAUGUCAGGACAGUUUCCCAUGAUGCUUCAGUCAUGACAACAAACACCACUUGCUGUGGUUCUAAUAAAGUGCCUGUCUUGAACAAAGGAGAGCCUGGACCUCUUAUUUUAUUCUACUAAUCUGGUGUUUGGUUCCAGUACAGUAAGCACCCUGGCUCUGACUGAUGGUAGUGCAGUUCCAUACAUACUUCAAAAAGACAAUAACCUGAGUUGCAGGAAAAUGCUGUACUAAUGCAUGCAUUGUACAGCGCUACGGAAUUUGUUGGCGCUAUAUAAAUAAUAAAAUAAUAAUAAUAGUGCCAUUUGUGUACAUAUCACCAGUUAGUUGACCCACCCGGUAUGCCGUAUUUGUACAAAAAAGGGAGGGGGUCGGGGAGUAGGAAAUUCCUAAAUAUAGACAUAACAGAUAUGACAAGUCUGUCUCCCAUAGCGAACACAGUGCUUAGGAUCUAAUCAUGAUCCAUUGUUGGACAACUACAUUGGCUGACCCUGAUGUGUAACAAGUACAGCUGAUGUCUAAUGGACCAACUACACUAUAAUCCCACACUCAAAGCUGUCACAUGCCAUCAACAGAUGAGGCGUUGCUAGACUGCUCCGUGUGGGAGGUAUCCAGAAAUAGCCUGAUCAUGCCAAUAAGGACACUGGGUCAGCAGCGUACAUCAGCUGAAGACAUAUUGUGGCAUCGAAGUGCCUUGUACGCUUGCCAUCACAGAGCUGGAAAUUUGGUCUAUAGCAGAACAAGUUGCAUUUCAACCAAGCCAAUAAGGUUCUAAUGAUUUCAGAGGGCAAAGACCAUUAAGCAUGGAAGCAAAAUUAAGUAGCCCACUUGAUUACUAUUUGCUUUGAUCCCAGUACUUAAUUGCCAGUUACUAAAAAAAACAGUUGCUGAAUUUCUUAAAACAUUUGCAAAUAUCUUAAGGACAGCCAUCUGCACACCCCAAGUAUUCUUUAAUACCUUUAUUGUGCAAUGUAAUGCUUUAAAGUCAGAACGGAAACCCUGUUAAUGAUGCUACCAGAUGAUCACAGAAGUAGUUUAUCAACCUGUGAAGGUAUGUAGGAUUAUAUGGGUGUACAUGUAAAUAAAUAAUGCAAGGACCUCUGUACUAGGAUCAGAGCUAAAGUGUAGCCAACAUUAUUGGGGGAGGAUUUAUCUAAUAGUAUCGAGAGAGGAAGGGGGUUGUGUGUUCUAUGUGGUUAAAUUAUAAGGAAUAGGGACAAGUAAAAAAACACACAACAACCUCAACAGUCCACCUAACCUCCCCCCCCCCUUUUUCUUUCCUUCUUCACAGGAUGACAUGCACAGAGUCAUUGACCAGCAAUUGAUGGACAAACACCAGAAGGAAUGGAACCAGUCUGUAUAUUCCUUCACCAGUGGCCAACCAGUUAAGCACUGUGGCAAAGUAACCACUCUAAACCGUUCAGAGCGGUCAGGAGAAGAGCCUAUUGGAACAGAAGGGAGGAGUCUCUUCUCAUUUCUAAAGAAAACCAAGUGCUAGUUUUAAACUUUCCACAACUCCCUUCAAUGUAAAAUUGCUUUAGGAUUAAUGACAUAAUGAAAAGCAAUGACAUGCAGGAAGACAGCUGUAUACUAAAGAAAUGAUCUUCAAUAAUGACAUAAACCUGGAAGGUCUCUUACUGAAAUGGGCAAUCACUGUAUUCACAACAUAUAAAGGCCAUUUGUGUGUGAUCUACAGACAGAUGUACUUCUAACAAACUCUGAAAUCAAGAGGUGUAAAAAGACUUCUAGUAAAUGGCAGUUAAUAGAGAAAAGGAAAAAAAAAAACACCACACAAUAUUAUAGAUUUUUUUUUCAAUAGAUGUUACUUUGUAUUUUUUUUUUUUAAUUUUUAUUCUGGUUAAUUUCUAACCCCUGUGUGCCAGAUGGAUAUACAUUUUCCAUCUUUCUAGCACUUACAGGUUAACUGUUUAACUGCCAUUGGUCUAUAUAAUGUUUUGCACAGUGCUCUAGUACUCACAGGGUUAAAAGGUGUUUUGAAUAGGGAGAGAGAACUUCAUGCUUUCUUCAGGGGGUUUCACGAUGAAAUAUUUUGCACUUUUAGAGCAAUCCGUUUCUAUCCACUACACAGUUGUUUUAUUUGUUGUAGAAAAUGUAUAGAAGUCCUGGGCUGCUUUCAUUCCAAUGAACAGACUUCCUACCUCUGGUCUUCCAGACAGAGCACAGCACAGGAACCGUCACAGCCUGUUUCUUACAGCCCAACUACUGAGAAACACUCUAUAUAUGUAUAUAGAAGAAGCAGAAUUUUUAUAAUGGAAUAACGAAACAGUCUUUUAUAAUAUAUACAGAUAUACAGAGAAAGUCAUAUUUUUAGUACAAAUUAUGCUCUUUUUAAUGUAAAUCCUCUGGAAUAAAAUAUUUAUGACUUUUUAUGUUCCACUUUGUACUUACCUUUUAGGUUUCUGUUCACACGACAGUAAAAAACAAACAAAAAAACAAAAAACACCAUACUCCCGCCCCUCCCCAACACAGCAGCACAAAAUACAAGCCCUUUUUUCUUGAGGCAGUGUGGCUACUCAGUAUGUAUAUGAAGCAUUUGCACAGAUUUCUAUUGAACUUUUUGCUCUGACAAAUACGAAUGUUUUCUCCACGACUUGACUUACCUAAAACAUAUCACUGAGUUUUCACACCACAGAAUAAAAUCCCUACCACCCCCAAAACUUUAAAAAUUUAGGAAUGUAAACUCAAAAUGUCUUAAUUUAGGACCCAUAGUUCACAUUUUUAUUAUCAUUUGUUCCUAUUUAUGAACAAGAUGGUACAAAAAAAUUUGGCAGAUUGUUUUCAUAAUUUUGUUUCUUAAAUUCACAAUUUUUUUUGUUUUGUGGUUUUUUUUUCUGUUUUUUUUUUUUGUUUUUUUUUUUUAGACAGAUCAAAACAAGUGAUAACAGUUCAGAAUAAAUCCAUUAAAAACUACCAAAAAAAAUUGUUGUAGUCUUAUAUCCUGCCCUGGUCAAUGUAAUGGUCACUUUUCUAUAGCAUGGUUUUAAAUAUUGACAUAAACUAAACAGCAGAAAAGCAAAUUAACAGCAAGGCCUAGUAAAUCUUACCCUAACGGCAAGGACAGAAACCAGGCGCAAGCCAAGGUUAAGACGCCAUCUGUACUAAUAAAUCUUUAAAAAGUGGAUCAGUUCAUAUUCACGCAUCAUGACAGAUUGGCGAUAAGAAGCCAAAAGCGAUGAGGGAGGAGAGGAUGGUUAACGCAAUAUACAGUAUGUACAGACUCUUGUUAAUCAGUCCAUAAUGUAGGCACUGCAAUUGUCCUUUCCUAGCAGACGCUCUGGACAAGGGGCCGACAAGAAUCCACAACACCUUCUUGGCACAGCAAUAAAAAGGUGCCUGCGCCUCUCAACAGAAAAUCUGGAGUAAAUUCUUAAAUUAACAGCACAAAAUUGAGAAAAUGCCCCAACCCCUGAAAGAUAGGGACUGCCCGUGGCACAGGUACUCUUCAUCCCAGGAGCGAAUGUUCGGAUUGAGAGCAGGCUCUGUGCUGUGCCUGCACCUAGCAGCACCUCUUCUUCCGUUUACUGUUUUUGGUUAAUUUCACCACAUCAUUCUGUUGCUGCUGCUGCUGCUUUGCCAAGUUCUCUUUCUUAGCUUUCAGGACUAGCUCUGUAAUGCAGUUAAACAUCUGGAAAAAAAUAAAG